UGAGCAGUUUGAGCAUUCCCAGCCUUGCCUCGGGUGUAGGGAUUGCAGGGGAAAAGCAAAACUACACUGCUACAACUGUGUAGUUUUGUUUUCUGAGGCUCAACCGUUCUCACAUUGGAUUUGCUGAAAAUAUUUCUGGAUAAGGAAAUUGUUUCUGAAGAUUUAAAACUUCUGGGCACAGUCCCAACCUUUCUAGGCACUCUUGUGAACACAAGGUGCCUAAAGCCAUGUCGACACAAGCACCAACGUUUAUACAACCGCUGCAAAGCGUUGUAGCACUUGAGGGUAGUGCUGCAACGUUUGAGGCUCAAAUUAGUGGUACUCCAGUUCCUGAGGUGAGCUGGUUUCGUGAUGGCCAGGUUCUUUCCACUGCCGCUCUGCCCGGCAUACAGAUCUCGUUCAGCGAUGGCCGCGCUCGACUGACGAUCCCUGCCGUGACAGCUGCGCACAGUGGAAGAUUUUCCGUGCGAGCCACCAAUGGUGCUGGACAAGCCACUAGCACAGCCGAAUUACUUGUGACAGCCGAAACAGCGCCCCCCAACUUUAUUCAGAGACUACAGAGCAUGACUGUGAGACAAGGAAGCCAAGUGAGACUGGAUGUUCGUGUAACAGGAAUCCCUACACCUGUGGUAAAGUUCUACAGGGAGGGAGCAGAGAUCCAGAGCUCCCCUGAUUUCCAGAUUGUACAAGAAGGAGACCUUUACAGUUUAUUGAUUGCAGAAGCCUUCCCAGAAGAUUCUGGAACCUACUCCGUUACUGCCUCCAAUAGCAGCGGACGUGCUACUUCUACAGCCGAACUAUUGGUUCAAGGUGAAGAGGAAGCAGUACCUGCUAAAAAGACAAAGACAAUUGUAUCAACUGCUCAGAUUUCUCAGACUCGACAGGCAAGAAUUGAGAAGAGAAUAGAAACUCAUUUAGAGACUAAAGCAGAAGCAGCAAUGGAAAUGGUUGUGGAUGGAACCAUGGUAAUACAGCAACUGCCUCACAAGACUCCCCCUCGUGUGCCACCUAAACCAACUUCAAAAUCUCCAACUCCACCAUCUGCAGCUGCCAAAGUUGCAGGAGCACGCCACCAGUCGCCUUCCCCUGUUAGGCAUGUGAAAGCCCCUGCUCCAUCUCCUGUCAGAUCUGUAUCUCCUUCGGGAAGACUCUCUACUUCUCCAAUUAGACCUGUAAAAUCCCCACUGCUGACUCGCAAAACCACAACCACAGUUGUUGCUGCUGACAUUCGCCCUCCCUGGAAACAGGAGGACUAUUUAACUGGGACUGAGACCAGAUUCCGAGAAACCAGAGUGACUACUGGUGCUACCCAAAUUCACAUUGAAAAACAAUGGGAAGGAAUGUAUGGAGUAGAGCAGCAAGUUUCUGGUGCUGUCAGAAUUGCCACCAAAGAGGAUCAGCAUGAGAGUGAAAAAACAACUGCAGUAGCUAUGGUGGUAGCUGCUGUGGACCAGGCCCGGGGCCGAGAACCUUCAAGUUCUGUAGAACGGACAAGUACAGAAACAAGUCUGACUUCUAUGCAUUUACAGCCAGUGAAGACCAGACAUGAGGCAGAUAAAGAAAUAUCUGUAGCCACUGUGGUUCAUGGCAUCAGCCAAGAAGCAGCCAAAUUAAAAUCCACUGUUGAAGAUGCUGCUACGGAAAUAGAACUGAAAGUCCAAAUGCAAGACCAGGACUCUGAAAAAGCAACAGCAUUGGCAACAGUAAAAGCAGCUGUUGACCACGCCUGGGUGCAAGAGCCUGUGCCCAUGGUGACAGAAAAGUCAACAAAGGAAACAUCAUCUGCCAUACAUGUGCAGGCAAUUCAAGAUCAGGCUGAGGUUGGGAAAAAGGCUGAAGCAGUGGCCACAGUGCUGGCUGCUGUGGAUCAAGCACGUACACGGGAGCCAGUGCAUGUGGAAGGGGCUUACUCUGAAGAAGUGGCUGUAGAGCAUGAUUAUAAACAUCAUGCCAUAUCUAAGCAGGCCUCUGAGCAACAAGUUCUUACCAAGACCAUCAAAAUGGAGGCUGUGAGAGUUCCUUCGGAAGUUCAGAUUAAGCCAGUUGAUCAAAUGGAAUUUAAAGUUACACAGAUUGAAAGAAGUAAAGAAUCUACUGCCCACGUGGACACCACAUAUUCUACAUCCCCAGUUCCUCAUUUCACAGUGUCAAAAGUAACUGUUCCUAAACCUGAUCACACAUAUGAGGUUUCAAUAGCAGGUUCUGCUAUUGCUACUCUGCAAAAAGAGCUAUCUGCUUCUUCUGCUCAAAAGAUCACCAGGCCAGUGAAGCCUCCCCCCCAUAAGACAGUGGAGACACGAGUGAUGGCAGAGCAUGUGGUCUCAACUCCACCUCCAUUUAAAGAAACCACAGAAAAGUACCAAACACAUUAUGACACACACUUACAAAAAGAAAUAGGUACUUCCUUUUUAGGGGUGAUGGAAAGAGAGCAGAAGUACAAAACCAUGGAAGAGUGGGACAAUCAGGUUGAAGAGGCAAUUCCUGCUCCUGCAGAAACAGCUGUCUUUCCACCUACACUGGUGGCUGGUUUGAAAAAUGUCACAGUCAUUGAGGGAGAAUCUGUGACUCUUGAAUGCCACAUUUCUGGACAUCCAGCCCCUGCUAUAAUGUGGUUCAGAGAGGACUACAGGAUCGAGAGCUCAAUUGACUUCCAGAUUACCUAUGAAAAUGAAUUUGCACGUCUUGUAAUUCGUGAAGCCUUUGCUGAAGACAGUGGCCGCUUUACUUGCACAGCUACUAAUGAAGCUGGAACAGUCAGCACAUCCUGCUACCUGCUUGUCCAGGUUUCAGAAGAAAUAGAGAGCCGAGAAGAAGUCUCUGCUGUUUCUGAAGUUGUGACUGUAGAGAAAAGUUUUUCUGCUGAAUCAAGAGAAGAGACAGUGUCGGAGAUUAGUGGUGUUGCAGAGGUUGUGGAAUCUGGAGCAGGUGUUGUUCCAUUCUUUGUGAGGAAACCCACAGUGCAGAAGUUAGUAGAAGGAGGAAGUGUUGUAUUUGACUGCCAGAUUGGAGGAAGUCCCAAGCCACAUAUUUACUGGAAAAAAGCUGGUGUGCCUCUGACAACUGGAUAUAGAUAUCGAGUGGCCUACAACAAGGAAAGCGGAGAAUGCAAACUUGAAAUUUCCAUGACAUUUGCUGAUGAUGCAGGAGAAUAUUCCAUUGUUGCUCGGAAUCAGCUUGGAGAAGUAUCUGCCACUGUGAAUCUUCUUGAAGAAGAGGAAUAUGAGGCUUUUAUGAAACAACAAGAGAUAACUUACCAAACUCAAGUGACCGCAUUUGUGCAAGAACCUAAAGUGGCAGAUGUUGCACCUUCCAUGACUGAAUAUGAAAAAGAACAGAUUCUUAUUAAGAAGAAAAUGGCCCAGCAGACAAUCAUGAUGAAGACUUUAGUACAGGAGCAGGAAUAUCAAAUCUCUGCAUUCGAAGAGAAGAUAAUCAGAGAGAUUGAGUUCCGAAUUCUAAAGAUUACCUACCAGGAGAUUGUAACAGAAGAUGGGGAAGAAAUGAUAGUGGAUGUCCCAGAGCAUGAGGCUGUGGAAUCAGCUUUUGACACAGCAGUUAAAAGUUACAGAAUUUUUGAAGGCAUGGGAGUUACAUUUCAUUGCAAAGUAUCUGGAAAUCCUCUUCCAAAGAUUGCAUGGUUUAAAGAUGGAAAACGCAUCAAACACGGAGGCCGUUACCAAAUGGAAGUUCUGCAGGAUGGAAGAGCCAGUCUACGUAUUCCAGUCAUACUGCCAGAGGAUGAAGGCAUUUACACAGCAUUUGCCUGCAACAUGAAAUCAAAUGCUGUUUCCUCUGGAAAGCUGUAUGUGGAACCCACAGCACCAAGUGGUGCUCAACCAUAUUUCCCUCAACCUGAAGCAGUACAGAGAAUCCGCUCUGUUUCCCCAAGAUCUCCAAGUCGCUCUCCUGGACGAUCCCCAGGCCGUUCCCCAGCUCGCAGACUUGAUGAGACAGAUGAGAGUCAGCUGGAGAGACUGUACAAGCCUGUGUUUGUUAUGAAGCCUUCAUCCUUCAGGUGUGCUGAAGGCCAAACUGCGAGAUUUGACUUAAAGGUGGUUGGCAGACCUAUGCCUGAGACCUUCUGGUUCCAUAAUGGGCAACAAGUGAUUAAUGAUUAUACCCAUAAAAUUGUGGUAAAAGAAGAUGGCACACAGUCCUUGAUUAUUGUUCCUGCAAUGCCUAAUGACUCUGGUGAAUGGACAGUUGUUGCACAAAACAGGGCAGGAAAAACAUCUGUUUCCACAACGCUCACUGUGGAUGCUAAGGAAAACCUGCAGAGACCCCAGUUUGUGGAGAAGCUAAAAAAUUUGAGCAUUAAAGAAGGUUCUUUGGUUGAGCUGGCUGUCAAGGCUAUUGGAAACCCAAAUCCUGAUAUUGUCUGGCUAAAAAACAGUGAUAUCAUCUCUCCUCACAAAUAUCCAAACAUCAGAAUUGAGGGCGGCAAAGGAGAAGCCACAUUUAAAAUACCUUCAGCUAUCAGUGCUGAUAGUGCAUGGUACACGGCAACAGCCAUCAACAAAGCUGGCCGUGACACCACAAGAUGCAGAGUCAAUGUGGAAGUAGAAUUCACAGAGCCUGAACCUGAAAGGAAGCUGAUCAUCCCAAAAGGAACAUACAAGGCCAAAGAAAUAGCAGCACCUGAAUUGGAACCUCUUCAUCUCCGUUACGGACAAGAGCAGUGGGAAGAAGGGGAUUUAUAUGACAAGGAAAAGCAGCAGAAGCCACAUUUUAAAAAGAAGCUCACUUCUGUGAGGCUGAAGCGUUUUGGACCUGCACACUUCGAAUGCAGACUGACCCCAAUAGGUGAUCCAACAAUGGUUGUUGAAUGGUUGCAUGAUGGCAAACCUUUGGAAGCAGCCAACAGACUUCGCAUGGUAAAUGAGUUUGGCUACUGCAGUCUUGACUAUGAAGUAGCUUAUUCUAGAGACAGUGGCGUAAUCACCUGCAGAGCCACCAACAAGUACGGAGUUGACCAGACUUCAGCAACUCUAAUUGUCAAGGAUGAGAAGAGUCUUGUUGAAGAAAGUCAGUUGCCCGAAGGCAGAAAGGGAAUGCAAAGAAUUGAAGAACUAGAGCGUAUUGCCCAUGAAGGAGCUCUUACAGGGCUCACUGAAGAAGUGUCAGAGAAAACCAAACCUGAAAUAGUCUUGUUUCCUGAACCUGCAAGGGUACUGGAAGGUGAGAUUGCAAGGUUCCGCUGCAGAGUGACUGGAUAUCCUCAACCAAAGGUCAAUUGGUACCUCAAUGGACAGCUCAUCCGCAAAAGCAAGAGAUUUAGGCUUCGUUAUGAUGGUAUUUAUUACCUUGAAAUAGUUGAAUGCAAGUCCUAUGAUUCAGGAGAAGUCAAAGUGUCCGCUGAAAACCCAGAGGGAGUUGUUGAUCACACAGUGAAAUUUGAAAUUCAGCAGAGGGAAGAUUUCAGGUCUGUUCUACGCCGUGCCCCUGAGCCAAAAGUUGAAACAGCUGCAGAAGUUGGAAAGGCCUCAUAUGAAGUUAUUAAAGUUGAAAAACCACCUGAAGCCCCACAGCCUAAAGAAAUUGUAAAACUUAGGAAAGCUGAGAGAGUUAUUCAUGAAAAAGAAACAGAGGAGUCAGAAGAGCUUAGAAGCAAAUUCAAGCGCAGGAAGGAGGAAGGCUACUAUGAAGCCAUCACAGCUGUAGAAUUGAAGUCUCGCAGAAAGGAUGAAUCAUAUGAGGACAUGUUGAGGAAGAGGAAAGAGGAACUUCUUCACUGGACCAAACAAGUGCCUGAGGAGGAGAAGAAAAAGCCCCUCCCUGAAGGCAAAGUGACCAUUCCCAUACUUAAACCCGACAAAGUGGAGCUCUCUCCAAGUAUGGAGGCUCCAAAGAUCCUGGAACGCAUUCAAAGCCAGACAGUUGCCCUGGCAGAUGAGGCUCGCUUCCGUGUUAGAGUGGUCGGAAAACCAGAUCCUGAGUGCCAGUGGUUCAAGAAUGGAAUAAAACUAGAGAAAACCGAACGGAUUUACUGGUACUGGCCUGAAGAUAAUGUAUGUGAAUUGGUAAUUAGAGAUGUUUCAGCAGAAGAUUCUGCCAGCAUUAUGGUUAAAGCCAUCAACAUUGCUGGAGAAACUUCAAGCCACGCAUUCCUGCUUGUACAAGCUAAGCAAGUAAUUACCUUCACUCAGCAGUUAGAAGAUGUCAGUGCUAAAGAAAAGGACACCAUGGUGACUUUUGAGUGUGAAACCUCUGAGCCCUUUGUCAAAGUGAAAUGGUUAAAAAAUAAUGUUGAUAUUUUCUCUGGAGACAAAUACAGGAUGCACUCUGACAGAAAAGUUCAUUUUCUUUCUGUUUUAAUCAUUGAUAUGGGGGAUGCAGCAGAAUACACUUGUGCCCUUGUAGAAGACAGUUACAUCAAAACUUCUGCUAGACUUGUUGUUGAAGGUGCCCCACUAGAAAUCAUAAAGAAACUUGAAAACAUUGAAGUACCCGAAACCUACUCAGGGGAAUUUGAGUGUAUUCUCUCCCGUGAGGAUGCUGAGGGGAAGUGGUAUCAUGGGGACGUUGAGAUUACACCAAGCAGUAAAUAUGUCAUUUCUUCCCGGCGUGGCCGACACACUCUUUCAGUGAAAGAUGUCAAAAAGGAAGACCAGGGCCAAUACAGCUUUAUUGUAGGUGACAUAAAGACAACUUCUACCCUGAAAAUGUUAUUACGCCCUGUCACACUUGUGCAAGGACUUGGAGACAAAACUGUUUGUGAAGGUGAUAUUGCACAACUUGAAGUGAAAUUUUCUCAAGAAAAUGUGGAAGGAACCUGGAUGAAGAGUGGCCAACCCAUCCAGCCCAGCGAUCGAAUUCACAUUGUGAUUGACAAGCAGACACACAAGCUUCUUGUAGAAGAUACCACCAAGGGAGACGCUGGAACAUACUCCUUUGUUGUAACAGGACAUGAUCUUUCCACAACAGGACGCUUGACUGUUCAGAGUGUUGAUAUAGUGAUCCCACUGAAGGAUAUCACUUGUGUUGAGGGAACAAAAGCUGUAAUGGAAGCUAAAAUCUCUGCUGCAGACAUCAGUUCAGUGAAGUGGUACCUAAACGACCAGCUGUUAGAGCCAAGCGACAGGAUUCAAGCUGUUGCCAAAGGAUCCAAGCAGCGUUUGGUGAUCACUCGUACUUUUGCCUCUGAUGAAGGACGGUGCAGACUUGUUGUUGGCAGGGCUGAAUCAAGUUGCAACCUUUCUAUUGAAAGAAUUCAUAUUGUAAGACAUCUACAAGAUCAGGUGUGCACUGAAACCCAAAAUGUGACUUUUGAAGCUGAGCUGUCUCAUCCUGGAAUUGAUGCUGUCUGGAAGUUUAAGAACCAGAUCAUCAAAGCUGAUCCCCAGUACAAGAUUGAAACAAAAGACACACGAUACUUGCUGACAGUAGUCAAUACAAUGAAAGAUGAGGAAGGAGAAUAUACUUUUGAGGCUGGAGAACACACAUCAACUGCAAAACUUACAGUAUCAGGUGGAGCAAUCAACAAACCACUACAGGAUGUGACUGUAGCUGAGUCUCAGACUGCUGUAUUUGAGUGUGAGGUGGCUAACCCUGAUUCAGAGGGAAAAUGGCUGAAGGAUGGCAAACCAAUUGACUUUAACGAUAACGUUAGGAGUGAAAGAGAUGGUGCAAAAAGACGGCUUGUUAUUGUCAUUACAAAACCACAAGAUAUUGGUGAAUAUACCUACCAAGUGGCAACUUCAAAGACAACAGCCAAUCUUAAAGUUGAAGCUGUCAAAGUUAAGAAGACUCUGAAGAAUCUAACUGUAACUGAAACCAAGGAUGCAAUGUUCACCCUGGAACUCACACAUGCUGAUGUAAAGGGUUCACAGUGGAUUAAAAAUGGUGUUGAACUUGAACCAAGUGACAAAUAUGAAAUACGUGUUGAUGGCACAGUUCAUUCACUGAAGAUCAAAAACUGCACUACACAAGAUGAGUCAGUUUAUAGUUUCAAACUUGGAAGGGUUGGAGCUAAUGCCAGACUUAAUGUGGAAACUAUUAAGAUUGUUAAGAAACCUAAAGAUGUGACAGCUUUAGUAGAUGCCACAGCUUCCUUUGAACUGAGCUUGUCUCAUGAUGACGUACCAGUGAAAUGGAUGUUUAAUAAUGUAGAGCUGAAACCAAGUGAAAAAUGCAAGAUAUUAUCAGAAAGGAAGGCACAUAAACUCAUAAUUCAGAACAUCAAUUCUGCAGAUGAUGGAGAAUACACAGCUAUUGUUGGACACUUGGAAUGCAAAGCCAGAUUACAUGUUGAGGCUUUGCGUAUUACAAAGACGAUGAAAAACAUUGAGAUUCCUGAAACAAAGGUUGCAACCUUUGAGUGUGAAGUCUCUCACUUCAACGUUCCCUCCCUGUGGCUAAAAAAUGGAGUUGAAAUUGAAAUGAGUGAGAAGUUUAGGAUCGUAGUUCAGGGCAAGCUCCACCAGCUGAUAAUUAUGAACACAAGCAGUGAAGAUUCUGCAGAGUAUACAUUUAUAUGUGGAAACGACAAAGUCUCUGCAACUCUCACAGUAAAGCCCAUCUUAAUAACAUCCAUGCUAGAAGACCUUAAUGCCCAGGAGAAAGAUACUAUAACUUUUGAAGUAAAUGUAAAUUAUGAAGGAAUCACUUACAAAUGGUUGAAGAAUGGAGUGGAGAUCAGAUCAACAGACAGAUGCCAGAUAAAGUCAAAACAACAAACACACUCUUUGACAAUCCGAAAUGUACACUUUGGUGAUGUUGGAGAGUAUUCUUUUGUGGCUGGCUCAGCAGCAACAUCUGCAAAUUUAUAUGUUGAAGCUCGUGUUAUUGAGUUCAGAAAGCACAUUAAAGACAUCAAAGUAGUAGAGAAGAAAAAAGCAGUUUUUGAAUGUGAACUCUCAGAGCCCAAUGUCACCGUGCAAUGGAUGAAAAAUGGACAAGAAAUUGACUUAACAGAAAGAUAUAAAGUCACAGCAGAGAAAUUUCUGCAUCGCCUGAUGAUUCCUACUGUGCGCAUGUCUGAUGCUGGAGAAUACUCAGUGGUAGCUGGCGGGAAUAUGUCCACUGCCACUUUAACCGUUGAAGGCCGUGAUAUUAAGAUAACAGAACCAGCUGAAAAAGACAUCACAGUUGUGGAAAGACAAAGAGCUGUCCUUGAAUUUGAAGUAAAUGAGGAUGAAACAGAAGCCCGCUGGCUCAGAAAUGGAGUUGAAAUCAAUUUCUCAGUUGAAGAGAGAUUCAAAUAUGUGGUGAUCAGAAGGCUCCAUCGCUUGACCAUCACGGAAACCAUACGUACUGAUGCUGGUGAAUACACCUUUGUAGCUGGCAGGAACCGAAGUGUGGUUACACUCCACGUGAAUAUUCCAGAGCCACCACAGAUUAUACAACACAUGGAGCCCUUGACAGUGGAGUCUGGAAAACCUGCUAGAUUCUCAGUUGUAGUUAAAGGCAUUCCACAGCCUAAGGUUUAUUGGUAUAAGGAUUCACAGAUACUAUCAGCAGGAUUUAAGUGCAAAUUCCUUCAUGAUGGGGAUGAGUACACUCUCCUGCUGAUUGAAGUUUUCCCUGAAGAUGCAGCAGCCUAUCACUGUGAAGCCAAAAAUGACUAUGGAGUAGCUAGCAGUUCAGCAUCUCUUGAAGUUGAAGUACCAGAGGUGAUUUCUCCAGACACAGGAGCUCCGCUUUCCCCUCCUGUGCUAAUAUCUCCUAUUCAGAGCACUUCUACAGUUGAAGGACAGUCAGCUCGUUUCCAAUGCAGGGUUUCUGGAGAAGAUCUCACCAUUACAUGGUACAACAAGGACAAGGAGAUCAAACAGUCCGAGUUUUUCAAAAUGACUCAAUUUGAAGAUAGCUGCCAGCUUGAAAUUAUUAAGGCAUACCCGGAGGAUGAAGGAGAAUACACCUGUGUAGCAAAAAAUUCGGCUGGACAGGUCUCAUGCUCUGCAGUUUUGACUCUUGAAGGACUUAAAAAAGUUGAAGAAAUUACAUCCAAGGCUCAGUGGUAUACUUCUACCAGUGUCUCUUCAAGUGUUUCCAGUGCAAAGAAGGAACCUAUAGGCCAGAGGCCUAUUUUCAUUCAGCCUAUUUCGAGCUGCAUUGUACAUCAUGGGGAAGUGGCCAGAUUUCAUGCACGUGUAUCUGGCAUGCCAAAACCAGAAAUUCGCUGGUUUCAUAACCAGCAGUUAAUACAAGCAACAAAAAAUGUGGUGUUUUAUUUUGAUGAAAUCACAAACACCGCUACUCUGAUUAUAGUUGAUGCUUUCUCUGAGCAUGCUGGACAAUACACUUGCAAAGCAAGCAAUAGUGCUGGAGAAGCGACUUGCACGGCUACUCUUGCUGUAACUACUGAAGAGAUAAAGAAGGUUCGAGAGGAGAUUGAACGCAAAAUUGAGAUGGAAGUAAAAGAAUUUUCUAGCUUGACUGUCACAUCUGAAGAAGAGAAACAAGAAUCCUACAGCAGUGGCCUACGAUUAUCAGAAAAAACCAAAACAUUUGAACUCAAGCCAGAAUCUAAACGUUAUUCUAGCACAAUAGAAAAGAAGAAAGAAAAGGAAAAAGAGCCAGUUUUUCUUAAACAAUUGUCUCACAUAGAGGUUACUGUUGGAGAAAUUGCUAGGUUUACCAUCACGGUUACUGGUAUCCCAAAACCCAGAAUUCAGUGGUUUCAUAAUGGCAUGAUGUUGACUCCUUCAUCAGAUUAUACAUUUUCUCAGGAAAACGAUGAGUACACAUUGACUAUUCACCGAGUAAAGAUUGAACAUGAAGGAGAGUAUUCUUGCACUGCAAAUAGUAUACAUGGUCAGUCAUCUUGUAGUGCUUUUCUCCGGGUCAAGACAAAAGCAAUAACAGGUGGAUUAAGAAGGACAUCUGCAGUAGAAAAGAGAGUUAUCCAGGAAUCUGCGUCCAUUAAGACUGAACACAGAGUAGAGAAAACCUUCAAAGUGACUGGACAGCCCCCUCGAUUUAUAAAAACAAUAGAACCUGCACAGUGCACAGAAGGAAGUCAAGCUAAAUUUGAAUACAAAGUAUCAGGGGAACCUCUCCCUGAAAUACAGUGGUUCAGGGGUAGCUACCAGAUUCAGCCAAAUAUCUAUUUCACAAUUGUGCACAACUCUGAUGGCUCUGGCUUCUUAUAUUUAAAAAAUGUUCAGCAAGAUGACAGUGGCCUUUACACUUGCAGAGCAUUCAACCCAACCGGAGAAGCCUCCUGUAGUGCUGAACUGCUUGUGUUUAGGGACACAUAUGCUGUUUCUCGACACAAAGAGCACACAGUUGUUCAGAAGGAAAUGGCUUACAAAGUUUCAACAAGUGAGCAAGCAACUGAAUCCCAUCUAUACAUGGUAAACUUGCCAGGGGAAGCAAGAGUUAAUCUCCAAGAUAGACAUCAGAUGGUGUACACAAUUGGUACAGAGGACAGACAGUCAGUAAGCAGUGAAGAGGUACGCUCAUUACGGGAACUGGAUAUCUCAGCAGCUUCAUUGCAUAGGGAGCAUGUUCCUACUCACCAAGCUGCCAUUUUACAAUCUCAAGAAGUUGAAGAGCAUGUCACAGAUUCAAUCACUGAAGCUGUUCUUGAAUCAAUCGUUCCAGUGAUGAGACAGCUACAUACAGCGGCCUUUACUUCUUCUGUACAAGAAAGCCAAGGGUUUACAGAGCAGCACUGUGAUCCAAUACAAAAACCAGAAGCCAUUAAACUUGAAGUAUCAAAGGAAAGACCUUCAAAACUAGUUUCAGCUGUUGCUGAAGAAAUAGUCCCUUUAAGUUCUGUGAAAUCAGAAACUUUAAGUGACAAGAAGACAGAGCAUUUGGUGCCAGGUCUUGAACCCAAGCCCAUGGUAUAUAGCCAUCAAGUGGAAAGUAAGAUUCCACUUCCAAAAGAGGAAUCAUACAUUCUUCAGAUACCAGAUGUUGAAAGAGGUUAUAGGGUUAAAGAAGGUGUUAAAAUAUUAUACACUGCUGUGGCAUCAGAAAAGCAAAAUAUUUCUGAAGCCCAUUCCACUGAGCUAUCAGUUUCUGAAGAUGCCACAAAAGCUACUGCAGUAAAAGAAUUAGCUAAGCCAAUUUUAAUACCUGUUACUGAAAUCCAAAAAUCCUUACCGAAAGAACAACAAUUUGUCUUAGAAAGAGCAAAGGAGGAAAAGGUCACUUUAACAAAGGACACAUUAUGGAAAUCAGCUUUAAUUGCUGAGGAAAAGCAACAGCUCAAAGGUGAACACACAGAACAAAUUCCAGGAUUAGAAAGUGCUGUCUCUGUUCAUUCUCAAAAGGAAGAAGAACAACUGGUGCAUUUGCAGGUUAUAAUGGAACAGGAUGCAUUACCAGCGGAAGGUAGAUUUAGUUGUGAGGUACCACCAGAAGAACAAGCAGAAAUUCGAAAAAGCCCCACUUUGAUGCAUACAUCAAUCACAGAUGAACAGAAAUCUAUAAUUUGUGAAGAGACUUCUCUGCUUUCUGCCAAAGAAAGUGCAUUUUCUGUUCAACCUACAAAAGAAAGUCCAGCUAAGUUACAUCUUCAGUCUGUACAGGAAGAAUGUGCAUUGCCAAAGGAAGGCAUAUUAAGCUUUGAGAAGCAAGAACCCCACAAAGCUGUUCAGAGACUCGAAAAAGCACGUAGACAGGCAGUUAUAGCAGAAGAAAAAAGGGAAUUUUCAGCUGAUUAUUCUACUGAUCUUGAUGUAGCAGUUAAAGGAAUUCAUACUGAACAUACAACUGAACCUCUGCCUCAGACGUGUCUUCAAGUAAUUACAGAAUCCACUCAAUUACCAAAGGAAAGCCCAUUCACAACAGAUGUGAAGCAGCAGCGUGCAUUAGUGCAGAAAGAAGACCGCUGGAACAUAAUGCAUUUAACAACAGUAGAAGAGAGCAAGGCUUUGGAAGAGGGCCACACAGAUACUUUUAAGGGAAUUGAAAGAUUCACAUGUGAGGCAAAGGUGGAACCUAAAUUUCCAUCUGAGCCAAUUCACAUUGAAGAGAAAGCAGUUACAACAGAAAGUAGUAUUGUUUUAGAGGCUGCUGAACAGGACUUUGCUGACUGGAUUCAGGAAGGGCAGUGCAUAAGACUGCCAUUGUUGACUGAAGAAAAACAAAUUAUAAUUGGUGAACGAUCUAAAGAGCUAACUAGAUCAGAAGCAACAACACUUCAUAUAAAAACACAGACAAAAGGAGCUAUGCAAGUCCAUGAAAUACAGGAAACUAGAGUUCUACCAAAAGAGCUUACUUUUGUUAUCCAAACACCCAAAUCUUUCAGUUUGGACAUUAGAAAACAACUAAGAAGUGCACUGCAAUCUGCAGUAGCUAGCGAACGACCUUUACUUUUGGCUGAAGUUUUAGGGUGUUUGGAAGACAUAAAGAUAAAGGAUGUAAAAAUCUGUAAAGAACCAAAAUAUGAAAUGUUUACAUACCUUAUUACUACAAGCAGUUCCCCACCUAUGGAAAUAACGAUUGCUUUUGAAGGAGAAUAUCCUCAGACUGCUGAUCUAAAAAAUGAACUUCAGGCAGCUUUUCAGUCUAUUAUUCAUCGGGAACAGCACGUCCUGUCCUCUGAACAACCAGGGAUCAUGCAAAUUGAUAGGCCUCAAAGGUUACAUGUUAGCAGUGCACCUUCCAAAGAAAUGUUAUCAUCUGUAAUAGAAACUGUUAGUUUAACUGAGUCUGUCUCAGACUUUGCACCUCCCAAAACACAGUCAGCUGCACUUAGAACCCAAGUUCAGCCAUCAAUCCAAACUGUAACGGCUCAAGAUCGAACUUUGUUGCAGGAGUCAAUUGAUUCAUCUUCAAAGCGUUCAAUGAGUGCACAAGUGAUUGAAGUAACCACAGAAACAAAAAUGGAUUUUCAGGAGCAGUUGUCUGUUCAGGAAGUUAAGACAGUGACAGUAAAAGGUCGUGAGAGAGAUGUUGGGGUAGCAGUUAUCACUACAGACAUGCCUUUAGCACCAAUUCCGGUUGAACAGUCUGUGGAUGUUCGUAUAAUGCAAGAAAGAAAACAGGAAAUUUUGAAAGAAGAAACAAUUAUAUCCAAAGCCAAAGGAAAAGUGAAAGACAUUCCUGUUAUAACAAGGGCUCCGGAAGACAUUUCUGCAGAAGAACAUAGUAAAGUUACUAUCAGUGUAAAUGUAGCUAAUGCCAAAAAGGUAAACUGGCUUUUCAAUGGAAAAUUGGUUUCAUCUGGCAAAGAGUUCAAAUGUUUAAAGGACCAUGAUACUUAUACUCUUGUAAUCAACAAAACAAUCAAGGAGAACCACGAAGGAGAAUAUAUCUGUGAGGCAGUGAAUGAAGCUGGAAAGACCUCAACAUCAUCGAAUCUCACAGUUUUCUUAAGAGUUCCACCUGUUUUCAAGAAGAAAAUUCAACCCCAGGAAGUCAUUCUUGGAAAUCCUGCAAAAUUUGAGUGUGAGAUUGAAGAUGCACCAAACGUGACCUUUAAGUGGUUUAAAGCUGGCAGUGAGAUCCGAGACGGUGACAGAUGCCGAAUUGUCAGCCGGUACUACAUGUCCUCAUUGGAAAUUCCGAAUCCACAACUGACAGAUAGCGGUGAAUAUACUUGUAAAGCUUCUAAUCAACAUGGCAGUGACAGCUGUAUGGCCUCCCUAAAAGUAGCAGAAGUUUUCCCUCCAGUCUUUGUAGCUAAGCCAGAGCCAAUGACUUUAUUUGUGGGAAAAAGUGCAAGAAUACAGUGUUUAGUGACUGGUUCUUCGCCAAUGCAUAUUGUUUGGCAAAAAGGCAAUGUUGCCAUUUCUUCAGAGGCAAAUUAUAAGAUUACAGCUGAUAACAACAAACACACUCUUGAAAUUCAAAAUCUUCAACUUGUAGAUCAGGGUAUUUACUUUUGCAAAGCAACAAAUGGAGUUGGAACCGACAUGUGCAGUGCUGAACUGAAGGUGAUCGAUAAACCACAUUUUGUAAAAUCAAUUGAACCAUUGUCAGUUGCUGUCGGGCACCCUAUACGACUUGAGUGCCAAGUGGAUGAAGAUACAGGAGUAACCAUCACUUGGAGCAGAGAUGGAAAAAAGCUCCAUCACACCAUGGAUUACAAAAUUAUCUUUGAAGAAAAGGUAGCAAUUCUUGAAAUUCCAAAUGCAAAGCUUAAGGACUCUGGAAACUAUGUUUGCACUGCUACAAAUGAUGCUGGGGGCAGUACUUGCUCUUCUUCUAUAAUUGUACGAGAGCCCCCAUUAUUUAUUAAGAGGUUGGAGUCCAAGCUUCUGUGGAAACAUGGUGGGACAGCACGGAUGCAGUGCUCAGUGAAAGGCUCACCUGAACUUCAUGCUGCCUGGUUUAAGAAUGACAAGGAAUUACAUACAAGUGAUAAAUACAAGAUAACCUUCACUGACUCUGUGGCAGUCUUAGAAAUAAGUGAUGUUAGUGUUUCUGACAGUGGAAAUUACACAUGUGAAGUUUUAAAUGAAGCUGGUUGUGAAAGCUGCAGCACUCAAGUAACAGUAAAAGAACCCCCUUAUUUUAAAAAGGAAUUGAAUCCGGUAGAGGUAGUGAGGGGAUCUACUACAACACUUGAAUGUGAGCUCGCUGGUACUGCUCCUUUUGAUGUGAACUGGUUUAAAGAUAAGAAACCAAUUAAAACUGGUAAAAAACACAAAAUUACCUGUGAAGGUGCCAUUGCCUCUUUGGAAAUUUCUUCAUUUGAAACAAUAGAUGCUGGAGAUUACCAGUGUUUUGUAUCUAAUGAUGUUGGCAAAACUUCAUGUAGAUCUACUGCGAAGUUGAAAGAACCUCCCUUGUUCGUUAAGAAGAUUGAAAACACUUCUGUGGUUUUGGGGGAUCCUGUUAAAUUGCAAUCAACUUUGAAAGGCUCAGCUCCUAUUUCAGUUAAAUGGCUGAAGGAUUCUGAGAUACUGAAAGAGGAUUCUAACACCAAAAUUACAUUUGAAAAUGGAGCUGCUACUUUGAAAAUAGCAACUGUUAACCCUAGCCACAGUGGCAGAUAUACAUGUCAAGCUGAAAAUGAUGCUGGGUUUCAGAAAUGUGAAGCUAUUUUAUCAGUACAAGAGCCUGCUAAAAUUGUAGAAAAAAUGGCAUCGAUUAGUGUGACAGCUGGAGACCCAGCAACUUUGGAGUGCACUAUAACAGGAAGUCCGGAACUGAAAGUAAAGUGGUUCAAAAAUGGAAAAGAGAUGGGUUCCAGCAGAAAAUAUAAAAUAAGCUGCAAAGAUAAUAUUGCCAUGCUAAAGAUUCUUGCUGCAGAAAAAGGGGACAGCGGAGAAUAUGUGGUUGAAGUGGCAAACAGUGUUGGAAAGGACAAAUGUUCUUCUUCUAUUACUGUGCUUGAUCGUAUCAUUUCACCAUCAUUUACAAAACCUCUAAGAAAGGUCGAUGGAAUUCUAGGUACCAGUGUAAACAUGGAAGGCAAAGUCUCUGGUUCUCAACCUAUGACGAUUUCCUGGUACAAAGAUGAAAAAGAGAUCUCAGCAAGUGUGAAACACCAAAUGGAAUUCAAAGAAAACACAGCUACACUGGGAAUUAGCCGAUUAGAAAAGACUGAUGCUGGAAUCUAUACCUGCCGAGCAACAAAUGCAGCAGGGAGCAAGGAGAGCAGUGGAACUGUAAUUGUAAAAGAGCCACCUAUCUUCACCGUAAAACCAGACUCGCAAGAUGUAAUACCUGGUUCAACUGUGAUCCUGCGGAGUGCUUUUACUGGAACAGCCCCAUUGUCAAUUAAGUGGUUUAAGGGUGAUAUGGAAAUGACAACUGGUGGAAGAUGUUUUAUCAAAAAGGAAACAUCCUCAAGCUUUCUGGAACUUCAUUCAGUGAAAACCUCUGAUUCAGAUAAUUACACUUGUCAAGUUAGCAAUGAUGCUGGAAAGGUGACAUGCACCGCUGUCUUGUUUGUGAAAGAACCUCCAUCAUUUGUAAAGAAGCUUGAGUCAUCGAAACUCUCAAUGAGUGGAUCCCCUGUUGUUUUGGAAUGCAAAGUAACUGGUACUCCUGAAAUCAAAAUUAAAUGGUUCAAGAAUGAAAGUGAAAUCAGUAUGAGUAAGAAAUAUCGAAUGUCCUUUGACAACUCAAUGGCUGUUUUGGACAUUGUCAACACAGAUGUUGAUGACAGUGGUGAUUACAUUUGUGAAGCAUUCAAUGAAGCCGGCAGCGAUCGAUGUAGCAGCAUGAUUACAAUUAAAGAACCUCCUGAAUUUACAAAGGCUUUUGAGUCAAAGGAUGUUGUCAAAGGUUCUGAUGUUAUUUUGGAAGGCAUGGUGUCUGGCUCAGCUCCUUUUGAUAUAAUGUGGUAUAAAGACAAUAAACCUGUCAGGAGUGAUAAAAGGCACCAGAUGAGCUUGCAAAAUGGUGUAGUUGCUCUUCAGAUUCUGAAAUGUGAUGCAGCAGAUGUUGGAAGUUAUCAGUGUACAGUAUCAAAUGAAGUAGGGAAGUCUUCCUGUGACUGCAGAUUAACACUGAAAGAACCUCCAUCAUUUGUGCAGAAGCUUGAAAACAUGAGUUCCUUGGUAGGAAGUGUAAUUACAAUGCAAUGUACCCUGAAAGGUUCAGUGCCAAUCACUGUCUCCUGGAUCAAGGAUAAUCAUGAAGUGACAAUCAAUGAGAAUGUAAAAAUUUAUUUUGAGGACAAUGUUGCCACACUGUAUAUCAGUGAUAUUCAGACACAUCAUACUGGAAAGUACACAUGUCAGGCAAAGAAUGACGCUGGGGCUCAGAAAUGCUCUGCCUCGUUAGUAGUAAAAGAACCUGCAAACAUUACUGAAAAAGCUAAGUCGAUCAGUGUCACUGCUGGGGAUCCAGCUGCAUUGGAAUGUAGAUUUUCAGGAACCAAAGUACUUAAAGCUAAGUGGUUCAAGAAUGGGAAGGAACUAACAUCAGGCAAGAACUAUAAAAUCCUCACUACGGAGAAAAGCUCUUUGUUAAAGAUUGUUUCAACAGAAAAGAUUGAUGGUGGAGAGUAUACAUUUGAAAUUUCCAAUGAUGAGGGUUCCAGCACAUGUCAGGCCACUAUUACAGUUCUAGAUCAAAUAAUCAAGCCGUCUUUCACAAGAAAACUCAAACCAGUGGAUAGUAUCAAAGGAUCUUUUGCCCACCUGGAAUGCCUUGUGUCUGGUUCCCUCCCAAUGAAUGUAGUUUGGUACAAAGACGAUAAAGAGAUAUCAACUGAUGAAAAACACAAGUGCACACUUUAUGAAAAUACUGCAUUUUUGGAAAUAAGCCGUCUUGACAGUUCUGACAGUGGGACGUACUCAUGCAUUGCAACAAACAAAGCAGGAAGUGACCAGUGUUCUGGUUCAUUAAUUGUAAAAGAACCACCAACCAUUGUAGAAAAACCUUUGUCAAAGGAUGUUUUACCUGGAUCACGAGUGCAGUUUAAAGUUCUUUUUGGUGGCACUCCACCAUUGACCAUAAAGUGGUUUAAAAACAAUAAGGAGCUUGUGUCUGGAUCCUCUUGCUCUGUCUGGAAGGAUAACACAGCAAGCUUGCUGGAACUCUUCUCUGCAAAGGCUUCAGACUCUGGAGAUUACUCUUUUGAGAUCAGUAAUGACGUUGGCUCUGACGCUUGUAAAGCAACACUCUUUGUCAAAGAACCUCCAAAAUUCACACAGAGGCCUGAAAGCAUAGCACUGUUGAAGCCAGGACAAAGCAAGACAUUUGAAUGCCGGGUGGUAGGCACCCCUGAAAUAAAAGUUUGCUGGUUUAGAGAUGGAAAUGAAAUAAGUCCCAGUGGCAAAUAUAAAAUGUCCUUUGAUAACUCCCUGGUGAGUUUGGAAGUUAUCGGGGCUGACAUGGGAGACAGUGGAAUUUAUGUCUGUGAGGCACGCAAUGACGCUGGUAGUGAAAGUUGCAGCAUUGAACUGAAUGUAAAAGAACCUCCUGUGUUUAUAAAGGAAUUAUUACCCACUGAGGUUGUAAAGGCUUCUGAUUUGUUGCUUGAAUGCCAAGUAAUUGGUACAGCCCCAUUUGAAGUUAACUGGUAUAAGGAUGCUAAAGAAAUCAGAAGCAGUAAGAGGCAUACAAUUUCACAGUCAAAUGGUAUUGUUAACCUACAUAUUCUGAAAUGUGACACUUUAGACGCUGGUGAAUACCAGUGUACUGUAGCAAAUGAAGUGGGAAGUUGCUCCUGCAGGGCAGUGAUACGAAUGAAAGAACCACCAUCAUUUGUGAAGAAGGUCCAAAAUGUUGCCACGGUUUUAGGAAAUUCAGCUCAAUUUCAGUGCACUGUGACUGGAUCACCUCCUUUGUCAGUAAAAUGGCAGAAAGAUGAAGAAUGGGUCUUGGAAGGUCCUAAUAUUGAGAUGAAAUUUGAGAACAAUGUUGCUUCUUUGCAAAUUGCUGUAGUAGAAGCAAGUCAUGGUGGGAGAUAUACUUGCCAGCUUAUGAAUGAUGCAGGCAUGGUAAAGUGCUUUGCUACUCUGUUGGUGCAAGAACCUGCCCAAAUUACAGAGAAACCUGAGGCAAUAAGUGUAACUGCAGGUGAUCCUGUCAGUUUAGAUUGUAAAGUUGCAGGCACCCCUGAACUCAAAGUUAAAUGGUUUAAAGAUGACAAAGAGCUUACACCUAGCAGGAAACAUAAAAUCAGUUUCCUGAAUAAUUUGGGAAGCCUUAACAUUCAGUCUGCACAAAUUGAUGAUGAUGGGGAAUAUACCUUUGAGGUCUGCAAUGACAUUGGAAGCUGCAGUUGUAAAAUGUAUUUGACCGUUCUAGAACAAGUAAUAGCUCCAUCCUUCCUCAAACCACUGACGGAAAUGCAACACAUUUUGGGAUCUUUUGUUCGAAUGGAGUGCAAAAUUACUGGUUCACUUCCUAUAAGUGUGGAAUGGGAAAAGGACGGCACUCUCAUAUCUGGUAGAACAAAAUAUAAUCUUGCCCAUGAACUGAACACUGUGUCCUUGGAGAUUGAGCACUUAGAGAAAACUGAUGCGGGGAUGUACACUUGUAAACUAUCAAACGAAGCAGGAAGCUGUGAAUGCAAUGGUGCACUAGUGGUUAAAGAGCCACCAGGUUUUGUGGUGAAACCAGAACCACAGACCGUUCUUCCUCUUUCUACGGUACAUUUUAAGAGCACCUUAAAGGGAACACCUCCUUUUACAGUGAAAUGGUUGAAGGACGACAAAGAAAUAAUAACUGGACCAACCUGCAUUAUUGGACUGGAGGGCCUCUCUUGCUUUUUAGAUCUUUAUUCUGUUGGAGUUUCACAAAGUGGAAUUUAUACUUGUCAAGUUAGCAAUGAUGCUGGUACAGCAACCUGUACAACAAACUUACUUGUAAAAGAACCUCCGACAUUUGUUACGAAACUUGAGUCUUCAAAGGUUGUGAAGCAGCAUGAAAAGUUGCACCUUGAAUGCAAAGUAUCUGGAUCACCUGAACUGCAAAUUUCUUGGUUCAGAAAUGACAAUAAGAUCACAGAGAAUGAAAAUUUCAGAAUAUCCUUCAUCAACUCUGUGGCAGUUUUUGAAAUUGUGUCAGCAACCCUUGAUGACAGUGGAGACUACACCUGUGAAGCUCAGAAUGAUGCUGGGAGUGUCAGCUGCAGCACUACACUGACAGUAAAAGAACCACCAACUUUCUUCAAAGUACCUGAACCCCUGGAGGGCAUGAAAGGCAAAGAUGUUAGUCUUGAAUGUGAACUUUCAGGUUCAGCACCUUUUGAUAUUACCUGGUACAAAGACAAAAGGCAAAUUAAAGACAGUAAAAAGUACAAAGUCACCCAUGAGGGAUACCAUGCUACUUUGCACAUUCUGAGUCUUGAGGCUUCUGAUGUUGGUGAAUAUCAAUGCAAAGCAGCAAACAAUGUGGGAAGUGAAAGUUGCACUUGCAUUGUAAAACUCAAAGAGCCACCUGUGUUUGUGAAGAAACUUUCAAAUGUGACUGCUGUCUCUGGAGAAGAAAUAACUUUAGGUGCUACUAUUAAAGGAUCACAACCAAUUACCGUGUCUUGGAUUAAAGGCAAGGAAGAUGUUCUUCGAGAGAGUGAAAAUACCAAAAUCUCCUAUGAAAAGAAUGUGGUAGCUCUGAAGAUAUUUAAUGCAGAACCAAAAAAUGCUGGCAAAUACAUUUGCCAGAUAAGAAAUGAUGCAGGAAUGGUGGAAUGUAUGGCAUCCUUAGCUGUUUUAGAACCUGCCUCAAUCGUGGAAAAACCAGAACCCAUCCGUGUUACAGCAGGGGAUCCUGCAGCAUUAGAAUGUACUGUGGUUGGUACACCAGAGCUGAAAGCAAAAUGGUUUAAGGAUGGUAAAGAGUUGGCAUCUGGCCGUAAAUAUAAGAUUACAUUUUCAAAAAUGGUUUCCACUCUUAAGAUUUUGUCUGCAGAAAAAGGGGACACUGGAGAGUAUAUGUUUGAGAUAAACAACAAUGUUGGCAGUGACAGCUGUAAAACAUCUGUUACUGUUUUAGAUAAAAUUAUACCUCCUACAUUCACAAGGAAAUUAAAGAACACUACUGCAGUUUUGGGAACAGCUGGAAAGUUGGACUGCAAAGUAUCUGGAUCUCCACCAUUAUCUCUUUUUUGGUUCCAUAAUGGGGAAGAGAUAGCAGAUGGAAUAAAACAUCAGGUUACAUUCAGUGAAAAUACAUGCACUUUAAAAAUUCAGACCCUAGAAUUAUCAGAUGCUGGACAUUAUGAAUGCAAAGCAACUAAUAGUGCUGGGUCUGAUGAAUGCAGUGCUUCUUUGAUUGUAAAAGAGCCUCCAUCUUUUGUGAAAAAGCCAGAACCUUUGGAAGCUCUACCUGGGUCCAAUGUUACAUUUAUGGGGAUUGUUGCUGGAACCCCUCCACUUAAACUGAAAUGGUUCAGGGGCAGCACAGAAAUUGUUUCUGGAAGACACUAUGCAAUUUCUUUACAAGACACAGUAGCAACCCUGGAACUGUUCAAAGUAGACUCAUCAAAAACUGGAGAGUAUACCUGUGAGAUAAGUAAUGAUGCUGGAAAGGAUAGUUGCACAACAAACCUGUUGGUGAAAGAAUCUGCACACUUUUUGAAGAAAUUGAAGGAUUCUAGUGUUGAAAAGGGGAAAUCUCUGUUUCUUGAGUGUACAUAUUCUGGGACUCCACAAAUAUCUGUGACAUGGAGAAAGGAUGACAUUGAAAUUACAUCUUCAGAUAAAUACAAUAUAACAACUACAGAGACGUCCUGCAUCUUGGAGUAUAUUCACAGUGACAAAGAUGCUGGUGGAAAAUACUCUUGUGAAGUUGUAAAUGAAGCUGGAAGUGAUACUUGUGAAGCUGUAGUCUCAAUAUUAGAACCUCCAUUUUUUAUUCAAAAUUUGGAAGCAAUGGAUGUGACUGUGGGAGAUGCAGUUUGCUUGAAAUGCCAAUUAGGAGGAACACCUGAAAUUAAAGUGUCUUGGUAUAAAGGAGAUUCAAAACUGCGAUCUAGUCCUACAUGCAAAAUGGAGUUCACCAAAGGCAUUGCCUCUUUGAAACUAAGCAAGGUUGUCAAAAAUGACUUUGGAGAAUACACCUGUAAAGCUGAAAACAAAAUAGGUUCAACUUCUUCAAGUGCCUCUUUAACAGUACAAGAUAUCAAAACACCACCUACCUUUACAAGAAAAAUUACAAGUCUUCAACAGACUGAAGGCCUUCCAGUUAGAUUUGAGUGUCGUGUUUCUGGGUCCUCUCCUAUUGAGGUUUCUUGGCUUAAAGAUGGUGAACCUUUGCCAAGAGAUGAGGAAUUCACAUCCUCUUUUACUGAUAAUUCUGCAGUCUUAGAAAUUUCUAAAAGUGAAAUGAAACACUCAGGGGAGUAUACUUGUGUGGCUUCUAAUAUUGUUGGAUCUGCCUCUUGUAGAGCAAAGCUUACACUUCAAGAACCACGGUUUCCUCCUGUAUUUGAUAAACAAUUGUUUCCCUUGGCUGUGUCUGUGGGAGACUGUGUUGAACUUGAGUGUCAUUUGACUGGAUCUUUACCCAUCAAAGUUACGUGGUCAAAGGACAACAAAGACAUCCGUGCAGGAGGAAAUUACAAGAUCACAUGUGUUGACAACACACCACAUCUUACGAUUCUGAGAGCAGAUAAGGCUGACUCUGGCCAAUAUUCUUGUCAUGCUAGUAAUGAUAUUGGAAAGGAUUCUUGUUCAACUCAAGUUACUGUGAAAGAACGCAAAAUACCACCUACCUUCACAAAAAAGCCUUCAGAAUCCAUUGAGGACACUGAAGGAAAACUUGUCAAACUAGAAGGCCGCGUUUCUGGUUCCCAGCCAAUGAGUAUAAGCUGGUUUAAGGAUGAAGAAGAAAUUCAAAUAUCGGACAGUUAUGAUGUGUCAUUCAAAAACAACGUAGUGCAAUUGAACAUUAAGAAAGCCACACUGUCCGAUUCAGGCUCUUACUUUUGCAAAGUGUCAAAUGAAGCUGGAACAGCCUCAUGUAUUGCAUCUGUGCUUAUUAAAGAACUUAAAAGGCCUCCAGUUUUUGAUCUGCCUCUUAAAUCAAUAACACUUAAUGAAGGUGAGAAGCUACAAUUAGGUUGCCACAUGCAAGGAUCUGAGCCAAUCAGGAUACAGUGGUUGAAGGACAGGAAAGAAAUCAAAUCUUCAGAUAAGUGCAGUAUGAUUUAUGCUGAUGGUGCUGCCACAUUGGAAAUAAGUGCUGCAACUAGAACAGAUUCUGGUGAUUAUUUAUGCAAAGCAACCAAUGAGGCUGGAAGUGAUUCUUGCAAGGCCAAAGUGACUGUAAAAGAUAAAAAACCAGGAGCACCUACACCUGUUGAAGGAGUACCUUCCCCUGCCAAACCUCCAAAAUUGGACAACCUGUUUUUCAUUGAUGAACCUAAGAGCACCAAAGCGUCAGAAAAGGGCACUGCAACUUUCAUUGCCAAAGUUGGUGGAGAUCCCAUUCCAAAUGUAAAAUGGAUGAAGGGAAAAUGGAGGCAGAUCAAUCAUGGAGGACGUAUAGUGGUCGAGCAGAAGGGACAAGAGGCCAAACUUGAAAUCAAAGAAGUGACCAGAACUGAUUCUGGACAGUACAGAUGCAUUGCUUCAAACAACUUUGGAGAAAUUGAAUGCAGUACCAGUCUUGAGGUGGAAGAGAAAAAAGAAAUUGUAGUUGAAGGAGACUUCCGAGCAAAACUGAAGAAAGUCUCUUCCAAGCAAAAGGAACAACCAGAAGAACCAGAGAUUGAUAUCGUUGAGCUACUGAAGAACGUUGACCCCAAAGAGUAUGAAAAAUAUGCUCGUAUGUACGGAAUCACAGAUUACCGUGGUCUUCUUCAGGCAAUUGAACAAAUAAAGAAAAUGCGUGAAGAGGAAACUCACAGAGUAGAAGUGGAACUGGAAGAAAGAACUCCCAAAGAGGAAAAAGAGUUUGAUGAGCUUGUUUCUUUUCUACAACAAAGAAUGACCCAGGCCGAGCCUGUCACUUUGGUGAAGGACAUUGAAGAUCAGACAAUUAUUGUAGAUAAGGAUGCAGUAUUUGAAUGUGAGAUCAAGAUCAACUAUCCUGAGAUCAAACUUUCAUGGUACAAAGGAACUGAAAAGCUUGAUACCAAUGAAAAAUAUGAUAUAAGCAUUGUAGGUGACCGUCAUCUGUUGAAAAUUAAAAACUGUCAGACUCGGGACCAAGGAAAUUAUCGUGUUGUUUGUGGUCCACACAUCUCAAGUGCCAAGUUAACUGUUGUGGAACCUGUAGUGGAACAGCCGCUUCAGACUGUAGCUGGUAAGGAAGGCCAGAUCUGUACAUUGACUUGCAAAUUCUCUAUCCCUAAUGUAAAAACACAGUGGUUUAAAAAUGGAAAACGUUUAGACCCACAUGGCAGAUACACAUUCGAUGUGACUGACAAAAUACAGAAACUUUCUAUUAAAGACCUUAGAUCAGAAGACCAAGGACGUUUUACCUGCAAAUAUGACAACCUUGAGACUACUGCAGAUCUUUGGGUAGAAGCUGAGCAAAUUCAGUUCACCAAGAGGAUCCAGAAUAUUGUUGUAAAUGAACAUCAGUCAGCAACCUUUGAAUGUGAGGUUUCCUUUGAUGAUGCUAUUGUUACAUGGUACAAAGACACAGCAGAACUAAAAGAAAGCCCAAAGUACAGCUUUAGAAGUGAAGGUCGACGCCAUUUCAUGACCAUCCACAAUGUUACUUCUGAAGAUGAAGGUGUUUACUCUGUGAUUGCACGUCUGGAGCCAAGGGGUGAAGCUCGUAGCACUGCUGAACUUUAUGUAUCAGGCAAAGAAAUUGAGGAGGGAAAGGCUCCUGAAGAUGUCCCUGAUACUGCUAUACAAGUUCCUGAAGCACCUUCUGCCAUUACUACCAAAGAUGUGACUCCUCCUGGUUUCUAUUAUUAUGAAGAAAAGAUGGAAGCGAGAGAGUACAAAAGCUGGGAAAUUCAAGAAACAGUAACAGACUAUGUCUAUGAAGAAAAGGAAAUCUCUGUGGAAAAAGCUGCUGAACCUCCAAGGGUUCCUGUAGAUGAAACAGUCACAAGACUUACAGUAGGAGGAAGAGAAACAGUUCCACAAAGAGCUCCUGAAGCUCCCAAGAAGCCUGAAGUGACUGAACCUGCUGUAGUUCCACCUAAGGAGGAGGCACCUGAAGUGGUUAAAGUACCUGAAGAGAUAAAGAAGCCAGUAUUUGAAAAGACCACACGAGAAGUUGUUCCAGAAAAGAAAGAACGUCCCACACCUAAAGCACCUGAAGAAAUCAGGAAGCCUGUUGCUGAACCAAUUGUUUCUCCUGUUGAAGUUGAGGUUACACCUAAAAAAGUGCCUGAAGUUAAGAAACCUGUACCCGAACCUAAAGUUGCACCACCAGCUAAAGUUGAACCUGAACGAAAACCUGAACCAGAAAAGAAGCCCACAGUUGCACCACCAAAAGUUGCUGAGGAACCUAAGAAGCCAGUGCCUCCAAAACCAGAGCCAACUCCUGCUCCUCCAAAGGAGACCAUUCCAACAAAAGUGCCAGAAGUUACCAGGAAGCCUGAAGUUACUGCUGAAGUUGCUGUUCCUAAAAAAGAGGAGAUUCUUCCUAAGAAGGAGGUAGCCCCUCCUAAGAAAGAAGAGGUUGCUCCAGUAAAAGUUCCUGAGGAGCCAAAGAAGCCAGCACCUGCAAGGCGAGAGCCAGUUAGCAAGCCAGAGCCAGAGCCAAAGCCAGCUCCUCCACCUCGAAAGGAGGAAGCCGUUCCGACAAAAGCGCCUGAAAUUAAACAGAAAGAAGCACGUAUAGAAAAAGUCCCCAUCACUGUACCUAAAGUGGAGGAAAGGGCACCGAUCAAAGUGCCAGAAGUUGUCACGAAGCCUGAGAAAAUUGCACCUGCUGUGCCCAAGCCUAAAAAAGAGGAAGCUGUUCCAAAGAAAGACGUUCCUCCAAUGAAAGUGUUGGAAGUCCCCAAGAAGCCUGAACAAAUUGCUGUGACUAUUGCUAAGACAGAGGAGAGAACUGCAAAGAGAGAAGAAGUGUCAUACAUGAAAGAUGAGAUUUCUGUAAAGCAAGAAGUUUUUCUCCAGAAAGAAUUUCCUGUCCAGAGAGAGGAGAUUUCAUUCCAGAAAAAGGAAUCUCUCAAGAGAGAGGAGCUAAUAGUUACAAAAGACGAUAUUUCAUUCAAGGAAGAGGAAACUCCUAUCACUAAGGCAGUGAUUUCACACAAGAAAGCAGAAAUUCCUUUGAAGAAAGCAGAAAUUCCCGUCAGCAAAGAAGAAGUUUCUCUGAUUUCACACAAGAAAGAAGAAAUUCCUUUGAAGAAAGCAGAAAUUUCUGUCAGCAAAGAAGUUUCUCUGAUUUCACACGAGAAAGAAGAAGUUCCUUUGAAGAAAGCAGAAAUUUCUGUCAGCAAAGAAGAAGUUUCUCUGAUUUCACACAAGAAAGAAGAAAUUCCUUUGAAGAAAGCAGAAAUUCCUGUCAGCAAAAAAGAAGUUUCUCUUAAAAAAGAAGAGGCUUAUUUCAAGAAAGAGGAGAUAUCGUUUAAAGAAGUUUCUCUUAAGAAAGAUGUUCUGCCUAGGAAGGUAGAAAUUGCCACUGAAGCACAUAAAAUUUUACCUAAAAUAGAAGACCUUCCUCCAAAGAAAGAAGAAAUAAUAGUAAAAACUGAAGACAUUCAUAUAGAAGAAGCUUCACCUAAAAAAGACAUUCCUACUAGAAAACAUGAAAUUGCACUGAAGAUAAAGGAAAGAGUGCCUAAAAUCGAAGAAGUUGCUCCUAAAAUAGAGGAAAUUGCUCCAAAGAAAGCCAUCCUUGUCAAAAAGGAAGAAAUACCAUCAGAAAAAGAGAGAAUCACUCCAAAGAAAGAGAUGGUAGCUCCAGUGAAAGUGUCUGAACCAGAAAAGAAGACCAUCCCUGAGAUACCUGAACAAGUCUAUGUUUCAAUCAAAGAAGAAGCUACUCUACGAAAAGUGCCAGAAGAGGUAGGGAAGAUCACUCCCGAAAAACCAAAACCAUCAGUGCAACGCAAAGAAGAGAAAAUACCAACAGUGUCAGUUCCGGAGCUGAGAAAGAAGCCUGUGAUUGAAGAAGUUACAAAAGUACAUGUUCCAGAAAAGGAAGAAAUAACACUUAAAAAAGAUGUGAGAGCAGCUGUUUUUGAAGAUGUUACUUCAGUCAGUGUUUCAAGACGAGAAGCCACACCUGUAAAAGUUCAUGAACCUACAAAGAAGGCUGAAAAAUCUAUUCCCAUCACCAAGUUGGAAGCAGAAAAGAUUGUACCAGAAAAAGUUCCAACACCUUCCAAGAUGAAAGUAUCAGAGCCAGUGGCACCAGAACCUGUGCCCAUAAAAGAGGAGGAAAAAUCAUUGGUUAAACCAGUAAAAGAUGAGGAAAAGGGCCCUGUUACUGCUCCUGCACCAGAGAAGAAAAAAGAAAAACCCAGUGUGGCACCGACAAUUCUUAAACAAAAAGGUAAAAUCCACAUGGAAGAAGAAGAUAAGCUGGAAGUUCCAGUCUUAAAGAAAAUGACCAAAAUAUCAAAGGAGAAGGAAAAAGAAGAAGCAAUAACUCUGAAAAAAGUCACUAAAGUACCUUCUGAAGAACUAACACCAGAAUUAAGUAUAUCUUUUCAACAAGUCAUGAGCACAGAAAAGUAUGAGGAAGAAGAGUAUCAACAUGUGUCUCUCAAGAAAGUUGAAGUGAUUCCAAAAAAGCCAGAACCUGAAAAGGAAGGUAUAACACUGAAAAAGGUUCCUUCAGGAAUUUUAAUAGAGCAAACUGAAGCAGAACAUGUAGAACUCAAAACAAUUGCAAGCUAUGGAACAGAGGAGCAAAUUCAGACUUUUAAGCCUCCCAAAAGGGCUGGAAAAGUCACAAAACCAGAAGGAAAGGAGAUUAUAGAAGAUGUUCAACUUAAGAAAAUUAAAAGAGACAUCAAGACAGAAGUUCCAGAGGAACCCAUGGUACCUCUGAAGAAAAUUGAGAAAGUUUCCUCAGAUGAAAAGGAGAGAGAGAGGGAUGCUCUAAAGAAAACUGCAAAACAUCCCAAAACUGAGAUCACCAAAGAACCUAGUUUAACUCUGGCAAAAGUGGAAAGAAUUCCUACUCAGGAGAGGGAAAUAGAAACAGUGACCCUGAAACCAAUUGAAAAAGUAUCUACACACGAGGAACCACCAGAAGUUGAGAAGCCAGGUAUUCCAAUUAAAAAAGGUGAGAGAAUUCCAACUGGAGAAAAAGAAAAAGACAUGGUAACUUUGAAAAAAGUUGACAGACCCCCAAAAGAUGAAGUAGUUAAAGAACCUGCUAUUCCACCCAAGAAAGUGGGAAAACUUCCCACAGAAGAAAAAGAAAAAGAAGAUGUGACUCUAAAACCUCUGAAGAAAAUCCCAAAAGUUGAAAAACCCAAAGAACCAGAUACAGAUUUAACAAAGGUGAAAAGAGUUCCAACACUGGAAAAGGAAAGAGAAACAGUGGAACUGAUACCUGUUCCAAAGUUGCCAAAGGAAGUAUCACCUGUUCACACUGAUGAAGUGGGUAAAAAGUUUAAAAAAGAAGAAAAAAUUCCUAUUGAAGCAAAGGAAAAAGAACCUAUGUUCUUUAAAAGAGGAGAAAAGGUUCCUAAAGAUGAAGUGCCCCUGGAAGCAGGUAUAACAUUAAAGAAAGUAGAAAAAAUCCCCACAGGAGAGGGAGAAAAAGAACCAGUGGCCCUAAAAAAGCCUGACCGAGUCCUAAUAGAUGGAAUCCCAAAGGAGCCUGGUUUGUUUUUAAAGAAAGUUGAAAGAAUUCCAACACAGGAAAAGGAAAAAGAACACGUUCCUCUUCAAAAACCUGAGCUGAAGAAAACAGAAUCACCAGGUGAACAUGUACCAAUAAAAGAACCUGAAAAGGUACAGAAAGGUGUAAAGGAGAAACCAGAAAUUAUACCAACAGAAGAAAAAACAGCUCCUAAAGUUAUUCCUCUAACAAAAGGUAAGAGUCCAAAGGAGGAGGAAAAGCCUGUACAGCUAAAGAAGGUGGGACAUGUGCCCAAAGAAGUAGAUGAAAAAGACAAAGAAAUACCACUUAAGCACAUGGAGCUCAGCAUACCAGGAAUAGAAAUGAAAAAGACUCCUUCCCCUAAAAUUGUAGGAAAGCCAAAAGCUAUAGAAUCCAUUCCUCUGGAGCGCAAACCAAGUGCAGAUGUUGCCAAAAAAACUGAAGAAAAGCCUGCUGCGAAAGAUUCUGUGGAGGAUAUUCCCAUUCUACUCAAGAAAGCAGCAAAGAAAACCAAGUCUCCAGAAGAAAUAGCUCCUCAGGUCCCACUUAAAAUUGGCAAAGGGAAGGUACCAGUGAUGAAAGAACUGUCUCCGGAAACUGUGCAGCUGAAGAAGAUUCCUACACAUUUAGAAGAAGAAGUCUUUGAAGAAGAGCCCGAAGAAGAGGAGGAUGAAGAGGAAACUUGGGGAUGGGAACUAGGUCCACGUGAUUCAUAUACUUCAUCGGAAGACUGGGAUGAAAGUGCAGAAACAGAAGAGGGGGCUGUUGAGACUCCAGGAAAGCCAGGUGAAAGACGAGAUGCAAAGGCACCCAGAGAGGAAGCUGGAAGGGGUAGAGGGCUACCAAAAGCGAGGCAAACGCCGUCGCCUGGUGAUGCAGAUAGGAGGAGGCUAAGACCAGGAGCUGGGGGUGACAAACCUCCUGAGGAAUCACCAUUUGGAUUCCAGCUCAAGGCUGUCCCACUGAAGUUUGUCAAGGAACUGAAAGACAUUGUUUUGCAAGAGGCUGAGUCCAUAGGGUCUUCAGCUGUUUUUGAGUGUCAGAUCUCACCAUCGACUGCUAUCACCUCCUGGAUGAAAGAUGGAAGCAACCUAAGAGAAAGUCCAAAACACAAAUUCACUUCAGACGGGAAGGAUCGGAAACUGAGUAUUAUUGAUGUGCAACUUUCUGACACUGGAGAAUACACUUGUGUAGCCAAGCUCGGCAAUAAAGAAAAGACCUCUACAGCCAAACUCAUUGUUGAAGAACUACCUGUUCGCUUUACAAAGACCCUUGAGGAAGAGUACUCAGUCAUCAAAGGACAGCCUAUGUACUUGACCUGUGAACUGAGUAAAGACAGAGAUGUGAUCUGGAAGAAGGAUGGUGUGCCACUAAAGGAGAUACCUGGCAAGCAUGCAGUGAAUGUCAUUGGACUGCAGCGAGCUGUGACCAUACAAGACGCUGAUGAUUCUGAUGCUGGUGUUUACUCAGUGGAGACAGCUGACAUCAAAUGCCAAACAACUGUAAAAGUAAUAGAAGUUAUCCGAGAUUGGCUGGUGAAACCCCUGAGAGAUCAACAUGUGAAACCCAAAGCAACUGCCAAGUUCACAUGUGAGCUUAUAAAGGACACACCAAAUGUGAAAUGGUUCAAAGGGGAUGAUGAAAUCCCAGCAGAACCCAAUGACAAGACUGAACCCUUGAAGGAUGGAAAUCAGCAUGUUCUCCUUGUGAAGAAUGCUACUCCAGAAGAUGUUGGGGAUUAUGCCUUUGAGGUUGAAGGUCGCAGAUAUCCAGCUAAACUCACUCUUGGAGAACGUGAGGCUGAAAUCCUGAAACCCCUGAAAAGUGUGGAGAUCUAUGAAAAAGAAAGUGCUAGCUUUGAUACUGAAAUUUCUGAGGAAGAUAUCCCAGGAGAAUGGAAAUUGAAAGGGGAAACUCUGCAGAGAUCACCUACUUGUGAGAUCAAAGCAGAGGGUAAGAAACGUAUGCUAUCUCUGCACAAUGUCCAAGUUGAUCAAGCUGGUGAAAUUACCUACCAAGCAUUGAAUGCCAUCACUACUGCCAUGCUUAAAGUCAAAGAAAUCGAACUGGACUUUGCAGUACCCUUGAAAGAUGUCUCUGUGCCAGAGAAAAAGCAGGCAAAGUUUGAAUGCCUUCUUACCAGGGAAGUUCCAAAGGUCAUGUGGACCAAAGGUUCUGACAUCAUCAAGUCUGGUGAUAAAUUUCACACAAUUGACGAUGGAAAGAAGCAUAUAUUGGUCAUCAACAGCUGCACUUUUGACGAUGAAGGAGAUUAUACAAUUGAAGCUAAUGGCAAAAAGUCAACAGCUAAACUUACCGUUGAAGGCAUAAGGCUGAAGUUCCUUAAACCAUUAAAGGACCAAACUGUGAAGGAAGGUAAAACAGCUCGAUUUGAAAUUGAGCUGUCUCAUGAGAAUGUACCGGUGACCUGGUACAGGAAUGAAAGAAAACUUCACCCAAGCAGAACCGUGCUUACCUCUGUAGAUGGAAAGAAGCAUAUAUUAGAAAUCAAAGAAGUCACUCUAGAUGACACUUGCCAGGUUAAGGCUGAAGCCCUUAGCCUUGCUACAGCGGGUAACCUGACUGUAUUAGAGGGUGAUCCAUACUUCACAGUUAAAUUACAAGAUUACACUGCAGUUGAGAAAGAUGAGGUCAUUUUGGACUGUGAGCUCAGCAAAGAUGUCCCUGUGAAAUGGUACAAGGAUGGGAAGGAGAUCAAAGCUUCAAAACUUGUAACUAUUAAGACUGAAGGCAAAAGAAGGAUUUUGUCUAUCAAAAGAGUGGAAAACAAAGAUAAGGGAGACUAUGUAUGUGACUGUGGGACAGACAAGACGAUGGCAACUGUGAACAUUGAGGCUAGAGAUAUUAAGGUUGUUCGACCCUUGUAUGGUGUGGAGCUCUUUGAUGGGGAAACUGCACGUUUUGAAGUGGAAAUCUCUGAAACAGAUGUUCAUCCUCAAUGGAAGCUGAAGGGAGAAAUCUUAUCUCCCUCUCCGGAUGUUGAGAUUAUUGAAGACGGUGCCAAACAUAUCUUGACCUUGUACAACUGCAAAAUACCCCAGUCUGGAGAAGUAUCUUUCCAGGCAGCCAAUGCUAAGUGUGCAGCCAAUCUUAAAGUUAAAGAGCUUCCACUCACCUUUAUCACUCCUCUCAGUGAUGUGAAAGUAUAUGAGAAAGAUGAAGCUAGGUUCGAGUGUGAGGUCUCCAGGGAACCCAAAAGUUUCCGCUGGCUUAAAGGCACUCAGGAGGUGAAGGCGGAUGAUAAAUUUGAAAUUAUUGCAGAAGGGAAGAGGCAUUCUCUUGUUAUAAAAUCUGUUGCAUUUGAAGAUGAAGCAAAGUACAUGUUUGAAGCUGAAGAUAAAAGAACAAGUGGGAAAUUAAUAAUCCAAGGAAUCCGUCUUGAAUUUAUCAAGCCUAUCAAAGAUGUCACAGUAAAGGAGCGUGAGACUGCAGAAUUCAGCGUUGAGCUUUCACAUGAGAAGAUCCAAGUUACUUGGUAUAAGAAUGACACACGUCUACAUCCCAGCAAAGUCAUACAUAUGACAGAUGAAGGCAAGGUCCACACACUUGCCUUUAAGGAGGUGUCCAUUGAUGACACAUCCCUCAUUAAAGUGGAGGCAAUGGGCAAAAGCUCAGAGGCUAAACUCACUGUCCUCGAGGGUGAGCCAUACUUCAUUACAAAAUUGCAAGACUACACAGCAGUAGAAAAAGAUGAAGUCAUUUUGCAGUGUGAAGUUAGCAAGGCAGCUGCUCCAGUUAAAUGGUUUAAAGAUGGCAAAGAAAUCACUCCAUCAAAGAAUGUCCAGAUUAAAGCUGAUGGAAAGAAGAGAAUACUUGUUGUCAAAAGAGCACUGAAGGCAGACAUUGGUGAAUAUACCUGUGACUGUGGCUCAGACAAGACCACUGCUAAACUCAACAUUGAAGAGCGUGACAUUAAGAUUGUGCGUCCUCUAUAUAGUGUUGAAGUUACAGAAACAGAAACUGCUCGCUUUGAGACAGAAAUUUCUGAGGAAGAUGUUCAUGGCAACUGGAAGCUUAAAGGGGACCCUCUUCUUCAAUCACCUGAUUGUGAAAUUAAGGAAGAGGGGACAAAACAUAUGCUCAUCUUGUACAAUGUACGCAUGGAUCAAGCUGGUGGAGUAGACUUUCAGGCUGCCAAUGCUAAAUCUAGUGCUCAUCUUAGAGUAAAAGCGCGUGUAAUUGGCCUGCUCAGGCCCCUAAGGGAUGUUACAGUUACUGCUGGAGAGACUGCUACCUUCGACUGUGAACUUUCCUAUGAAGGCAUUGCAGUGGAAUGGUUCCUUGGAGAUAAGAAACUGGAACCAAGUGACAGAAUUGUCACUCGUGCUGAAGGAAGAGUUCACACACUUACCCUCAGGGAUGUUAAGUUAGUCGAGGCUGGUGAAGUUAAACUGGCAGCCAAGGACUUCAAAAUACAGGCUAACCUCAUUGUUAAAGAGCCACCAGUUGAAUUUACAAAGCCUCUUGAAGAUCAAACUGUUGAAGAAGAGGCCACUGCUAUACUGGAGUGUGAAGUGUCCAGGGAAAAUGCUGAGGUCAGGUGGUUUAGAGAUGGUCAAGAAAUUCACAAAACAAAGAAAUAUGAGAUGGUUGCAGAGGGCAGAGUCAGAAGACUUAUCAUUCACAGCUGUACCCUUGAUGAUUCUAAAACAUAUACCUGCGAUGCCAAGGAUUUUAAGACUUCUGCUUUCCUAAACGUUGAGCCUCCACAUGUUGAGUUCACAAAGCCUCUCCAUGAUGUUGAGGUUAAAGAAAAGGAAUCAGCCAAAUUUGAAUGUGAAGUGUCCCGUGAAAGUGCGAAGGUUCGCUGGUUCAAGGAUGGCAGUGAAAUCAGAAAAGGCAAGAAGUAUGAAAUCAUUUCUAAAGGUGUCCAGCGUAUUCUUAUAAUCAGCAAGUCAGUCUUUGAUGAUGAAGCUGAAUAUGAAUGUGAUGCAAGGACUGCCAAAACCUCUGGAAUGCUUACUGUCAUAGAAGAAGAAGCUGUCUUUACAAAGAACCUAUCAAAUGUUGAGGGCACUGAAACAGACAGCAUCAAAAUGAUCUGUGAGGUCUCUAAACCCAGUGCAGAAGUCAGAUGGUAUAAAGGUGACACUGAACUGCCUGAAGGUGGGAGACAUGACCAGAUAACUGACGGUAAAAGGAGGAUACUCAUUAUUCAGGGUAUCUGCAUGAGUGAUGCAGGAGAGUAUAACUGCAGACUGCCAACUUCACGGACAUCAGCAACACUCAAAGUUAAUGAACUCGCAGCAGAAUUUAUUGCCAGACCUCAGAACCAAGAAGUACUUGAAGGGGACAAAGCUGAAUUUGUCUGUUCAGUAUCCAAGGACACAUAUGAAGUGAAAUGGCUCAGAGGUGACAAGGAGAUUGAAGCUGGAGAUAAAUAUGAUAUUAUCUCUGAUGGCAAAAGGAGAGUUCUUGUUGUAAAGAAUUGCAUCCCUGGUGAUGAAGGAACAUUUGUUGCUUCAAUUGGUACUUCAAGAGCAUCAGCGGACCUGACAGUAAUUGAAAAACUCAGAAUUAUAACACCUAUCAAAGACACACAAGCUAAAGAAGGGCAAGAAAUUGUCUUUAACUGUGAAGUAAACACAGAGGGAGCCAAACCCAAGUGGCUGAAAAAUGAUGAAACAAUAUUUGAAAGUGCAAAAUACAUCAUCAUCCAGAAAGAUCUGGUAUUCUCACUGAGAAUCAGAGAUGCCCAGAUGGAAGAUCAAGCAACUUAUACCAUCACAUUGACAAACCACAGAGGAGAGCAUGCAAAAUGCUCUGCAAAAUUAACUGUUCAAGAGGAGGACCUGAGGAUCAUUGAACCUCCUGAAGACUGUGAAACUCAGGAAAAGAAGACAGUCAGUUUCAUCUGCAAAGUCAACCGACCAAAUGUUACACUGAAGUGGAUGAAGGGAGGACAGGAAAUUGCUUUCGACAAACGUGUCUUGUACAAGAUAGAUAAAAACAAACACACGCUUAUAGUGAAAGACUGCAGCCUAGCCGACGAGGGAGAGUAUACUGUAAUUGCUGGAACAGACAAAGCUGUUUCUGAGCUGAUUAUUAGUGAAGCACCCACUGACUUUACCAGCCACCUUCAAGACCAGACAGUCACUGAAUUCGAAGAUGCUAUCUUCACAUGCCAACUUUCCAAAGAAAAGGCAACAGUGAAAUGGUACAGAAAUGGCAGAGAAAUUAGGGAAGGACCAAGAUACCACAUGGAAAAAGAAGGCAACAUUUGCAGACUUUGCAUCAAAGAAUGCAGGCCAGAUGACGAAUGUGAAUAUGCCUGUGGUGUGGAAGAGAGGCGAUCAAGGGCUAGGCUCUUUGUUGAAGAAAUCCCUGUUGAGAUUAUCAGACCACCGAAGGAUGUCUCUGAUGCCCCUGGAUCAGAUGUUGUCUUUGAAGCUGAACUUAACAAAGACAGAGUUGAGGUUAAAUGGCUAAGAAACAACAUGAUCAUUGUUCAGGGUGAUAAAUAUCAAAUGAUGAGUGAAGGCAAGGUACACAGGCUACAAGUCUGUGAAAUCAGGCCUCGAGACCAAGGAGAAUACAGAAUUAUUGCCAAAGACAAAGAUGCCAGAGCUAAGCUUGAACUUGCAGCUGUGCCAACUAUCAAGACAACUGACCAAAACCUUGUGACAGAUGCUGGAAAGUCUUUCACAAUGACUGUUCCCUAUGAUGCUUACCCACGAGCAGAGGCUGAAUGGUUCUUUGAUGACAUCAGCCUGCCAAUACAGAACAUUGACACUACAGUGGAUAUGACCAGUUACAGGCUAAAGGAUCCUAAGAAGUCUGACCAGGGGCGAUACAAAAUUGUUAUUCAAAACAAACAUGGAAAGGGAGAAGCAAUUAUUAAUCUGGAUGUGAUUGAUGUUCCUGGACCUGUUAAGAACCUGCACGUGGUUGAAACCAGUGAUGGGGAAGUUAGUCUUGCCUGGGAAGAACCUGAAAGCGAUGGUGGUAGCAAGAUCUUAGGCUAUGUUGUGGAAAGGCGUGACAUCAAACGCAAGACCUGGACACUUGCAACUGAUCGUGCCGACAGCCCUGAAUACACUGUUACUGGACUUCAAAAGGAUGCUGAAUAUCUCUUCCGUGUCUGCGCACGCAACAGGGUAGGCAGUGGUGAAACAGUGGAAACAGAUACACCAGUUCAAGCCAAGAACAAAUUUGAUGUUCCUGAUGCACCACAAAAUGUAAUGGUUGGAAAUGUGAAUAAGUUUGGGGCUACAGUCACUUGGGAACCCCCGGAGUUUGAUGGUGGAUCUGAAAUUACAGCGUAUAUCAUUGAGUUGCGUGACAGGACUUCGGUUAGGUGGGAGCCUGCUCUUGUGACAAAACCAGAUGAGCUUCUUGCAACCAUUAAUGAUGUUGUGGAGAAUAAAGAAUACAUUUUCCGGGUCAGAGCUGAAAACAAAGCUGGAAUUGGAAAACCAAGUGCUGCUUCCAGUCCCGUGAAGAUUAUGGAUCCUAUUGAACGUCCAAGCCCACCACUUAACUUUAAUUAUUCUGACCAGACAAAGUCAUCUGUUCAGCUUACAUGGGAGACUCCUUUGAGUGAUGGAGGAAGCAUGAUUACUGGCUAUAUUAUUGAGAAAUGUGAAGAAGGAACAGACAAAUGGCUGAGAUGCAAUGCAAGGCUUUGUCCUGACCUUUCUUACAAGGUUACUGGUCUGAAGCAUGGACAGAAGUACCUUUACAGAGUGUCUGCAGAGAAUGCUGCUGGAGUUUCAGAUCCUGCUGAUGUAUUAGGACCUCUUAUGGCAGAUGAUCCACAUGUGGCACCUACUUUGGACUUAAGUGCAUUUAAAGAUGGCUUGGAAGUCAUUGUUCCUAAUCCACUCAAGAUUCGUAUUCCUAUUACUGGAUAUCCCCUGCCUACUGCAAAGUGGUCUGUGGAAGGAAAAGACUUGGAAAGGGGAGACCGAGUGUCAAUGGAUACCAAAAUGUCUUAUACAGAAUUGGUCAUUACCCCUAGUGUAAGGCCAGACAAGGGCAUCUACACUGUGCAGUUAGAGAAUCCUGUAACAACAGUCUCAGGAGAAAUUGACGUGAAUGUGAUUGCUUGCCCAAGUGCACCAAGAGAUUUGAAAGCUGCUGAAGUGACCAGAAGUUCAGUGCAUUUGAUGUGGGAAGCUCCAGAGCAUGAUGGUGGAAGCCCAUUGACUGGAUACCAAGUAGAAAAGCGUGAAGUCAAUCGCAAGACUUGGGUUAAGGUUAUUACUGGUGUACAGGACCAGGAGUUCACUGUCACAGAUGUAAUUCAAGGCAAAGAAUAUCUCUUUAGAGUUCUUGCCUGCAACAAAUGUGGUCCAGGAGAACCUGCAUACAUUGAUGAACCGGUCAAUGUAUCAUCACCAGCAACUGUACCAGACCCACCUGAAAAUGUGAAAUGGAGAGAUAGGUCUGCUUCAGGAAUCUUCUUGUCAUGGGAACCACCAAAAUAUGAUGGAGGAUCUGCCAUCAAGGGCUAUAUUGUUGACAAGUGCCAGCGUGGUAGUGAUAAAUGGGAGCCCUGUGGAGACCCUGUUGUAGAUCUGAAGUAUGAAGUCAAAGGGCUCAGUGAAGGACAAUGGUAUGCAUAUCGUGUACGAGCUUUGAAUCGUCUGGGUGCUAGCAGACCCAGUAAACCUACAGAUGAGAUCCAAGCUGUGGAUGCCAAAGAGGCUCCAGAGAUUAUGCUUGAUGUAAAAUUACUUGCUGGUUUAACAGUAAAAGCUGGGACAAAGAUUGACUUGCCAGCCACAGUUAUGGGUAAACCAGAUCCUAAGAUUACCUGGACAAAGGCUGACCUUGUCCUGAAACCUGAUGACAGAGUUUCCAUUGAUACCAAACCCGGUCAUUCAAUACUGACAAUUGCUAAAACAAAGAGAGAUGACAGUGCUACCUACAUAAUUGAAGCUGUUAACAUCUGUGGCCGUGCAACAGCAACCGUUGAGGUCAACAUCCUAGAUAAACCUGGACCUCCAGCUGCUUUUGAUAUCACUGAUAUUACAAAUGAGUCAUGUUUCCUGACAUGGAAUCCUCCGAGAGAUGAUGGUGGAUCAAAAGUCACUAAUUAUAUUGUUGAACGGAGAGCCACAGACAGUGAAGUCUGGCAUAAACUCUCCUCCACUAUUAAGGAAACUACAUAUAAAGCCAAUAAUCUGGUGCCUCUUAAGGAGUAUGUCUUCAGAGUGUUUGCUGAAAAUAUGUAUGGUGUUGGGGAGCCUGCACAACACGUACCAAUAACUGCUAAGUAUUCUUUUGAUCCACCUGGUCCACCAACUAAACUGGAGCCUUCUGAUAUUGCCAAGGACUCUGUGACCUUGACAUGGAAUGAACCUGCUGAAGAUGGUGGUAACCCCAUCACUGGAUAUUGGGUUGAGAGAUAUGACCCAGAAAAUGAUAAAUGGCUUAGAUGCAACAAGUUACCUAUCAAAGAUACAACUUUCAGAGUUAAAGGUCUGCCAACUAAGAAAAAGUAUAAGUUCCGUGUCUUAGCUGAGAAUCUUGCUGGUCCUGGAAAACCAAGCAACGAAACGGAUCAGAUCUUGGUUAAAGAUCCCAUUGAUCCUCCAUGGGCUCCUGGAAAGCCAAUAGUUAAGGAUGUUAUGAAGACAUCUGCAUUCUUGCAGUGGACUAAACCAGAACACGAUGGUGGGGCAAAGAUUGAAUCUUACAUUAUUGAACUACUAAAAAGUGGAACUGAGGACUGGGUCCGUGUUGCAGAGGGAGUUCCUAUGACUGAACAUUUCCUCAAAGGGCUUAUGGAAAAGCAAGAAUAUUCAUUCCGUGUCAGAGCUGUGAACAUAGCUGGAGAAAGCGAACCUAGUGAACCAAGUGAUCCUGUGCUCUGCAAGGAGAGAUUAAAUCCUCCAUCGCCUCCACGCUGGCUUGAAGUUAUUAACGUAACAAAGAACACAGCUGAACUGAAAUGGUCACCUCCAGAAAGAGAUGGUGGCUCUCCUGUCACCAACUACAUUGUUGAGAAGAGGGAUGUUAGACGCAAAGGCUGGCAAGCAGUUGACACCACAGUUAAGGAUAUGAAGUAUACUGUUAGUCCACUCAAUGAGGGUUCACUGUACGUGUUCCGUGUUGCAGCUGAGAAUGCUGUUGGACAGAGUGACUAUUGUGAAAUUGAAGAUUCUGUUCUUGCCAAAGACACAUUCACUACUCCUGGACCUCCGUAUGCUCUUACAGUGGUAGAUGUUACAAAAAGACAUGUUGAUCUGAAAUGGGAGGCUCCCAAGAAUGAUGGUGGUAGACCAAUUUUAAGAUAUGUUGUAGAAAAGAAAGAGAAACUUGGGACUCGUUGGGUGAAAGCAGGAAAAACAUCAGGACCAGACUGCACAUACAAAGUCACAGAUGUCAUUGAGGGAACAGAGGUGCAGUUCCAGGUCUGUGCUGAGAAUGAAGCAGGUGUUGGACAUCCAAGCGAACCCACAGACAUUCUUACAAUUGAAGAUCCAACAAGUCCACCAUCUCCGCCCUUGGAGCUACACGUAACAGAUGCAAGCAGAGGUCAUAUUUCAAUUGCCUGGAAGCCACCUGAGAAGAAUGGUGGUAGCCCCAUCCUUGGCUACCACAUAGAGCUCUGUGAGGCUGGAACUGAAAAGUGGAUGAGAGUAAACUCCCGUCCAGUGAAAGAUCUUAAAUUUAAAGCAGAAGAGGGCAUCAUCCCUGAUAAAGAAUAUGUUCUCAGAGUUCGUGCUGUCAAUGGUGUUGGAGUCAGUGACCCCUCUGAGAUUUCAGAAAAUGUCUUUGCUAAAGACCCUGAUUGCAAUCCAUCCAUUGAGUUAAAGACUCAAGACAUUGUUGUUGUAGAGGGUGAGAAGAUGAGUCUUCCCAUUCCUUACAGGGCAGUACCAAUGCCUACUGUGUCUUGGCAUAAGGAUGGCAAAGAACUAAAACCUAGUGACAGACUUGGUCUGAGGUCUGAUUACACUGCAGCUUUCAUUGAAAUUACCAGUUGUGUACAUGCAGAUGCUGGUUUGUACACAGUUACUCUUGAGAAUAAACUUGGAUCUACAACAGGAACAAUUAAUGUUAAAGUCAUAGGUUUACCAGGUCAGUGCAAGGAUAUCACUGCAAGUGAAGUCACCAAAAAUUCAUGCAAGGUUUCAUGGGAACCUCCAGAUAAUGAUGGUGGUAGCCCUAUCUUACAUUAUGUUCUUGAACGUCGUGAAGCUGGAAGGAGAACCUACGUGCCAGUCAUGUCUGGAGAGAACAAAUUAUCCUGGCAAGUGAAAGAUCUGAUACCAAAUGGGGAAUACUACUUCCGAGUUAAAGCAGUUAACAAGAUUGGUGGUGGAGAAUACAAUGAGAUCCGUAACCCUGUCAUCGCUGAAGAUCAAAAGGUUCGUCCAGAUCCACCAGUCGAUGUUGAAACCCAUGAUCCUACUUCACAGUCAGUGACCCUGACAUGGAAACCACCAAUGUAUGAUGGAGGCUGCAAGAUUAUGGGCUAUAUUUUGGAGAAAAUGGAGAAGGGUGGAGACAAAUUUGAAAGGUGUAAUGAGUUCCUGGUGCCUGUUUUAUCUUAUACUGUAAAGGGCCUGGAAGAAGGCAAGGAAUACCAGUUCCGUGCACGUGCCGAAAAUGCCGCAGGUGUUAGUGAUCCUUCGCGUAGCACACCACUAGUAAAGGCUGCUGAUCCUAUAGAUCCACCAAAGGUCUUCCUCAGUGGAAGUCUGCAAUCUGGCCUGGAUGUGAAACGGGGUACAGAAAUCAAACUUGAUGCCAACAUUUCUGGGUCACCUUAUCCAACUAUAACAUGGUAUAAAAACGAUGAAGUGAUAAGACCAGAAGAAAUAAAGAAGAGACCUGACAAGCCGAUUAUUAGGAGGAAAAAGGAUGCAGUACCUGAACCUGAAGAACCAUUCUAUCUUUCCCUGCCUGAGCGUCUAACAGUUGACAACAGCAGGAAAGGGGAGUCCUGUGCUAUGGUGCGUGAUUCCAUUAGACCAGACCAUGGAAAAUUUACAAUCAAAGUGGAAAAUGAUCACGGUGUUGCCUCUGCCUCAUGCGAAGUGAAUGUGCUUGAUGUUCCUGGGCCCCCAGUAAACUUUAUCUUUGAAGAAGUUCGGAAAAAUUCUGUGAUAUGUAAAUGGGAUCCACCCCUAGAUGAUGGUGGAAGUGAGAUACUUAAUUAUAUCUUGGAAAAGAAAGAUAACUCCAAGGCUGAAAUCGGAUGGGUUAAUGUGACAUCAACUCUCAGGGGAUGCAAAUAUCCUGUGACCAAACUUAUUGAAGGAAAAGAGUAUGUCUUCCGUGUUACAGCAGAGAAUAGGUUUGGCCCUGGACGACCAUCUGUUUCACAGCCACUUCUUGCAAAGGAUCCAUUUGAACCACCUGAGGCCCCCGAUAAGCCUGAAGUUGAGGAUGUGACAAGCAAUAGUAUGCUUGUCAAAUGGAAUGAACCUAAAGACAAUGGCAGUGCUAUCUUGGGUUACUGGAUUGAAAGACGUGAAAUUAACAGUACACACUGGGCUAGAGUUAACCGAAGUCUUCUCAAUGCAUUGGAAACAAGGGUUGAUGGUCUAUUGGAAGGAUUGACUUACAUCUUCAGAGUUUGCGCUGAAAAUGCUGCUGGACCUGGAAAAUUUAGCGUUCCAUCUGAACCGAAGACAGCACAGGAUCCAAUAUUACCACCUGGCCCACCUAUUCCAAGGAUUGUUGAUACAUCGGAAUCCUCCAUUGAAGUUGCAUGGGAUCCUCCCAUUUACAAUGGAGGUGGUGAAAUCAUUGGGUACCACGUUGAUAAAGUCCUGGCAGGCAAAAAUGAUUGGUCACGCUGCACAGAGAAAUUGGUAAAGGACCGGAAGCUUACAGUGCGUGGAGUUCGAGAAGGAGCUGACUACAGAAUUCGUGUGAUAGCUGUAAAUAAUGCUGGUGAAGGUGCACCUGGAAUAACAGAACCUGUAACUGUUAGAGAUCCUCAAGAACCUCCUGUUGUUGAACUGGAUAUCAGCGUGAGAAACGGAGUUCAGAUUAGAGCUGGUGACACACUGAAGCUUCCUGCAUUAGUAACUGGUAGACCUUCACCAGAAGUAAAAUGGACCAAAGAGGAAGGUGAAAUAGAAGCGGAACGCGUUACCAUUGAAAGUGUUGGAACAACAAACACGCUUAUUAUCAAAAAUGCUCUCAGGAAAGAUCAUGGCAAGUACAUUAUUACUGCUACAAACAGCAGUGGAAGCAAAUCUGCAUGGACGAGAGUGGAUAUAAUGGAUGUUCCUGGACCUAUACUUGAUUUAAAACCUGUUGUUGUCACAAGAAAGAUGAUCAUGUUGAACUGGUCAGAUCCUGAAGAUGAUGGAGGAAGUGAUAUCACUGGCUUUAUUGUUGAAAGAAAGGAUGCUAAAAUGCAUACAUGGAGACAGCCUAUUGAGACUGUCCCAUCUAAAUGUGACAUCGUAGGUGUGCUUGAAGGACAGGAAUACAUGUUCCGGAUUGUUGCCAAGAACAAGUAUGGCUGUGGUCCGCCAGUUGAACUAGGACCUAUUGCUGCUGUGGAUCCACUAGGUCCACCUACUUCACCAGAGAAAUUUCACUACACUGAGAGGACAAAAACUUCUGUAACCCUUGCCUGGAAACCUCCUCGUAAUGAUGGUGGAAGUCCAAUUCAAGGCUACAUUGUUGAAAAGAAAAGACAUGACGCAACUGAAUUUGACGUUGUCAACCGACAACUAUGCAGGGACACUACUUUGCUAGUUGACAACCUUGUGGAGCUGCACAUGUAUGAAUUCCGUGUAAAAGCAGUGAAUGAGAUAGGAGAAAGUGAUCCUUCGAUUCCAUUGAAUGUUGUCAUUCAAGAUGAUGAAGUUUCUCCAACUGUGACAUUGCUGAAACACUUCAAAGGAGAUACAAUAACUGUCAAGAAAGGGGAGCCAAUUGAAAUACCAGCAGAAGUAACAGGCCUCCCAUUGCCUAAAAUCGAAUGGUCUAAAAAUGAGGUUGUUAUAGCCAAGCCUACAGAAUCACUUUUGAUUGACACAGAGGUGCUAUCUAGAACCAAUGAAAAGACAAAGCUCAGUAUUCCUGCUACUGUCAGACAAGAUAAAGGUCUUUACACAAUCAGUGCUUCUAACCGCCUUGGAGCUGCCCAUCACUCAAUUAAUGUGGAAGUACUAGACCGUCCUUCACCACCACGUAAUGUUAAGGUUUCUGACAUCAAAGCUGAAUCUUGUUACCUUACAUGGGAUGCUCCAGAGGAUAAUGGAGGUAGUGAGUUGACAAACUACAUUGUGGAUAGCAGGGAUGCAAGCAAGAAGAAGUCUGAAUGGGAAGAAAUUACAAAUAACAUCAUAGAAAGAAGAUAUGGGGUUUGGAAAUUGACCACAGAUGGCGCUUACCAGUUCAGAAUCAGGGCUGAAAACAAAUAUGGAAUCAGUGAUGGAGCAGAAUCAGAAAAAGUAAUCAUUAAAGAUCCAUUUGGUCUUCCUGGUCCACCAGAGAAACCAAAGAUUGCUGAGCACACAAGAUCAUCCAUGCUUGUAACAUGGGAGCCACCUUUGGACAAUGGUGGAUCCACAAUCACAGGCUACUGGCUUGAGAAGAGAGAAAGGGGUGGUGUUUAUUGGGCUCGUGUAAACAGAGCUCCUGUUACAAAGCCUGCUGUCAAAGGCCUUGAGUUCAAUGUUCUCCGACUCAUUGAGGGCGUUGAGUACCAGUUCAGAGUGAUGGCUGUCAAUGCAGCUGGUGUUGGACCUCCAAGUGAACCAUCUGACCCAGUUUUCGCUCUGGAUCCUAUCUAUCCUCCAGGAGCACCAUCUUGCCCAGAGGUUAAGGACAAAACUAAGUCAAGUGUUACUCUUACCUGGAAGGCACCUGACAAAGAUGGUGGAAGUCCAAUCAAAGGUUACAUUAUUGAAUUACAAGAUGAGGGCACAUCUGACUGGACUAGAGUGAAUGAACCAGACAAAUUGCAUCCUACCUGUGAAUUCACUGUUCCAAAUCUUCAAGAACUGAAGAAAUACAGGUUCAGAAUUAUUGCUGUGAAUACAGCAGGAGAGUCUGAGCCAAGUCCUAGGACUAGUGAAGUACUUGUCAAGGAGUUACAAGAGGAGCCAGAUGUCACUGUGGAUGUCAAUGCUCAAGAACUUCUGUCAUGUCGUGCUGGUUCAACAAUAAAGAUACCUGCCUUCAUCAAAGGACGCCCAGUCCCAAAGGUUACUUGGGAAUUUGAAGGAGAAGCUAAAAAAGAAAUUAAGGAUGGUAUUCACAAUGUUCCUGAAGAUAUACAGAUUCAAUCAACUGAAACCACAUCAACAGUGACUAUCCCUGAGUGUAAGAGAACCCACUCUGGUAGAUACUCAAUCACUGCUAAAAACAAGGCUGGACAAAAAACAGUGAACGUUAGAGUCAAUGUUCUUGAUGUGCCAGGACCUCCUAAAGACCUCAAAGUAAGUGAUAUUACAAGAAGCACAUGCAGGCUUACAUGGAAGCUUCCUGAUAAUGAUGGUGGAGAUAGAAUCAAGAGCUACUUUAUUGAGAAGAAAACAGUUGAAGGAAAAGCCUGGACAAAAGUAAAUCCAGCAUGUGGAAGCCAGUCCUUUGUGGUACCUGAUCUAAUUGAAGGACAAGAAUACUUCUUCCGUGUCCGUGCAGAAAAUCGCUUUGGCACAGGUCCACCAGUGGCAACUAUUCAAAGGACAAGGGCAAGAGAUCCAAUCCAUCCUCCUGAACCUCCCACAAGGCUCAAAAUUGCUCUUGUAACAAAGAACACUGUCACUCUGACAUGGAGACCUCCAAAGAAUGAUGGAGGUGCUCCAGUUACACAUUAUAUUGUUGAACGUCUCAGCUGGGAUACAACUGGACAAGAAAAGGAGACCUGGAAACAAUGUAACAGACGAGAUGUUGAAGAAACUACUUUCAAAGUUGAGGACCUCAAAGAAGGAGGGGAAUAUGAAUUCCGUGUCAAGGCUGUAAAUGAGGCUGGUGCAAGCAGACCAUCUUCUACUAUUGGACCAAUUAUAGUUAAAGAUCAGACCUGUGCACCAGCUAUAGAACUUAAUGAAUUUAUGGAAGUUGAGGAAAAAACAGAUACCAGUAUCAUUGCUAAAAUUAAGGGCUGUCCAUUCCCAACACUUACCUGGCAUAAAGCACCUCCACUUAAGGCGGAUGAUAAAACUGAGGUGCAGUAUGAUCAACAUGUCAACAAAAUUGUAGCUGAAGAUAGCUGCACGUUGCUAAUCCAGCAGGCCAACAGGAAGGAUACAGCCUUGUACACAAUAACUGCUACAAAUAACCUUGGGACAGCUUCAAAGGAAAUGAGACUGAAUGUUUUGGGACGUCCUGGACCACCUGUUGGUCCCAUCAAAUUUGAAGAAAUUACAGCUGAAAGAAUGACUCUGUCUUGGCUUCCUCCUAAAGAUGAUGGUGGUUCAAAGAUCACUAAUUAUAUCAUUGAGAAACGGGAGUCAAAUAGAAAGACUUGGGUGCAUGUCUCCAAUGAAGCCAAAGAGUGCUUGUUCUCUGUACCUAAACUGUUGGAAGGUCAUGACUAUGUUUUCCGCAUUAUGGCUCAGAAUAAAUAUGGUGUAGGUGAACCCCUUGACAGUGAACCAGAAACAGCAAGAAACCUUUUCACUGUUCCUGGACAAUGUGAUAAGCCAACCAUUAGCAGCGUGACCAUUGACUCCAUGACUGUCAACUGGGAAGAACCAGAAUAUGAUGGUGGAUCACCUGUCACUGGCUACUGGCUAGAGCGCAAAGAGACAACAGCAAAGAGAUGGAACAGAGUGAACCGUGAUCCAGUCAAAAUAAUGCCUCUUGGUGUAUCUUACAAAGUGACAGGCCUGAUUGAAGGAUCUGAAUACCAGUUCCGUGUAAUUGCAAUUAACGCUGCAGGAUGUGGUCCUCCAAGUUUACCUUCAGAUCCUGUGUUUGCUAGAGAUCCUAUUGCUCCUCCUGGCCCUCCAAUUCCCAAAGUAACUGAUUGGACCAAGUCAACUGUAGAUGUUGAGUGGAUUCCACCAGUUAAAGAUGGUGGAUCUAAGAUAAUUGGAUACUUUGUUGAAUAUAAAGAGGAAGGCAAGGAAGAAUGGGAAAAAGCCAAAGACAAAGAAGUAAGAGGCACAAAGUUAGUGGUUGCUGGACUGAAAGAACAUACACUUUACAGGUUUAGAGUAAGAGCAGUAAAUGCUGCAGGUGUUGGUGAACCUGGAGAUGUUUCUGAAGUUAUUGAAGUCAAAGACAGAACAAUUAUUCCUGAAGUUGAUUUGGAUGCAAGUGUAAAGGAGAGGAUAGUUGUUCAUGCUGGCGGUGUAAUCCGCAUACUGGCCUAUGUAUCAGGAAAGCCUGCUCCUCAGAUCACAUGGUCUAGAGAUGAUGGUCCUUUACCAGAGGAAGCUGUUAUUGAAACCACAGCAAUUAGCUCUGCUCUGGUAAUAAAGAAAUGCAUGAGAAGACAUCAAGGUAUCUACACUUUAACUGCCAAGAAUGAAGGAGGUGAAAGAAAGAAGGCUAUCAUUGUUGAUGUAUUAGAUGUACCUGGUCCUGUGGGCAUACCCUUCCUCAGUGAGAACCUUACAAAUGAUUCCUGCAAGUUAACUUGGUUUUCUCCUGAUGAUGAUGGUGGUUCUGCAGUUACCAACUACAUUAUUGAAAAGCGUGAAGCAGAUCGCAAAGGCUGGACUGCAGUCUCUUACACAGUCACCAGGCAAAAUGCCAUUGUGCAGGGUCUGAUUCAAGGAAAGGGCUAUUUCUUCAGAAUUGCUGCUGAAAAUAUAAUAGGAAUGGGCCCAUUUGUUGAGACCAAGGAUGAAAUUGUCAUAAAAGAACCUAUAUCUGUACCCGAUCGUCCUGAAGACCUUCAAGUCACAAAGGUGACAAAAGACUCAGUUAGUCUCACCUGGAAGCCACCAAAAUAUAAUGGAGGCUCGGACAUUACCAUGUAUAUUCUUGAGAGCCGUCUGAUUGGCAAGGAAAGAUUCAACAGAAUCACUAAAGAGAAGCUAAUGGAUAGAAAAUAUACCAAUGAUGGUCUUAAAGAGGGUGACACUUAUGAGUACCGGGUCAGUGCAGUAAAUAUCGUUGGCCAAGGAAAACCUUCCUUCUGUACCAAACCAAUCACAUGCAAAGAUGAGCUUGCACCCCCAACAAUUGAGCUGGACUUCCGUGACACAUUUGUUGUACGUGUUGGUGAGACAUUUUGUUUAAAAGGUCGUUAUGGUGGAAAACCCACACCAAAAGUCACUUGGACAAAGGAUGAUGUAACCCUGAAAGAAGAUGAGAGCAUAAAGAUCAAAACAACACCGACAACACUGUGUGUUGGCAUUAUUAAGGCUAAACGUGAGCACAGUGGCCGUUACUGUGUGCUUUUGGAAAACAGUACUGGGUCACGUAAAGGCAUUUGUAAUGUGACAGUUGCAGAUCGUCCACAGCCUCCAGAAGGCCCAGUUGUAUUUGAAGAAGUUCACAGAGAUCACAUGGUUGUUUCCUGGAAGCCUCCACUGGAUGAUGGUGGCAGCCCAAUAUCAAACUAUAUCAUUGAGAAGAGAGAUACAAACAGGGAACUUUGGAUGCCUGUGACCUCAGCAUCUACAAAAACAACAUGCAAAGUGCCUAAACUAAUUGAAGGAAGAGAAUAUAUUAUUAGGAUUUGCGCUGAGAAUAUGUAUGGCAUUAGUGACCCGCUAUUCUCUGAUGAAAUGAAAGCUAAAGAUCGUUUCAGAGUCCCCGAAGCACCUGAACAGCCUAUUGUUAAAGAGGUUACCAAGGACUCUGCCCUUGUGAUUUGGAACAGACCCCGUGAUGGUGGCAAGCCCAUCACUAACUAUAUUGUAGAGAAAAAGGAGACUAUGUCAAACCGUUGGUCACGUGCAUCAAGAGAACCAGUUUUUGAAACCCAGUACAGAGUUCCUGAUCUUCUUGAGGGUUGCCAGUAUGAAUUCCGGGUUAUGGCAGAGAAUGAAAUUGGCCUUGGUGAUCCUAGUCCUCCAUCCAAACCUGUCUUUGCCAAAGACCCAAUUGUAAAACCAAGUCCCCCUGUAAACCCAGAAGCAGUAGACAAAACAAAGAAUUCUGUAAGUCUGUCUUGGCAGCCACCUCGUCAUGAUGGAAGGGGUAAAAUCUUUGGCUAUAUCAUUGAAUACCAAAAGCCGGGGGAUGAAGAAUGGAAGAGGGCAAACCAAACACCUGACUCAUGCCCAGAAACAAAAUUUAAAGUUGUAGAUCUCACUGAAGGAGAAACUUACAAAUUCAGAAUUAUGGCUGUAAAUGCAGCUGGAGAAUCUGAACCUGCCUACGUCCGUGAUCCAAUUCAAGUCAAGGAUAGACUUGAAGCACCAGAGCUCAUGCUUGAUGCUAAUAUGGCACGUGAACACCAUGCCAAAGCUGGAACUCUUAUCACACUUAGUGCUGGAAUCAAGGGAAUGCCUUUCCCCAAAGUAACCUGGAAGAAGAAUGACCAGGAUGUACCAUCUAAAGUUGAUAUUGAGGUCACCUCAAGAGGAAGUAAACUUGAAAUCCACAACUGUGUUCGCUCUGACGGAGGAGAUUUUUCUAUAACAGCAGAAAAUGAAGCUGGAGUGAAAACUGCUACAUGCAAAGUGAUUGUAUUAGAUAAACCUGGUCCACCUAAGAAUCUAAGUGUUUCUGAAGUUAGAAGUGAUUCUUGCUACCUUACCUGGAAGGAGCCAGAUGAUAAUGGAGGAGCUGUUAUUUCCAACUAUAUUGUGGAGAAGAAAGAUGUAGCAGCUAUUAAGUGGGUUCCAAUGAGUAGUUCUUCUAAAAAACAUAGCAUAAUGGCCAAACAUUUGAUGGAAGGCAACCAGUAUCUAUUCCGUGUUGCUGCUGAAAAUCAGUAUGGCAGGAGUGAUUAUGUUGAAACUACCAAACCUGUCAAGGCUAUUGAUCCACUGUAUCCCCCUGGCCCACCAAAGAAUCUGCAUCAUGCAGAUGUGGAUAAAACUGAAGUUUCUCUUCUAUGGAACUGGCCUGACCGUACUGGUGGUAGUGACAUAACUGGAUUUUUAGUCGAGUAUCAAGAAGAAGGGGCAAAAGACUGGAUUACUUUUAAGACUGUCACGAUUCCUGAAUGUGUUGUUACUGGACUUGAGGAAGGAAAAACCUAUAGAUUCCGUGUAAAAGCAGAGAAUGCUGUUGGCCUAGGCCGUCCUGACACUACAGUGCCAGUUCUGUGCCAAGAGAAGCUUGUGCCACCAACCAUUGAAGUUGAUGUGAAAUUAAUUGAAGGGAUCACUGUUAAAGCUGGAAGUACCAUCAGAUUGCCUGCAAUUAUGAGAGGCAUUCCUGUGCCUACUCCAAAAUGGGUAGCUGAUGGCAAUGAACUAAAAACUGAAAACAAUUACAGGAUUGAUACUGAUAAUUUCUCAACAGUUCUCAACAUAACAGAAUGCACAAGGAAACAUUCAGGAGAAUAUCUUCUUACAGUGUCUAACCCUGCGGGAAGCAAGACAGCUGCUUUGCAUGUCACAGUUUUAGAUGUUCCUGGUCCUCCAAUAGGCCCUAUUAACAUCCUUGAAGUAACUCCUGAACAUAUGGUAAUCAGCUGGCGGCCUCCCAAGGAUGAUGGUGGUAGCCCUGUAAUGAAUUACAUUGUUGAAAAGAAAGAAUCUAAGAAAGAAACAUGGGGAGUUGUGAGCUCUGGAAGCACCAACACAAGAGUCAAGAUUCCACGUCUGCAGAAAGGAUGUGAAUAUAUAAUGCGUGUCCGUGCAGAGAAUAAGAUCGGCAUUGGUGAGCCUCUGGAAAGUUCACCUACUGUUGCCAAACAUAUGUAUGACCCACCCGGUCCGCCUGGAAAACCAGUGGCUUCUGACAUUACAGAAAGUGCUAUAACUAUUGGAUGGACCAUGCCUAAAACUGACGGUGGCAGCCCAGUCAGUGGCUACAUUAUUGAACGCAGAGAAAUAUCAGGCAAAUGGAUUCGUGUUAACAAGACACCUGUUCUGGAUCUCAAAUACAGAGCACCUGGACUAUUUGAAGGCAAUACAUAUGAAUUCAGAGUCUUUGCUGAAAACACUGCUGGUCUAAGUAAACCUUCUCCUCCUUCUGAUCCAGUUAGAGCAUCUCGUCCAAUCUCACCACCUGGCCCACCAGUCAAUCCUAAACUGAAAGACUGGAGCAAAGAAUAUGCUGAUUUGGUCUGGACAAAGCCUACAAGAGAUGGAGGCAGUCCUGUUUUAGGCUAUAUUGUAGAGUGCCAGAAAACAGGCAGUGCUCAAUGGGAUAGAAUUAACAAAGAUGAACUCAUCAAGCAGUGUGCAUUUAGGGUACCAGGACUCAUUGAAGGCAUGGAAUACAGGUUCCGCAUUAAAGCUGCUAAUGUCAUUGGAGAGGGAGAGCCAAGAGAACUCCCAGAGUCAGUUAUUGCAAAGGACAUCCUUUGUCCUCCAGAGGUAGAUAUUGAUAUCUCCUGCCGUGACCUGCUGACUGUCAGGGUGGGUCAAAAUAUUGGAAUUACUGCUCGUGUGAAAGGUAGACCCGAUCCUGACAUUACAUGGUCAAAGGAUGCAAGAGCACUGGGCAGAGACAAGCGUACUGAAAUGAACAAUAACUUCCCUCUUGUUGAGCUCUCAAUUAAAGAAGCUACCAGAGCAGACCAUGGGAAAUAUGCAAUUGUGGCUAAAAACAGCAGUGGUCAAGCUCAGGCUUCUGUUGUAGUGAAUGUCCUUGAUAGGCCUGGACCUUGUCAGAAUUUGAAGACAACUUAUGCGACCAAAGAAUCUUGUAUGGUUUCAUGGGAAAAUCCAGAAGAUAAUGGAGGCACAGAAAUAACAAAUUAUAUUGUAGAGUGCCGUGAACCCAGCCAAAGAGGAUGGUCAAUGAUCUCUUCAGAUGUUACGAAACGUAUAAUAAAGGCUCCACUUGUGGAAAAUCGUGAAUAUUUCUUCCGUGUUUGUGCAGAAAAUAAGGUUGGUGCUGGACCAACAAUAGAGACCAAAACACCCAUUCUUGCCAUUGAUCCUGUAGAAAAGCCUGGUGAGCCAGAGAAUUUCCACAUAGCCGAUGUUGGAAAAACAUUUGUUCUCCUCAAGUGGAGAAAACCAGACUAUGAUGGAGGCAGUCCAAAUCUUUCCUACCAUGUAGAAAGGAAACUAAAAGACUCAGAGGAGUGGGAAAGAGUUCACAAAGGCAGCAUUAAAGAGACACACUUUAUAGUGGAAAAAUGUAUCGAAAACCAGACCUACCAGUUUAGAGUGCAAACCAAGAAUGAAGGAGGAGAGAGCAACUGGGUAAAGACAAGUGAAAUUCAAGUUAAAGAAGAGAUACAGAAACCAGUUCUGGACCUGAAACUGGCUGGAGCAUUGGUUGUAAAAGCUGGUGAUUCCAUCAGAAUUGAAGCUGGUCUCAGAGGAAAACCUCAGCCAGAAGUCAUAUGGGCAAAGGACAAAGAAACUGACUUAAGCAGAAAUCCAAGAGUUAGCAUUGAAACUGGUACUGAUUACUGUAAAUUUGUCAUGAAUAAGUCCAGGCGAGCAGAUAGUGGAAAAUACGUGAUAACUGCAACAAACUCUGCUGGAAGCUUUACUGCAUAUGCAACCGUAAAUGUGCUGGAUAAACCAGGUCCAAUUAGAGACCUAAAGAUCACUGGGAUCUCUGUAGAUAGAUGUAAAGUAAUGUGGGAGCCUCCAGAAGAUGAUGGUGGCUGUGAAAUCCAAAACUACAUUUUGGAAAAAUGUGAGACAAAGAGAAUGGUGUGGUCUACUUAUUCUUCAUCUGUCUUGACUAACUAUAUCAACGUUACUCGUCUUGUGGAAGGGAAUGAAUACGUAUUUAGGGUUCGGGCAGAGAAUAAAAUGGGAACUGGCCCACCAGUGGAAAGUAAACCAAUCAUUGCCAAGACCCAGUAUGACAGACCUGGUCCACCAGAUGCACCAGAAGUUACGAAAAUUGGCAAGGAAGAGAUGACAGUCGUAUGGGCCCCACCUGAAAAUGAUGGUGGUAAAUCUAUUACUGGAUACAUUCUGGAAAGAAAGGAAAAACGUGCUGUGAGAUGGGUGGCAGUUACCAAGAGUCCAAUCCCUGAGAGACGUAUGAAAGUUACUAAUCUGAUCCCAGGACAUGAAUAUCAAUUCCGUGUUAAGGCAGAAAAUGAAGUUGGAUUAGGAGAUCCAAGUGUACCUUCCAGAUCUGUUCCUGCCAAAGAUCCAAUAGAACCUCCGGGUCCUCCAAGUGGAUUGAAAGUGGUCGAUAGCACAAAGUCUUCCAUUACUCUUGGGUGGUCUAAACCAGUGUAUGAUGGUGGAGCACCUAUCAUUGGCUAUGUAGUUGAAAUUAGACCUAAAGGAGCAAGUGAUAAACCAGAUGAAGGCUGGAAGAGAUGUAAUGUAGCUGCUCAGCUCAUUCUAACAGAAUUUACAGUUACUAGCCUGGAUGAGAAACAGGAGUAUGAAUUCCGUGUUUCUGCACAAAAUCAAGUUGGCCUGGGUCGACCUGCAGAACUGAAAGAAGCUGUGUCUCCUAAAGAGAUACUUGAGGCACCUGAAAUUGAUUUGGAUGCUAGCCUCAGAAAGGUUCUCACAGUCAGAGCUGGAUGUCCAAUCAGACUCUUUGCAACAAUAAGAGGAAGACCUGCACCAAAAGUGACCUGGAGAAGAAUGGGUAUAGAUAAUGUUGUCAGGAAAGGAAAUGUGGAUCUGAUUGACACUAUGACUUUCCUUGUCAUCCCUGAAAGUACACGUGAAGAUUCAGGCAAAUAUUCAUUAACACUUACCAGCCCUGCUGGAGAGAAAGCAGUGUUUGUCAAUGUUAAAGUCCUUGACACUCCAGGGCCAGUAGCAGAUUUCAAUAUUACUGAUGUAACAAAGAUAUCUUGCCAAUUAUCCUGGUCACCUCCUGAAAAUGAUGGUGGAAGUCCAGUAACACACUACAUCCUUGAAAAGCGUGAAGUUGACAGAAAGACCUGGGCAACCGUCAUUAGUGACUUAAAGAAGACAAGCUUCAGAGUUAUAAAUCUUGUUCCUGGCAAUGAAUACUAUUUCAGAGUUACAGCAGUUAAUGAAUAUGGUACAGGAGUACCUAAAGAUUCACCAAGGUCCAUACUCGCAACUGAUCCCAUUAGUGAACCUGACCCACCUAAAAAAGUUGAUGUCAUUGAUAUCACAAAGAACAGUGCCACGCUUGCUUGGGUACGCCCACUCAGAGAUGGAGGAGCUAAAAUUGAUGGCUACAUAAUAGAUUAUAUUGAAGAUGGCCAGCCUGAUGAGCGGUGGACACCAUAUUCAGUUGUUAAAGAUCUGAGUAUUGUUGUGGUUGGAUUAAAGGAGGGCAAAAAGUACAAAUUUAGAGUGGCAGCAAGAAACCUAGUGGGUUGCAGUCUGCCAAGAGAAGCAGAAGGAGUGUUUGAGAUCAAAGAACAACUCAUGCCACCAAGGAUUGUCAUGCCUGACACAGUGUCUGCUAAAGCUGGACAGAAACUAAGAGUGGAAGCUUAUGUGUCUGGAAAACCAGCACCAGUAUGCAAAUGGAAGAAAGGAGAAGAGGAUGUGGUUUCUUCUAGUCGCCUGGCAGUCCAUAAGUCUCAGAACUCCUGUGUACUCAUUAUCAAAGAUGUGUCAAGGAAGGAUAGCGGUUAUUACAAUCUUUCUGCUGAAAAUAGCUCUGGACUAGUUUCCCAGAACCUGAGAGUUGUAAUAAUGGAUAUACCUGGACCACCAGAACCACCAUUUGAGAUCAGUGAUAUUGAUGCUGACGCUUGCAGUCUAUCCUGGCACAUGCCACGUGAAGAUGGAGGGAGCAAUAUUACUAAUUAUGUGGUUGAGAAGUGUGAUGUGAGUAGAGGUGACUGGAUUACUGCCGUUGCCUCUGUCACUAAGACAAGCUGCAGAGUUGGAAAACUUGUACCCGGGAAGGAGUACAUCUUCCGUGUCCGUGCUGAGAACCGUUUUGGCGUGUCAGAUCCAAUUGCAUCUGAGAGAAUGAUUGCAAAAUUCCCCUUUGAUGUACCUAGUGAACCAAAGAAUGCACGCCUCAACAAAGUCAACAAAGACUGCAUGUUUGUUGCCUGGGAUAAACCAGAGAGUGAUGGUGGCAGUCCAAUUACUGGCUACUACAUUGAACGCAAAGAAAGAAAUAGCCUUCUGUGGGUUAAGGCAAAUGACACAGUUGUUCGCACUACUGAAUAUCCAUGUGCUGGUCUUAUUGAAGGCCUUGAAUAUACAUUCAGGAUUUCAGCCUUAAACCGUGCUGGCCAAGGUAAACCAAGCAAACCUACUGAGUUUGUCACAGCAAGAACACCAGUUGAUCCACCAGGUAAACCUGAAGUCAUUGAUGUGACUAAAAAUUCAGUAUCCCUUGUUUGGACCCGACCAAAACAUGAUGGUGGUAGUAGGAUAAUUGGUUAUUAUGUUGAAGCCUGCAAGCUCCCUGGUGACAAAUGGAUACGUUGCAAUACAAGCAGUCAAAAUGUGCAUAAAGAAGAGUAUACAACUACUGGACUGGAAGAAGGUGCUCAGUACCAGUUCAGAAUAAUUGCAAAGACAGCUAUAAAUCUCAGCCGCCCCUCAGAGCUGUCUGACCCAAUUGCAGUUCAGGCAGAAAAUGUUCCACCAAGGAUAGAUUUGGGUGUUUCGAUGAAAUCUCUGAUUACAGUAAAGGCUGGUGCAAAUGUAUGCCUUGAGGCCAAUGUAUUUGGAAAACCUAUGCCAAAGAUCACAUGGAAGAAGGAUGGCAACACUGUACAAGCAGCUGAAGGCAUUAAAAUAACACAAAAGAGAAAUCUUUGCAACCUGGAAUUGUUCAGUGUACAGAGAAAGGAGUCUGGAGAAUAUACAAUUCUUGCAGAAAAUGCAAGUGGAUCCAAAUCAGCUAACAUUAAACUUAAAGUCCUUGACAAACCUGGCCCACCUGCUUCAGUCAAGAUAAGCAACGUUUAUUCAGAUCGUGUCAUUCUUAAAUGGGAGCCACCUCUUGCAGAUGGAGGUUCUGAAAUUACUAACUACAUCGUUGAUAAACGUGAGACAAGCAGACCUAACUGGGCUCAGGUCACAGCAAAUGUUCAGCUUACCAGCUGCUCUAUUGAGAAACUGAUUGAAGGUCAUGAGUAUCAGUUCCGAAUCAGUGCUGAAAACAAGUAUGGUGUUGGUGACCCCAUCUUAACUGAUCCUGUUGUCGCAAAGAAUCCAUAUGAUGUUCCUGGCCCAUGUGAUGCUCCUGUAAUUAGCAACAUCACAAAGGACCAUAUGACUGUCAGCUGGAAGGCACCAGCAGAUGAUGGUGGUUCACCUAUACUUGGAUACAUGCUUGAGAAGCGUGAAACCAAAGCAGUUAACUGGGGUAAAGUCAACAGACGGCCAGUACUUGAAAGAACAGUUAAAGCUACAGGGCUUUCUGAAGGAACUGAAUAUGAAUACAGGGUCAUUGCCCUCAACAAAGCUGGGUUGGGCAAACCAAGCGAUCCAUCCAGUGCAGCCAUUGCACUUGAUCCACAGUAUCCACCUGGUCCACCAGCUUUCCCGAAGGUGACUGAUACAACUCACAGCACAGUUAGCCUUUCUUGGGGUAAACCAGCAUAUGAUGGUGGGAGCCCUAUCUUGGGCUACUUGGUUGAGGUUAAAAGAGCAGAUGGCAAGGACUGGAUAAGAUGCAAUGUACCAAAGAACCUUCAAGAAACACGUUACACUGUUACUGGAUUGAUUGAAAAUACAGAGUAUGAGUUCAGAGUGACUGCUGUAAAUAAGAUCGGAUACAGUGACCCAAGUGAAGUUCCUGAGAAACACACUGCAAAGGAUAUUUUGAUUGCACCAGAAGCAGAACUGGAUGCUGAUUUGAGGAAAGCCCUGGUAUUACGUGCUGGAGUUACAAUGAGAAUUUAUGUGCCAAUAAGAGGCCGUCCUGCUCCUAAGGUUACUUGGGCAAAAAUGAACACUAACAUCAAAGAUAGACAAGGACUAGAUAUCAGGACAACAGAGUGGGACACUCUAGUAUACUGUGAAAAUGUGAACAGAUAUGAUGCUGGGAAGUAUGUAUUGACCCUGGAGAACAGCAGUGGAAUUAAGACAUACACAAUAGUUGUAAAGGUUCUUGAUACGCCUGGGCCACCACUCAAUCUUAUUAUCAAAGAAACAUCUAAGGAUUCUGCUGCUAUAACUUGGGAUCCUCCUCUUAUUGAUGGUGGUAGUCCUGUAAAGAGUUACAUUGUUGAAAAACGUGAUGCAGAGAGAAAGGCAUGGUCCACGGUUUCAACCGACUGUCCAAAAACAUCAUUCAGAAUCUCCAACCUAGAAGAAGGCAAAAGCUACUUCUUUAGAGUGUUGGCUGAAAAUGAAUAUGGAAUUGGGGAGCCAUGUGAGACACAUGAUUCAAUCAGAGCUUCAGAACAACCAGGGCCAGUAGUAGAUCUUAAAGCAUUGGUUGUUACCAAGAACUCAUGUACAAUAGCCUGGAAGAAGCCUCUCAGUGACGGUGGAAGUCGCAUUAUUGCAUAUUCAGUAGAACUCAUGAUUAGUGAAGAUAAGUGGAAGGAGGUCCUGAGAUCCAAAAAUAUGCAGUACAGUGCUAAAGAUCUGGAAGAAGGAAAGGAAUAUACAUAUCGUGUGAGAGCACUAAAUGAUGCUGGUUUCAGUUCACCACAGGAAAUUAAUUUUGUAGCCAAAGAUCACAUUGUUCCACCAGCAGCUGAUUUGAGAGACUUCCCAGAUUUAUGCUAUCUUGCGAAGGAAGGAAGCACCUUCCGUCUUAAAAUCCCAAUCUCUGGCAAACCCACUCCAUCUGUUACAUGGAAGAAAGGUGAAGAUUUGGUAUUGACUGACACUGGCAGAGUCUCUGUAGAGUCAUCAGCUGUCAAUACAACUCUUCUGGUUCAUGAUUGUCAAAAGAGUGAUGCCGCAAAAUAUACAAUUACCUUGAAGAAUACUGCUGGCACCAAAGAAUGCACACUCUUUAUGAAAGUCGUUGGAAAACCAGGAAUACCCACUGGACCUAUUAAGUUUGAUGAAGUCACAGCUGAUGGUGUAACCUUAAAAUGGGGAGCACCAAAGGAUGAUGGUGGCUCAGAAAUAACAAAUUAUAUCCUUGAGAAGAGGGAUUCCACAACCAACAAAUGGGUUACCUGCGCUUCUGCUGUACAGAAAACUACUUUCCGGGUUACCAGACUUCAUGAAGGAACUGAAUACAUCUUCAGAGUUAGUGCAGAAAAUAAAUAUGGAGUUGGAGUAGGCCUCAAAUCAGAUCCUAUUGUGGCACAGCAUCCAUUUAAUGUACCUGAUGCACCAGCUCCACCUCAGAUUAUUUCUAUGAGACAUGAAUCUGCUUCACUUGCUUGGUCAGAUCCAAGAAAGACAGGUGGCUCCCCAAUAACUGGUUAUCACAUUGAGUACAAAGAAAGGAAUAGUCUUCUUUGGAAAAGAGCCAGCAAGACACCACUGAGAAUGAAGGAAUACAGAGUGGGUGGUUUAACUGAAGGCCUUGAAUAUGAAUUCAGAGUUAUGGCUAUAAAUAUGGCAGGUGUUGGUAAACCAAGUUUACCAACAGAACCUAUGGUAGCUCUGGAUCCAAUUGAUCCUCCUGGUAAACCUGAUGUUAUAAAUGUUACAAGAAGCACUGUAACACUCAUGUGGAGCGAGCCCAAAUAUGACGGUGGACACAAAUUGACAGGAUACAUUGUUGAAAAACGUGAUCUACCUUCAAAGGCCUGGAUGAAAGCCAACCAUGUCAAUGUGCAAGAAUGUGCGUUUACAGUGACAGAUCUCAUUGAAGGCUGCAAGUAUGAAUUCAGAAUUCGAGCCAAGAAUGCUGCUGGUGCCAUAAGUCCUCCAUCUGAGCAAACUGACACCAUUGUAUGCAAAGAUGAAUACGAGGCACCAACUAUUGUUAUUGAUCCAACUGUAAAGGAGGGACUAACAGUUAAGGCUGGUGACACUAUUGUUAUAACAGCAACAAGUAUCCUUGGAAAACCACCUCCAACAUCUGUGUGGUCUAAAGCUGGAAAAGACUUCAAACCUUCAGAUAUUGUCCAGAUUGAGUCCACCCCAACCUCUUCUACAUUAUCAGUCAAGUAUGCUACCAGGAAGGAUUCUGGAGAGUACACCAUUACUGCCAGCAAUCCAUUUGGUAUUAAAGAAGAAAAUGUGAAAGUGAAAGUUUUGGAUGUUCCUGGACCUCCAGGGCCAAUCGAAACUAGCAAUGUAUCAUCUGAAAAGGUGACUCUUACUUGGUUGCCACCUCAUGAGGAUGGUGGGUCUCCAAUCAAGUCUUAUGUUCUUGAAAAGAGGGAAACCAGCCGUCUGCUCUGGACACUAGUAGCUGAAAACAUUAUGGAUUGCCGUUUUGUUGCUUCCAAACUUAUCCAGGGCAAUGAGUAUGUCUUCCGUGUCUCAGCUGUAAACCAAUACGGUGUUGGUGAUUCUGUGCAGUCCGAGCCAGUCAAAAUGGUGGAUAGAUUUGGUCCUCCUGGUCCACCAUCAAAACCGGAAAUUGACAAUGUCUCCAAGAAUACAGUUACUAUUUCUUGGAAGAGACCUGCUGAUGAUGGUGGAAGUGACAUCACAGGCUAUUAUGUUGAGAGGAAAGAAAGGAAAGGGUUAAGAUGGGUUAGAGCAACAAAGAAAACUAUCUCUGACCUCCGUUUCAAAGUGCAAGGCCUUUCUGAAGGAGUUGAAUAUGAAUUUAGAGUCACUGCUGAAAAUAAAGCUGGUCUUGGAGAACCAAGUGAGCCAUCACAGCAUGUCUUGACCAAAGAUGUGGCAUAUGUGCCUGGUCCACCUUCAAAUCCAAGAGUAACUGAUACAACUAAAACUACUGCCACUUUACACUGGGGUAAACCUCAUUACGAUGGUGGACUGGAUAUCAUAGGAUACAUUGUAGAGCAUAAAAAAGAAGGAGAAGAGGACUGGAUAAAAGACACAACAGGAACAGCUCUCAGAAUUACUGAAUUUGUAGUUGCCAAUCUGCAGCCAGGAGGCAAAUACCAUUUCCGAAUUAGUGCAGUGAAUGCAGAAGGAGCUGGUGAACCUGCAGAAAUCAAAGAAGUUGUUGAAAUAAAGGAAAGAGAAGAAGCACCUGACUUUGAGCUUGAAGCUGAGCUUAGAAGGACUCUUGUUGUCAAGGCUGGAUUAUCAAUUAGAAUUUUUGUGCCAAUCAAAGGUCGUCCAACACCUGAAGUCACCUGGAUGAAAGGAGAUGUUCCUCUUAAAGGUCGUGCGCACAUUGAUAAUACGGAAUCAUACACUCUUCUGAUUAUCCCUGAAUGCAACAGGCAUGAUGCUGGAAAAUAUGUAAUGAACGUAGAAAAUGCUGCGGGCAAAAAGAGUGGAUUUGUAAAUGUUAGGGUUUUGGACUCCCCUGGACCUCCUAUAAAUCUUAAACCAAGAGAGAUUACCAAAGACAGCAUCACACUUCAGUGGGAUCUUCCUCUUAUUGAUGGAGGCUCAAAAGUUACUAACUAUAUAGUGGAAAAGCGUGAGUCCACUCGUAAGGCAUACUCCACUAUAACAACAAACUGUCAAAAGUGUUCCCUUAGAAUCCCCAACUUGGCUGAAGGGUCAGAAUAUUACUUUAGAGUAAUGGCUGAAAAUGAAUUUGGUAUUGGUGAACCAGCUGAAACACCUGAACCAAUCAAGGCAUCUGAGGCUCCAUCUCCUCCUGAAAGUCUUAAUGUCAUGAAUGUUACUAAACAUUCUGCAAGUCUUGCAUGGCCAAAACCACUACAUGAUGGAGGCAGUAAAAUUACUGGAUAUGUCAUUGAAGCUCAAAAGAAGGGUGCAGAGCAGUGGAUGCAUAUGGCUACUGUAAAGACUCUAGACUAUGUAGCAAAAAAUCUUAAUGAAAAUGAUGAAUAUACUUUCCGUGUCAUGGCUGUCAACAAUUCUGGUAGAAGUGAUCCUCGAGAAAGCAGACCUAUACUAAUUAAAGAACAAACAACACUUCCUGAAUUUGAUUUACGUGGAAUCUACCAAAAGCUGGUCAUUGCCAAGGCAGGUGAUAACAUCAAAGUUGAAAUACCCAUAUUGGGCCGCCCAAAACCAUCAGUCUCCUGGAAAAAGGGAAAUCAGGAUUUUAAGCAAACACAGAGAGUGAACAUUGAAAAUACUGCAACCUCAACCAUCCUGAAUAUUAAUGAAUGCACAAGAAAUGAUAGUGGACAAUAUUCUCUGACUGGAAAAAAUAUUCUUGGGGAGGUCACAGAAGUUAUUACCGUUCAGGUCCAUGAUAUUCCUGGGCCUCCUAAAGGUCCAAUUAAAUGUGAUGAAAUUUCAUCUGACUACAUUACAAUAUCUUGGGAUCCCCCAGAAAAUGAUGGAGGAGUGCCAAUUAGCAACUACAUCGUAGAAAUGCGUGACACCACUGGCACAAACUGGGUAGAGUUAGCUGCAACAGUAAUACGUACAACAUUUAAAGCUGCUCGCCUUACUACAGGUGUUGAGUAUCAAUUCCGUGUCAAAGCCCAAAACAGAUAUGGAGUUGGCCCGUCAAUCAGUUCAGAAAAUGUGGUUGCUGCCUAUCCUUUUAAGGUGCCUGGUCCUCCAGGUACUCCACAAGUUAUAUCUUUCAACAAGGAUACAAUGACAAUUAGCUGGAAUGAGCCAGUUUCUGAUGGUGGAAGCACAAUUUUGGGAUACCACAUUGAGAGAAAAGAAAGGAGCAGUAUUUUAUGGCAGAGAAUAAGCAAAGCUUUGGUAGUAGGAAAUAUUUUCAAGUCAACUGGCCUUACAGAUGGAAUAGCAUAUGAAUUCCGAGUUGCAGCUGAAAAUAUGGCUGGUGUGGGUAAACCAAGCAAGUCCUCAGAACCAAUAUUUGCUCUUGAUCCUGUUGAUCCACCUGGCAAGCCGGUACCAAUUAACAUUACUAGACAUGCUGUAACUCUUCAGUGGACAAAGCCUGAGUAUGAUGGUGGCUUUAAGAUAACUGGAUACACAGUUGAAAGAAAAGACUUACCAAAUGGACGCUGGCUCAAGGCAAAUUUCAGCAACAUUCUUGAGACAUGUUUCACUGUGAGUGGUCUCACUGAAGAUGCUGCUUAUGAGUUCCGUGUAUUUGCCAGAAAUUCAGCUGGAGCUGUGAGUAAACCAUCUGAACCAUCAGAUAGUGUAACCUGCAGAGAUGAUAUUGAAGAACCAAGAAUCAUGGUUGAUGCAAGAUUUAAAGAUGUUAUACUAUUGAAAGCAGGAGAAGUCUUCAGGCUUGAAGCAGAUGUUGCUGGCCGCCCACUACCAUCAAUGGUUUGGACUAAAGAAGGAAAGGAACUUGAAGAGACUGCAAAACUUGAAAUCAGAACGACAGACUUUUCAACAGUUUUGAUCAACAAAGAUUCCAUUAGAAGGGAUGGGGGUGCGUUCACUUUGACAGCUAGCAACCCUGGUGGCUUUGCCAAGCAUGUGUUUAAUGUUAAAGUUCUUGAUAGACCAGGUCCACCUGAAGGACCCUUAGAAGUUACAGAUGUCACUGCUGAGAAAUGUGUAUUAUCAUGGCUGCCCCCUAAAGAUGAUGGAGGUGCAAAGAUUGACUAUUAUGUUAUUGAAAAACGUGAAACAAGCAGACUUGCAUGGACAAAUGUAGCAACAGAUUUACAGGUCAAUCGAAUCAAGGUGACUAAGUUGCUCAAAGGAAAUGAAUAUAUCUUCAGAGUUAUGGCUGUCAACAAAUAUGGAGUUGGAGAGUCCCUUGAAUCUGAACCAACUGUUGCAGCAAACCCAUAUGUGCCUCCUGACCCACCACAAAUGCCUGAGGUAACUGCCAUAACUAAAGAUUCAAUGGUUGUCUGCUGGGGACAUCCAGAGUCAAAUGGUGGAAGUGAAAUUACUAACUACAUUGUAGAAAGAAGAGAUAAGACUGGUCUGCGUUGGGUAAAAUGUAACAAGAGGACAGUUACUGACUUAAGAUACAAAGUAUCUGGUCUAACAGAAGGACAUGAAUAUGAGUAUAGAGUUUUUGCUGAAAAUAUUGCAGGUUUGAGUUCACCCAGCCCAGCUAGUCCUUUCUACAAGGCUUCUGACACAAUAUUCAAACCUGGACCUCCAGGCAACCCAAGAGUUUUAGAUACAAGCAAGUCAUCGAUUACAAUUGCAUGGAACAAACCGAUAUAUGAUGGUGGUUCUGAGAUCACAGGAUAUAUUGUUGAAACUUGCCUACCUGAAGAAGAUGAAUGGACAAUUGUAACACCUAAAGAUGCACUAAAAGCCACAUCCUUUACAAUAACAAAUCUAAAGGAAAACCAGGAAUACAAAAUACAUAUUUCUGCUGUUAACUCCGAAGGAGUUGGAGAACCUGCUCUUGUUCCUGGUCAACCAAAGGCUGAGGACAGACAGAUUCCUCCAGAAAUUGAACUUGAUGCAGAUCUUCGCAAAGCUGUCAAUAUCAGAGCUUGUUGCACAUUGCGCCUUUUUGUACCUAUUAAGGGUAGACCUGCACCAGAAGUGAAAUGGACAAGAGAAAAUGGGGAACCUCUUGACAGAGCAACAAUUGAGAAUACAUCAUCCUACACUUCAGUUAUAAUUGAAAAUGUUAAUAGAUUUGACAGUGGCAAGUAUAUGCUGACAGUUGAAAACAGCUCAGGAAGCAAGACUGCUUUUGUAAACGUUAGAGUCCUGGAUACACCUGGAGCUCCACAAGACCUCAAGAUUAAGGAAAUUACUAAGGAGUCUGUCUCACUCACUUGGAAUCCUCCACUUAUUGAUGGUGGUUCCAAGAUUAAGAACUACAUUGUAGAAAAACGUGAAUCAACAAGAAAAGCUUAUUCAACUGUUGUGGCGAACUGCCACAAAACAAGCUGGAAAGUUGAGCAGUUGCAGGAGGGAUGUAACUAUUACUUUAGAGUUCUCGCUGAAAAUGAAUAUGGAGUAGGUCUUCCUGUGGAGACUUCAGAGUCAGUCAAAGUAUCUGAAAGACCACUUCCUCCAGGUAAAAUCACCCUUCAAGAUGUCACCCGAAAUAGUGUAACCUUGUCAUGGGAGAAACCAGAUCAUGAUGGAGGCAGCAGAAUUGUGGCAUAUAUUGUAGAGAUGCAAACCAAAGGCAGUGAAAAAUGGACCACCUGUGCCACAGUAAAAGUCACUGAAGCAGUCAUAACAGGACUGACACAAGGUGAAGAAUAUACGUUCAGUGUAUCGGCUCGAAAUGAGAAGGGAACUAGUGAUCCCCGACAGCUUGGUGUGCCUGUAGUUGCAAAAGACCUUGUUAUUGCUCCAGUGUUCAAGCUGUUGUUCACCACAUUCAGUGUUCUGGCAGGAGAUGACUUGAAGGUUGAUGUACCUUUUGUUGCACGUCCUAAAGCAGCAGUUACAUGGCACAAAGAUAAUCUUCCUCUCAAACAAACUACAAGAGUAAAUGCAGAAAGCACAGAAAACCAUUCAUAUCUUGUAAUUAAAGAAGCUUGCAGAGAUGAUGUUGGACAGUAUGCUGUAAAACUUGCAAACACUGCUGGUGAAGCAACAGCAACUAUUGGCAUUGUUGUUCUAGAUAAACCUGGCCCACCAACAGGCCCAGUAAAAAUAGAAGAAGUCACUGCUGAUAGCUUAACUCUUUCAUGGCAGCCCCCAGAAUAUGAUGGUGGAUGCACUAUUAACAAUUAUAUUGUUGAAAAGAGAGACACUUCUACUACAGAAUGGCAGAUUGUAUCUGCCACAGUUGCCAGGACAACCAUAAAAGCAAGCCGUUUGAAGACUGGUUGUGAAUAUCAGUUCAGAAUCGCAGCUGAAAAUAGAUAUGGCAAGAGCCCUCUUCUUGUUUCAGAGUCUGUGGUAGCUCAAUAUCCAUUUAAACUCCCUGGUCCUCCAGGCACACCAUUUGUACAUGGAGCUACAAAAGAUAGCAUGGUCGUCAUGUGGAAUGAACCAGUAAAUGAUGGUGGCAGCAGAAUACUGGGUUAUCACCUUGAGCGCAAGGAAAGAAAUAGCAUUCUUUGGGUUAAGUUGAACAAAACAAUCAUUCAGGACACCAGAUUUAAGACCACUGGUCUUGAAGAAGGAAUUGAAUAUGAAUACAGAGUUUAUGCCGAAAACAUUGUAGGCAUUGGAAAAGCAAGCAAAGUAUCAGAAUGCUAUGUUGCAAGAGAUCCAUGUGACCCACCAGGUCGUCCUGAAGCUGUGAUUGUAACCAGAAAUUCUGUGACACUACAGUGGACAAAACCAGAGUAUGAUGGUGGCAGCAAGAUCACUGGCUAUAUUGUUGAGAAGAAGGAGUUGCCUGAUGGUCGCUGGAUGAAAGCUAGCUUCACCAAUGUCAUUGAGACUGAGUUUGUUGUGACUGGUUUAACUGAAGACCAGAGGUAUGAGUUCCAUGUAAUUGCUAGGAAUGCAGCAGGUGUCUUCAGUGAGCCUUCUGAAAGCACAGGACCUGUAACUGCCAGAGAUGAAGUAGAUCCACCUCGCAUUAGCAUGGAUCCCAAAUAUAGAGAAACAAUCAUAGUUAAUGCUGGAGAUUCCUUCAAGAUUGAUGCUGAUGUCCAUGGAAAACCAAUACCUACAAUCCUUUGGCUCAAAGGAGAUCAAGAAUUAGCAAACACAGCACGACUUGAAAUAAAAAGCACAGACUUUAACACAUUUCUGAGUGUUAAGGAAGCUAUUCGUGUUGAUGGAGGCCAAUACACUCUGUUGCUGAAGAAUGUUGGUGGAGAAAGAUCAGUCGCUGUUAAUGUCAAAGUUUUAGAUAGACCUGGCCCACCUGAAGGUCCUAUUUCUGUUUAUGGAAUUACAAGUGAGAAAUGUUCCAUCUCAUGGAAACCACCACAGCAUGAUGGUGGCAGUGAUAUAUCCCACUACAUUGUUGAGAGAAGAGAGACAAGCAGAUUAGUCUGGACUGUAGUUGAUUCCAAAGUACUAGCUCUUAAUCUGAAAAUCACAAAACUUCUGGAAGGAAAUGAAUAUAUUUUCCGUGUGAUGGGUGUGAACAAAUAUGGAGUUGGAGAAUCUCUUGAGUCUGAGCCAGUGGUAAUUAAAAAUCCUUUUGUUGUCCCUGAUCCACCAACUGCUGUUGAAGUUACAACAAUUACAAAGGACUCCAUGGUUGUCGUAUGGGAAAGACCACCUUCAGAUGGUGGUAGUGAAAUUAUCGGGUAUAUUGUUGAAAAACGAGAUAAAGAGGGUGUUAGAUGGACCAGAUGCAAUAAACGUGUGGUCAAUGAAUUGCGCUUCAGAGUGACGGGACUUCUUGAAAACCGCAGCUAUGAAUUCAGAGUCUCAGCUGAGAAUGCCGCAGGGGUUGGACAACCAAGCUCCCCUUCAAUUUACUACAAGGCAUGUGAUCCUAUUUUCAAACCAGGACCACCAAAUAACCCUAAGGUAACUGACAUAUCCAGGUCAUCUGUUUUCCUUUCAUGGAGUAAACCAAUCUAUGAUGGUGGCUGUGAGAUUCAAGGAUAUAUUGUUGAGAAAUGUGAAGCAACUUCUGAUGAGUGGACGAUGUGUACUCCAGCAACUGGCAUCAAACAGUCAUGGUUUGAAGUUGAGAAGUUACAAGAGAAACAUGAGUACAAGUUUAGAGUCUGCGCUAUCAACAAGGCUGGUGUUGGAGAACAUGCAGAUGUUGCUGGAGCUGUACUUGUGGAAGACAAGUUAGAAGCACCAGAUCUUGAUCUUGAUCCAGAACACAGAAAGGUGGUCACUGUUAGAGCUGGAGGGUCCCUUAGAUUGUUCAUCCCAAUCAGAGGGCGACCUGCUCCUGAAGUGAAAUGGGGAAAAGCUGAUGGUGAAAUUAGGGAAACAGCUCAAAUUGAGGUUACAAGUAGUUACACCUCACUUGUGAUAGAUAAUGUGAACAGAUUUGACAGUGGAAAGUACACCUUGACAGCUGAAAAUGUCAGUGGGACAAAGUCUGCUUUCAUCAGUGUUAAAGUGCUUGACACACCAAGUGCACCACUAAACCUUAAAAUAAAAGAGAUUACCAAGGAAUCUGUAACUCUUACUUGGGAGCCACCUACUUUGGAUGGGGGUGCAAAGAUCAAAAACUAUAUUGUGGAAAAACGUGAGAGCACAAGAAAGGCCUAUUCAGCUGUUGUGACCAACUGCCACAAGAUGUCAUGGAAGGUUGACCAACUUCAGGAAGGCUGUAACUAUUACUUUAGAGUCUUAGCUGAAAAUGAUCAUGGCAUCGGUUUACCCGCAGAAACUGUUGAUCCUGUUAAAGUAUCAGAAGUACCACAACCACCAGGUAAAAUAACUGUUGUUGAUGUAACACGCAACAGUGUUUCUCUUAGCUGGGAAAAGCCUGAACAUGAUGGUGGAAGCAGAAUCAUCCAAUAUGUGGUGGAAAUGCAAGCCAAGGGUAGUGAGAAGUGGUCUCCAUGUGCACAUGUUAAAACUCUUGAAACUGUUGUAACUAACUUAGUUCAAGGAGAAGAAUAUAUGUUUAGAGUCAUAGCUGUGAAUGAGAAAGGGAAGAGUGACCCAAGAUCACUUGCUGUUCCAGUUGUUGCUAAAGACCUUGUUAUAGAGCCUGAUGUAAGACCAGCAUUCAGCAACUACAGUGUGCAGGUGGGUCAGGACCUAAAAAUAGAAAUCCCUAUUGGUGGUCGACCCAAACCAACAAUUUCCUGGACUAAAGAUGGCCAACCACUUAAACAGACAACGAGGGUUAAUGUUGUUGAUACUGCACACCACACAACUCUCAAUAUUAAGGAAAGUACCCGAGAUGAUGGAGGAAUAUAUGGAAUUACUGUGUCUAAUGUUGUUGGACAGAAGAUUGCAUCUAUUGAAAUUAUCACCCUUGAUAAGCCUGGUCCACCAAGCGGCCCUGUGAGAUUUGAUGAAGUUAGCGCCGAAAGUAUCACUAUUUCUUGGGAUCCACCAAAAUACACUGGUGGCUGUCAAAUUUCAAACUACAUUAUUCAAAAGAGAGACACAACUACAACAACUUGGGAAACUGUUUCUGCCACUGUAGCAAGAACUACACUGAAGGUUACCAAGCUUAAAACUGGUGCAGAAUAUCAGUUUAGAAUCAUUGCUGAAAACAGAUAUGGAAAGAGCUUUGCAUUAGAUUCUGAAGCUAUGAUUGCCCAAUAUCCUUACAAGGAACCAGGUCCACCAGGUACACCAUUUGUUACAUCAGUAUCAAGGGAUCAUAUGGUUGUGCAGUGGCAUGAACCGAUUGCAGAUGGAGGAAGCAAAAUUAUUGGUUACCAUCUUGAAAGAAAAGAAAGAAACAGUAUUCUCUGGACAAAGAUUAAUAAAACACUAAUUCAAGACACACGCUUUAAAACCAGUCCUUUAGAAGAAGGCAUUGAAUAUGAAUUUAGAGUCUAUGCUGAAAACAUAGUUGGUAUAGGCAAAAGUAGCAAGGUUUCUGAAUGCUAUGUGGCACGUGACCCAUGUGAUCCACCAGGAACCCCUGAAGCAAUAAUUGUGAGCAGGCAUUCAAUCACUCUUCAAUGGACAAAACCAGAAUAUGAUGGUGGCAGUGUAAUAACUGGUUAUAUUGUUGAGAAACGAGACCUUCCUGAUGGUCGCUGGAUGAAAGCUAGCUUCACUAAUGUCAUUGAAACACAGUUUACUGUUUCUGGCCUUACUGAAGAUUCUAAGUAUGACUUCAGAGUUAUUGCUAAGAAUGCAGCUGGAACUAUAAGCAAACCAUCUGAUAGUACUGGACCUAUAACUGCAAAGGAUGAAGUUGAACCACCAAGAGUCUCAAUGGAUCCAAAAUACAAAGAGGCAAUUGUUGUAAAUGCUGGAGAUACAUUCAAACUUGAUGCAGAUGUCUACGGAAAGCCAAUACCAACAAUCCAAUGGUUCAAGGGUGAUAAAGAAGUUGAACUUUCAGCAAGGUGUGAGAUCAAGAGCACUGACUUCAGAACAACGCUUGUUGUUAAAGAUGCAAUUAGAAUUGAUGGUGGCCAAUAUAAUCUUCAGUUAACUAAUGUUGCUGGCACCAAAACUGUGCCUAUUCAAGUUAAAGUGCUGGACAGACCAGGGCCAUCUGAAGGGCCUAUUCAUGUGAGUGGUGUCACUGCUGACAAAUGCACACUGUCAUGGCUUCCUCCACAACAUGAUGGAGGCAGCAGCAUUUCACAUUACAUCAUUGAGAAGAGAGAAACCAGCCGCCUAGCUUGGACUGUAGUGGCUACUGAUGCUGUAGCUACCAUGCACAAGGUGACCAAACUUCUGGAAGGGAAUGAAUAUAUAUUCCGGGUAAUGGCUGUUAACAAAUUUGGAGUUGGUGAACCACUGGAGUCUGCACCAGUUUUAAUGAAAAAUCCAUUCAUCCCAGCAGGACCACCAAAAGGUUUGGAAGUAACCAACAUUGCAAAGGACUCUAUGACAGUGUGCUGGACCAGGCCAGACUCAGAUGGUGGCAGUGAAAUUGUUGGUUAUAUUGUAGAGAAGAGAGAUAGGACUGGCAUCAGAUGGACAAAAUGCAAUAAGCGCCGAAUUACAGACUUGCGCUUUAGAGUAACAGGUCUCACAGAAGAUCAUGAAUAUGAAUUCAGAUUAUCUGCGGAAAAUGCAGCCGGAGUGGGAGAACCAAGUCAGCCUACGGCAUACUACAAGGCUUGUGAUCCUAUAUUCAAACCUGGACCACCAACCAAUGUACAUGUUGUUGAUACCACAAGAAGCUCUAUUUCACUUGCAUGGGGUAAGCCAAUUUAUGAUGGUGGCAGUGAAAUUCAGGGAUACAUUGUGGAGAUAUGCAAAGCUGAUGAGGAAGAAUGGACCAUGUGCACACCACCUACUGGUUUGCGUGUGAACCGCUUUGAAAUCAUCAAACUUGUGGAGCAUCAAGAAUAUAAGAUCCAAAUAUGUGCCAUCAAUAAAUUAGGUGUAGGUGAGCCGGCUUCUGUACCAGGAACAGUCAAACCUGAAGAUAAGCUGGAGGCUCCUGAACUUGACCUUGAUGCAGAAUUGAGGAAAGGACUAGUGGUGCGUGCUGGAGGCUCUGUGAAAAUCCAUAUACCAUUCAAAGGAAGACCAGCUCCAGAGAUCAUUUGGUCUAAAGAUGAAGGAGACUUACCUGAGAAGACUCAGAUUGAAAAAGGCAUUAACUAUACCCAACUUUCCAUUGACAACUGUGACAGAAAUGAUGCUGGAAAAUACACUCUGAAAUUAGAAAAUAGCAGUGGUGCCAAGUCUGCAUUUGUCUCCGUCAAAGUAUUGGAUACCCCAGGAACACCUCAAAAUCUUAAAGUGAAAGAUAUCAAGAAAGAUGCAGUCACUUUAGUAUGGGAACCACCUUUAAUUGAUGGAGGUGCAAAGAUCAAGAACUAUGUGAUUGAUAAGCGUGAAUCAACUAGAAAAGCUUAUGCAAAUGUUUCUACAAAGUGCACCAAAACAAGCUUCAAAGUGGAAAAUCUCACAGAGGGAGCAAUUUAUUACUUUAGAGUAAUGGCUGAGAACGAAUUUGGAAUUGGUCUACCUAUUGAAACAAUAGAUGCAGUAAAGGCGUCAGAGCCACCUUUGCCGCCAGGAAAGGUCACUCUUACUGAUGUCACCCAAACCACCGUCUCUCUUUCAUGGGAAAAACCAGAUCAUGAUGGAGGCAGCAGAAUUAUAGGUUAUGCAAUCGAAAUGCAGCCUAAAGGGUCUGACAAAUGGGUUGUAGCAACUCAGACAAAAACAUGUGAGGGUGUUGUUUCUGGACUAAGCUCUGGACAAGAAUACCUCUUCCGUAUAAUUGCAUACAAUGAGAAAGGAAAGAGUGAUCCAAGACCAUUGGCUGCACCAGUUAUCGCCAAAGACCUCACAAUUGAACCCAGUUUCAAACUUAUGUUCAACACUUACAGUGUCCAAGCAGGAGAAGAUCUUAAGGUAGAAAUACCUGUAAUUGGACGCCCGAGACCCAAAAUUGCUUGGACAAAAGAUGGACAGACACUUAAACAGACAACCAGAGUUAAUGUUGAGACCACACCAACCUCAACUAUUCUUCAUAUUAAAGAAAGCAUUAAAGAUGAUUUUGGCAAGUAUACAGUCACAGCAACUAACAAUGCUGGUACAACUACAGAAGAAAUUGGAAUUAUCAUACUUGAUAAACCCGGUCCACCUGUUGGCCCUGUAAGGAUCGAUGAAGUCAGCUCUAACUUUGUUACACUUUCCUGGGAUCCUCCACAAUAUACAGGUGGUUGUCAAAUAAAUAAUUAUAUAGUUGAAAAACGAGACACAACCACCACAACCUGGCAAAUUGUAUCAGCAACAAUAGCAAGGACAACAAUUAAAAUAAGCAAACUUAAAACUGGUUCAGAAUACCAGUUUAGAAUAUUUGCUGAAAACAGAUAUGGAAAGAGUUCUUCUUUGGAUUCACCAUCCAUUCUUGUACAGUACCCAUAUAAAGAACCUGGACCACCUGGUACACCAUUUGUUACAUCUGUGUCAAAGGACCACAUGGUUAUUGAAUGGCAUGAACCAGUCAAUGAUGGUGGCAGUCAAGUCAUCGGUUACCAUUUGGAACGCAAAGAACGGAACAGUAUCCUGUGGACUAAGCUUAAUAAGACUCUUAUUCAAGACACUCGCUUCAAGACAAACAACCUCGAAGAAGGCAUUGAAUAUGAAUAUAGAGUCUAUGCCGAAAAUGUUGUUGGCAUUGGUAAAUCAAGCAAGGUUUCAGAGUGCUUUGUAGCUCGUGAUCCAUGUGAUCCACCUGGUUGUCCUGAGCCCAUUGUUAUUACCAGAAACCAUGUCACACUUCAGUGGACAAAGCCACAGUAUGAUGGUGGCAGCAAAGUUACUGGAUAUAUUGUAGAAAAGAAAGAGUUGCCUGAAGGUCGCUGGAUGAAAGCAAGCUUUACAAAUGUAAUUGAGACUGAAUUUACAGUCACAGGCUUAACUGAAGACCAAAGAUAUGAAUUUAGAGUAAUUGCAAGAAAUGCAGCUGGUAUUUUCAGUGAACCUUCUGAAAGCACUGGACCAAUUACUGCUAGAGAUGAAAUUGAAACCCCAAGAGCUUCAAUGGAUCCAAAAUACAAAGAUGUAAUUGUUGUGAAUGCAGGUGAAACCUUUUCUCUUGAAGCUGAUAUCUACGGCAAACCAGUGCCUGAUGUUGUAUGGUUAAAGGAUGGAAAAGAAAUUGACAAAGCUACUGCACGAAUGGAAGUCAAAACUACAUUACAACGGACAACUCUUAUAGUAAAGGACUGCAUUAGAGUAGAUGGAGGACAGUAUGUUCUCACUCUUAGUAAUGUUGGUGGUACAAAAACAAUACCAAUCACAGUAAAGGUUUUAGACAGACCUGGUCCACCUGACGGCCCAUUAAGAGUGUCAGGUGUUACUGCAGAGAAAUGCUACCUGUCCUGGAGCCCUCCUUCACAAGAUGGUGGUGCCAGCAUUUCUCAUUACAUUAUUGAGAAGAGAGAAACCAGCAGGCUGUCUUGGACAGUUGUUGACUCUAAUGUUCAGGCAAUCAGUUACAAAGUAACCAAACUUCUAAGUGGCAAUGAGUAUAUAUUCAGAAUUAUGGCAGUAAAUAAAUAUGGCAUUGGUGAGCCACUUGAAUCUGAACCAGUUCUAGCACGCAAUCCAUUCAAGCCACCAGGCCCACCAUCAGUGCCUGAGGUCACUGCUAUCACUAAGGAUUCUAUGGUUGCAACAUGGAACAGGCCAGAGGAUAAUGGUGGAGCUGAAAUUGAAGGCUACGUCCUUGAAAAACGUGACAAAGAUGGAGUAAGAUGGACAAAAUGUAACAAAAAGAGAUUGAGUGAUCUACGUUUUAGAGUAACUGGACUCACCGAAGGACACUUCUAUGAGUUCCGUGUUUCUGCUGAAAAUGCUGCUGGUGUAGGGGAACCAAGUGAACCAUCUGUGUUCUACAGAGCAUGUGAUGCAACAUACCCACCAGGCCCACCAAACAAUCCUAAAGUGUCUGAUACUUCUAGUAGUUCUGUGUCUCUUGCAUGGAGCAAGCCUAUUUAUGAUGGUGGUGCCCAAAUAAAGGCAUACAUUGUAGAAAUGAAAGAGGCUUCAGCUGAGGAAUGGACUACAUGCACACCUCCAACUGGUGUACAAGCAACACACUUUACUGUAACAAAACUAAAAGAAAAUGCUGAAUACAAUUUCCGCAUUUGUGCUAUCAACAUUGAAGGAGUUGGGGAAGCUGCUGCAAUCGCUGGAUCUGUAGUUGCAGCUGAAAAGGUUGAGCCACCUGAAAUUGAACUGGAUGCAGACCUUAGGAAAGUAGUAUCUGUACGUGCUAGUGGAACACUUCGCUUGUUUGUCACAAUCAGAGGUAGACCUGAACCUGAAGUAAAGUGGACAAUGGCAGAAGGCACUCUCACUGAACGUGCACAGAUUGAAGUCACAAGUUCCUACACUAUGCUUGUCAUUGACAAUGUAAACAGAUUUGACAGUGGUAAAUAUGUAUUGAAUCUUGAAAAUAACAGCGGAACAAAAUCAGCCUUUGUCAAUGUGAGAGUACUUGAUUCACCAAGCUCACCUGUUAAUUUCAGAAUCAAAGAUAUAAAGAAAGAUUCAGUUGUACUGUCAUGGGAGCCACCACUUAUUGAUGGAGGAGCAAAGAUCACUAACUAUAUUGUUGAAAAACGUGAGACAACAAGAAAAGCAUACACCACUGUAACAAACAAUUGUACAAAGAAUACAUUCAAGGUUGAUCAGCUCCAGGAGGGAGGUAGUUACUAUUUCCGUGUCCUGGCUGUUAAUGAACAUGGUGUUGGGCUAUCAGCAGAGACUACUGAUCCAAUUAAAGUUUCUGAAGCACCUUUGCCACCUGGAAAAGUUACACUUGUAGAUGUAACUCGAAACAGUGCAACCAUUUCUUGGGAGAAACCAGAACAUGACGGUGGUAGCAAAAUUUCAAGCUAUGUGGUUGAAAUGCAAACUAAAGGCAGUGAGAAAUGGACCACGUGCACUCAAGUGAAAGCGUUGGAGGCAACUAUAUCUGGUCUCACAACAGGUGAAGAAUAUUCCUUUAGAGUCAUUGCUGUGAAUGAGAAAGGCAAGAGUGAUCCAAAACAACUGGGAGUGCCUGUAAUAGCUAAAGAUAUUCAAAUAGAACCCAGCUUGGAGCUACUUUUCAAUACUUUCAGUGUGAAGGCUGGAGAUGACCUCAAGAUUGAUAUUCCUUUCAGAGGCAGACCUCUACCUACUGUUUCAUGGUUUAAAGAUGGUCAGCCUUUAAAGCAGACAACCAGAGUAAAUGUUCAGACAUCCAAGACAUCAACUCUUAUGGUCAUCAAAGAAGCCACCAAAGAUGAUUUUGGAAAUUAUGCAAUUACAGUGUCUAACACAGCUGGUUCAAAAACAGCAGAGAUUUCAAUUAUUGUACUUGACAAGCCUGGAGCACCUGGCCCCAUCCGAGUAGAUGAGGUUAGUGCUGACAGUAUAACAAUAUCCUGGGACCCACCAACAUAUGAUGGUGGAUGCCACAUCAAUAACUACAUUGUUGAAAAGAGGGAUACUACCACAACAACAUGGCAAAUUGUUUCUGCAACUGUUGCCAGAACAUCAAUUAAAGUUUCCCGCUUGACACAAGGAUCUGAAUACCAGUUCCGUAUUUAUGCUGAAAACCGCUAUGGAAAGAGCCAUUACACAGAUUCCUCAGCAAUUGUUGCUCAAUAUCCAUUUAAACCACCUGGUCCUCCAGGAACACCUCGUGUUGUCCAUGCAACAAAAGCUUUCAUGAUAGUACAAUGGAAUGAACCAGUCAAUGAUGGUGGCAGCACAGUCUUUGGUUAUCAUCUUGAACGCAAAGAAAGAAGCAGCAUUCUUUGGACAAAGAUCAACAGAGGUUUGAUAACUGACACUGAGAUGAAAGUAACUGGUAUUGAAGAAGGCUUAAUGUAUGAAUAUCGUGUAUAUGCUGAAAACAUUGCUGGCAUUGGAAAGUGUGGAAAAGCUUGUGAACCUGUUGCUGCAAGAGAUCCAUGUGAUCCUCCAGGUCACCUUACAGUUACUAACAUCACAAGAACAUCUGUAUCUCUGUCUUGGACUAAGCCAGAAUAUGAUGGUGGUGCUAAAGUUACUGGCUAUAUAAUUGAACGCAGAGAACUACCAGAUGGACGUUGGCUGAAAUGUAAUUUCACAAACAUUCAGGAAAACUAUUUUGAUGUUACUGGCCUUACAGAAGAUCAGCGUUAUGAUUUCCAUGUUAUUGCAAAGAAUGCAGCUGGGUUAUUCAGUGAACCAUCUGAAUGUACUGGUCCAAUUACUGUGAAGGAUGAUGUUGAUCCACCUCGUAUCAUGAUGGAUGUCAAGUUCAGAGACACAGUAGUAGUAAAGGCUGGAGAAAUCUUGAAAAUUAAUGCAGAUAUUGCUGGACGUCCUCUGCCUAUAGUUUCAUGGACAAAAGAUGGCAAGGAGAUUGAUGUACAAGCCAGAGUUGAAAUCUCCUCUACAGACACCAGCACUGCAAUAGUUGUGAAAGACUGUAUCAGAAGAGACUCUGGACAGUAUGUCCUGACUUUGCAAAAUGUUGCAGGAACAAGAUCAAUGGCAGUGAAUUGCAAGGUACUUGACAGACCAGGACCAUCAGCUGGACCACUAACAGUAGCUGGUGUUACAGCAGAGAAAUGUACAAUAUCCUGGGGAUCACCUCAGGAGAAUGGCGGGGCAGAAAUUUCCCAUUACAUUGUAGAAAAACGUGAAACAAGUAGACUAGCCUGGACACUAGUGGAUGGUGACAUGAAAGCAACAACUUGCAAAGUUACUAAAUUGCUGAAAGGCAAUGAAUACAUUUUCAGAGUUCUGGCUGUGAACAAAUAUGGAGUUGGUGAACCUCUUGAGAGUGAUCCUGUUAAAGCUUUGGAUCCAUAUACUGUUCCAAGUGCACCUACCAAUGUAGAAAUCAGCAGUAUUACAAGUGAAGCUAUGACAAUUUGCUGGGCAAGACCUGAAAGUGAUGGUGGCAAUGAAAUUUCUGGUUAUGUAAUAGAAAGACGUGAAAAAACAGGUCUAAGAUGGGUUCGUGUGAAUAAGAAACCAGUGUAUGAUCUCAGAGUUAAAGCAUCCAAUCUUCGUGAAGGUUGUGAGUAUGAGUACCGUGUUUAUGCAGAAAAUGCUGCUGGUUUGAGUCCUCCAAGUGAACCGAGUCCAUUAACGAAAGCAGAAGACCCACUUUUCCUGCCUUCCGCCCCAGUUAAACCUAAAGUUAUUGAUUCCACAAAGACCACUAUUACUGUUGCCUGGUCCAAACCACUGUUUGAUGGUGGAUCUCCAGUCACUGGAUACAGUGUUGAAUAUAAGAAAACUGAUGAUGAAGAAUGGUUGGUAGCUGUUCAAAACACAAGAAGUACAGAGUUUACUGUAGUUGGACUUACACCCGGUGCUGAAUAUGUAUUUGCUGUUAGAUCAAUCAAUAAAGUUGGUGCCAGUGACCCAAGCCCAGCUUCAGAGCCUCAGCUUGCAAAAGAAAGAGAAGAAGAGCCAGUAUUUGAUAUUGACAAUGAAAUGCGCAAGACUUUAAUUGUCAAGGCUGGCAGCUCAUUUACUCUUACCGUACCUUAUAAAGGCAAACCAGUACCUACUGUGAUGUGGAAUAAAGAAGAUGUAGAUCUGAGAUUAAGGGCAAGUAUUGAUACAACUGAUUCCUGCACAUCUAUAACAGUGGAGAAAGCAACAAGAAAUGAUUCUGGGAAAUACACUGUAACAUUACUGAAUAUUGUUGGAACUGCUACUUUGACACUGGUUGUCAAAGUCCUUGAUUCUCCUGGCCCUCCUUCAAAUAUUGUGGUAAAGGAAGUCACAAAAGAGUCUGCACUGAUAUCAUGGGAUGUACCAGAAAAUGAAGGUGGUGCUCCUGUGAAGAACUAUCACAUUGAAAAACGUGAGGCUAGCAAAAAGGCAUGGGUCUGUGUUACAAAUAACUGCCACCGUUUAACCUACAAAAUACCUGACCUCCAAGAGGGAGCUAUCUACUACUUCAGGGUCUCUGGAGAAAAUGAAUAUGGUAUAGGAGUACCUGUUGAAAGCAAGGAAGGCGUUAAAAUUACAGAAAAACCAAGUCCGCCAGAGAAGCUUGGGGUUAUAGAUGUUACAAAACACAGUGUUUCACUGUCUUGGAGUAAACCAGAACACGAUGGAGGCAGCAGAAUCACAAGUUACCAAGUUGAUGCCCUUGAAAAAGGCCAGCAGAAUUGGGUGAAGUGUGCAGUAGUGAAAACUACACAUCACAUUGUCUGUGGUCUUAAAGAAAGUGCUGAAUAUUUCUUCCGUGUGAGGGCUGAAAACCAGGCUGGUCUCAGUGAUCCGAAGGAAAUGCUGCUCCCAGUUGUUGUGAAAGAUCAGCUUGAAUCACCUGAAAUUGAUAUGAAGAAUUUCCCUCACAAUACUGUCUAUGUCAGAGCCGGUUCAAACCUUAAAUUUGAAAUUCCACUUUCUGGUAAACCCCUACCAAAAGUAACACUUUCAAAGGAUAACCUUGCAGUGAAAUCAACAAUGAGAUUCAACACAGAGACCACUGCUGACAGCAUAAUCAUCAAUCUCAAAGAAAGUAUAGCAGCUGAUGCUGGAAGAUAUGAUAUAACUGCCUCCAAUUCAAGUGGAACAACAAAGACAUUUGUAAACAUUGUGGUCUUAGAUAGACCUGGUCCUCCAGUUGGCCCUGUUGAAAUCAGUGAUGUCAGUGAAGACAAUGUGACCCUAAGAUGGCAACCACCUGUAUAUGAUGGUGGAAGUCAAGUAACCAAUUACAUUGUACUCAAACGUGAAACAAGUACUGCUGCCUGGACAGAAGUGUCAGCAGCAGUUGCAAGAAGCAUAAUCAAAGUCAUGAAGCUGACAACAGGAGAAGAGUAUCAGUUCCGCAUUAAGGCAGAGAACCGCUUUGGCAUCAGUGAUCACAUUGAUUCACAAAAUGUCACAGUGAAACUCCCAUACACAAUGCCUGGCCCACCAUCAACACCUUGGGUUACUAUGGUCACAAGGGAGAGCAUCACUGUCUGCUGGCAUGAACCUGUGUCAGAUGGAGGAAACCAUGUAUUUGGAUAUCACUUGCAGAUGAAAGACAGAAAUAGCAUUCUGUGGCAGAAGGUUAACAAGACUGUCAUUCGUGCAACCCACUUCAAAGUGACUAAUAUCAGUGCUGGUCUAAUCUAUGAGUUCCGAGUUCUGGCAGAAAAUUCUGCUGGUAUUGGCAAAGUCAGCAAAACAUCUGACCCAGUGCUUGCAAUUGAUGCUUGCGAGCCUCCAACAAAUGUACAUGUGACAGAUAUCACAAAGAACUCCAUAAGCCUGGCUUGGCAGAAGCCUCCUUAUGAUGGUGGAAGCAAGAUCACAGGAUACAUUGUUGAGAAGAGAGAUGCACCAAAUGGAAGAUGGACAAAAGCUAGCUUUACAAAUGUCAUAGAAACCAAUUUUGCUGUGUCAGGAUUGACCCAAGAUGGAAAAUAUGAAUUCAGAGUUUUUGCAAAGAAUGCAAUUGGCUCUAUCAGUAAUCCAUCUCUGAUUGCAGGACCUGUCACAUGUGUUGAUACAUUUGGUGCUCCUGAAAUUGACUUGCCACCGGAGUAUUUAGAUGUUGUAAAAUACAAAGCUGGAGCAUCAGUGAAAAUUCAGGUUGGAAUUAUUGCCAAACCCCUGCCAACAAUUGAAUGGUAUAAGGAUGGAAAGGAACUAGAAACAAGUGCUCAAGUGUCAAUUGAAAAUACCACAGACUCCUCUGCCAUCAUUAUUAAGGAUGCUGCACGUAACAACAGCGGAAGUUAUGAGCUCAGACUUAAGAAUUCAAUGGGCUCAAAAUCAGCUACUAUUAAAGUACAGAUUCUCGAUAAACCUGGACCUCCUAUUGGACCUAUUCAAUUUAAAACAGUCACUGCUGAGAAGAUCACAAUAAUGUGGGAUCCUCCUACAGAUGAGGGUGGUGCUCCUGUCACCCAUUAUAUUGUGGAAAAACGUGAAACAAGCAGAGUUGUCUGGUCCCUCAUAUCAGAAAAACUGCAAGAGAGCCUUGUCUCUGUACAGAAGCUUAUAAGAGGCAAUGAAUAUGUCUUCCGUGUCAGAGGUGUUAAUAAGUAUGGAGUUGGAGAGCCUCUGGAAUCUGAGCCUGUUGUUGCGAAGAAUUCUUUUGUCACUCCCGGACAGCCCAGCACACCUGAAGUCACAAUGAUAACCAAGUCUUCAAUGACUGUGGUCUGGGAAAGGCCAACUGUUGAUGGUGGCAGUGAUAUUAGAGGUUAUUAUCUGGAAAAACGUGAGAAAAAGAGCUUACGUUGGUUCAAGGUUAUUAAAGAUUCCAUCCGUGAUACUAGACAGAAAGUAUCAAACUUGACAGAAGGAAAUGAAUACCAGUUCCGUGUCUGUGCUAUCAAUGCAGCUGGAGAAGGUCCCUUCUCUGAUGCAUCUGAUUUCUACAAAGCUGCUGAUCCAGUUGAUCCUCCAAGUGAACCAACCAAACUUAAAGUUGUUGACUCAACUAAAUCAUCCAUUACUCUUGGAUGGCUCAAGCCUGUGUAUGAUGGAGGCAGUGAGGUUACCAGUUACAUAGUUGAAAAGAGGGAAGGUGAAGAAACGGAAUGGACUGUGGUUAGCUCAAAGGGUGAAGUCAGAACAACAGAGUUUGUUGUGUCUCACCUCAAACCUGGGGUCAACUACUUCUUCUGUGUGUCUGCUGUAAACUGUGCUGGAAAGGGAAACCCAAUUGAAAUGACAGAACCUGUGCAAGCUAAGGAUAUUCUUGAGGAGGCAGAGAUUGAUCUCGAUGUUGCCCUGAGAACACAAUACACAGUUAAAGCAGGCCAAGAUGUAGAGAUCAUGAUUCCAUUUAAAGGCAGACCUGCUCCAAAUGUCACCUGGAGAAAGGAAGAGAAGAACAUCAGCAGUGAUCCAAGAUACAACAUCCACAAUACAGAAUCAUCUACAUUACUUACCAUCCCACAGGUCACUCGAGAUGAGACUGGGAAAUAUGUUCUUCAGAUUGAAAAUGGAGUAGGAGAGCCUAAAUCAUCAUUUGUGAAUGUGAAAGUGCUUGAUACACCAGGCGCCUGCCAAAAACUGCAGGUCAAGAAUGUCACUCGUGGUAAUGUAACUUUAGUGUGGGAACCACCUCUUGUCAAUGGUGGUGCAGAAGUUACCAACUACAUUAUUGAAAAGAGAGAUGCUACAAAGAGAGCCUAUUCAAGUGUAACAACUAAAUGUUCUAAUACCACAUUUAAAGUUACUGACCUCUCUGAGAAGACUUCCUUCUUCUUCCGUGUGAUGGCAGAAAAUGAAAAUGGAGUAGGUGAACCAUGUGAGACAGCAGAACCAGUUAAAGCUACUGAGGUGCCAGGUCCAGUCAAAGAUCUUUCAAUGAAGGACUCAACCAAAACAUCUGUGACAUUACAGUGGAACAAGCCCGAUUAUGAUGGUGGCAGCAUCAUCACAGAAUACAUAAUUGAAAAGAAACUUAAAAAUGAGCAAGAGUGGUCAAUUGCAGGCACUACCAAAGCCUGUGAGUUUGAGGCUACUAAACUGAAAGAACUUGCAGAGAUGGACUUCAGAGUAUUUGCCAAGAAUGAGAAAGGAAAAAGUGACUUUGCCCAAGUUGGACCAAUCACCGUAAAGGACUAUAUUAUUCCACCUGAUGCAAACCUGUCAGACAUCCCAGGAGGACAAAUCAGUGUGCGCAUUGGACAUAAUGUUCAUGUAGAGAUACCAUAUAAGGGAAAACCAAGGCCAACUGUGCAGUGGCUGAAAGACAAUCUUCCUCUGAAAGAAAGUGAACAGAUUCGCUUCAAGAAAACAGAAAACAAAGUGUCUCUGACAAUUAAAAAUGCAAGAAAAGAUAAUUCAGGCAAAUAUACUUUAGUUCUUGAUAACAAUGUCUGCAGAAAGUCAUUCAGUUUUCAAGUUAACACCCUUGGUCCACCAUCUAAACCAAAAGGUCCCAUUCGAUUUGAUGAAAUCAGAGCUGAGAGUAUAAUUAUAUCUUGGGAUGUGCCUGAGGAGGAUGGAGGUGGAGAAAUUACAUGCUACAGUGUAGAGAAGCGUGAGACUUCCCAAACAGCUUGGAAGAUGGUUUGUUCAAGUGUGGCCAGAGCAACAUUUAAGAUCCCUAACUUAAUCAAAGGAACAGAAUACCAAUUCAGAGUGCGUGCAGAAAACAGAUAUGGAGUAAGUGAGGCCCUUGUUUCACAUGAUGUAAUUGCAAAACAUCAGUACCGUCCACCAGGUCCACCAGGAAAGCCAGUGGUGUACAAUGUUACUUGUGAUGGCAUGUCAAUUCAAUGGGAUGCACCAUGUUACGAUGGAGGCUCAGAGGUUACUGGAUUCUAUGUGGAGAAGAAGGAAAGAAAUAGUAUUCUCUGGCAGAAAAUAAAUACUUCACCUAUAUCUGGAAGAGACUACAGAAUUACUGGUCUAAUUGAAGGUCUGGAAUAUCAAUUCAGAGUAUAUGCAGAGAAUAAUGCUGGUCUGAGCCCUUGCAGUGAGCCUAGCAAACACACCUUGGCUGUCUCUCCAGUUGAUCCUCCUGGUACACCUGACUACAUUGAUGUAACAAGGGACUCUGUCACACUUAAAUGGGAACCUCCUUUGCGUGAUGGAGGCAGCAAAAUUGUUGCCUACAGCGUGGAAAAACGUCAAGGAAAAGGACGCUGGUUGAGAUGCAACUUCACCGAUAUUACUGAAUGCCAGUACACAGUGUCUGGUCUUGCAUCUGGUGAUCGCUUUGAAUUUAGAGUGAUUGCCAGAAAUGCAGUUGGCACAGUUAGUCCACCUUCACAGUCCUCUGGAUACAUCAUGACUAGAGAUGAAAGCAUUCCUCCAUCAAUUGAAUUUGGUGCAGAACACUUUGAAGGUCUCACAGUCAAAGCAGGAGAGAGUAUUAGGCUUAAAGUCCUUAUCAAGGGUCGACCAGUUCCUCAAGUAACUUGGUUCAAGGAUGGAAAAGAAAUUGAUAAGAAGACAAUGGUUGAUAUUGACAUUAAAACAGUCAUUGGAUCAAGCAGCCUCUUUAUCAGAGAUGCUGAUCGUAAUCACCGGGGUAUAUAUAGUGUUGAAGCCAAGAAUUCCUCUGGAACCAAGAAAGCAGAUAUUAACGUCAGAGUACAAGAUACACCUGGACCACCUGCUGGACCCUUGCAUUUCACUAACAUUACUGGAGAAAAGGCCACUCUGUACUGGAAUCCUCCUGACAAUGAUGGCUGUGCUGCAAUCAGCCACUAUGUGAUUGAAAAACGCGAAACAUCCAGAAUCUCUUGGGCACUUGUUAAUGACAAGUGUGAAGCGUGCUCAUUUACUGCCACAAAGCUGAUUAAGGGCAAUGAAUACCAGUUCCGUGUCUGUGCAGUGAAUAAGUUUGGUGUUGGCAGACCACUGGAAUCAGAAUCUAUUGUUGCACAAAUCCAAUUCACUGUACCAGAGGCUCCUGGCACUCCUGAUGCAACCCAUGUCACUGGAGACAGCAUUACACUUUCUUGGACAAGACCAAGAAGUGAUGGUGGAAAUGAAAUUAAGCAUUACAUUCUUGAAAGACGUGAAAAGAAGAGCAUGCGAUGGGUGAAAGUAUCUUCUAAGAGGCCAAUAACUGAAGCCAGAUACAGAGUAACUGGGCUUACUGAAGGAAAUGAAUAUGAGUUCCAUGUCAUGGCUGAAAAUGAUGCUGGAAUUGGACCAUGUAGUUCAACAUCAAGACUCAUCAAAUGUAGAGAACCAACCAGUGCACCAAGUGCUCCAACUGUGGUAAAGGUAACUGACACUACAAAGACAUCAGUCAGCUUGGAAUGGACCACACCUGUCUUUGAUGGUGGAAUGGAAAUAAUUGGAUAUGUCAUUGAAAUGUGCAAAGCCAGCCUUGAAGAAUGGCAUAAAGUCAAUCUUGAAACUUGUAUCAACACUAAAUAUACUGCAACGGAAUUAGAACCCGGUGAAGAAUAUAAAUUCCGUGUGUGUGCACUUAAUGGUGUUGGAAAAGGAGAAUACUGUGAAAUCCCUAAUCCUGUUCAGACUGUAGACAGGCUGACAUCACCAGAGAUUGACAUUGAUGCCAGUUUCAAACAGACUCACAUCGUGAAAUCAGGCAGUACCGUUCUUCUUCGUAUCGCUUUCAAAGGAAAACCUGUUCCUGUGGCUACCUGGACCAAAGGAGAUGGAGAACUUGGUGUCAGGGCAGAUGUUCACACAACUGACACCCACAGUACACUUACAAUUGAAGACUGCAAUAGGUAUGAUGCUGGAAAAUACACCCUCACUUUAGAGAACAACAGUGGAAGCAAAUCUAUUACUUUCACAGUGAAGGUACAAGAUACCCCAGGACCACCAGGUCCAGUUACCUUUAAGGAUGUGACAAGAGGAUCUUUGACUUUAAUGUGGGAUGCCCCAGCUAAUGAUGGAGGUGCUCGUAUCAAUCAUUAUAUUGUUGAAAAACGGGAGGCUAGCCGUCGUAGUUGGCAAGAAGUCAGUGGGAAAUGCACACGUCAAAUCCUCAGAGUUUCUGACCUUGCAGAAGGUGUGGCAUAUUUCUUCCGGGUUACUGCAGAGAACCAAUAUGGCCCAGGUGAACCAUAUGAAAUGCCAGAUCCAAUUGUUGCAACUGAAGAACCUGCUCCUCCUAAGAGACUGGAUAUUAUUGAUACAACAAAAUCUUCUGCCACUUUGGCCUGGUUGAAACCUGAACAUGAUGGUGGAAGUCGCAUCACAGGCUAUGUUGUUGAAACUAAACAAAAGGGAUCAGAUCACUGGGUCAUUGGUGGCCACACUAAAGCUCUGAAUAUAGUGAUUGAAGGCUUGAUAGAGAGCACAGAAUAUGAAUUCCGUGUCAAAGCUAAAAAUGAUGCUGGCUUCAGUGAACCAAGAGAAUCUUUCUCAUCUGUAAUUAUUAAGGAGCCACAAAUUGAACCUACUGCAGAUCUUAGUGGAAUUACAAACCAGCUUAUUACUUGCAAAGCUGGUAGUACAUUCACAAUUGAUAUUCCGAUUAGUGGACGUCCAGUUCCUAAGGUAACUUGGAAACUUGAAGAAAUGAGACUAAAAGAAACAGACAAAGUCAACAUCAAGACCACAAAAGACAGAACCACCUUGACUGUAAAAGACACCAUGAGAUUCGACUCUGGCAAAUAUUAUCUCAUCCUUGAAAAUGUUGCAGGAGUGAGAACCUUCACUGUUACUGUUAAUGUUAUUGGCAGACCAGGUCAAGCCACUGGUCCUGUUGAAGUUUCAUCAAUCUCUUCAGAAUCCUGUGUAUUGACUUGGAAAGAACCAGAAGAUGAUGGUGGAACUGAAAUAACUAACUAUAUUGUGGAGAAGCGUGAGUCUGGAUCAACAACAUGGCAGCUUGUAAACUCCAGUGUUAAGCGAACACAGAUCAAAGUCACGCAUCUCACCAAGUACAUGGAAUACACAUUCCGUGUCUGUGCUGAAAACAGAUUUGGAGUAAGCAAGCCUAUUGAAUCUCCUCCUAUUGUCGCUGAACAUCCAUUCGUUCCACCAAGUUCACCAACAAGACCUGAAGUAUUCUUUGUCUCGGCAAAUGCUAUGUCCAUUCGGUGGGAGGAACCAUACCAUGAUGGUGGCAGCAAGGUUACAGGAUAUUGGAUAGAAAAGAAGGAACGCAACACCAUUCUUUGGGUGAAGGAGAACAAGAUUCCAUGCUUUGAAUGUCACUAUAAAGUAUCGACUCUUGUAGAAGGCUUAGAGUACCAAUUCAGGGUAUACGCAAUGAACGCUGCUGGGCUGAGCAAAGCUAGUGAAGCUUCAAGACCAAUGAUAGCUCAGAAUCCAGUUGAUCCACCAGGCAAACCAGAGGUUACAGAUGUGACAAGGUCCACAGUAUCACUGAAAUGGUCUGUGCCAUUCAGUGACGGUGGAAGCAAGAUUGUGGGAUACAUUGUGGAACGCAAGCCAUACAAUGAAACUGGAGAUGGACGCUGGCUAAAGUGUAACUACACAACAGUUACAGAAACAAACUUCACUGUAACAGCAUUGGGUGAGGGAGAAGUGUAUGAAUUCCGUGUUAUUGCAAAGAAUGCAGCUGGAGUACACAGUGCACCUUCGGAAUCAACAGGAGCUAUCACAUGCAAAGAUGAAUACACACCUCCUAAAGCAGAGCUUGACAGCAAACUUAUAGGAGAGAUCAUCACCAUCAGAGCUGGAUCAGAUCUUGUUCUAGAUGCUUCUGUUGGAGGCAAACCUGAUCCCAAAGUCUUCUGGUCCAAAGGCGAGAAAGAGCUUGAGCUUUGUGAAAAGAUCUCCUUGCAAUACACCAACAAACGUGCAAUGGCAAUAAUCAAAUUCUGUGAUAGAAAUGACAGUGGAAGAUACAUACUAACAGUAAAGAAUGCCAGUGGAGUAAAGACUGCUUCCGUCAAUGUCAAAGUUCUAGAUACACCUGGACCUUGUGAUGAUAAGAUUACCAUAAGUAGAGUGACGGAAGAAAAAUGCACAUUAUCCUGGAAAAUACCAUCCGAGGAUGGUGGAGCUCCAGUUACUCAUUAUAUUGUUGAGAGACGUGAAACUAGCAGACUUAACUGGGUAAUAGCAGAAGCAGAGUGCAAGACCCUGUCAUGUGUUGUUACAAGACUGAUAAAGAACAAUGAAUACAUCUUCCGUGUCAGAGGUGUAAACAAGUAUGGGCCUGGUGUGCCACUGGAAUCUGAACCGAUUAUUGCCAGAAACACAUUCACAAUACCAUCUUCACCUGGAGCACCAGAAAUAACUGGUGUUGGAAAAGAACAUGUCAUUAUUGAGUGGCUGAAGCCAGAAACAGAUGGUGGCAGUGAAAUUAGCAACUAUCUUGUUGAUAAGCGUGAAAAGAAGAGUGUAAGGUGGACCAGAGUCAACAAAGAAUAUACUGUCUAUGACACAAGACUAAAAAUUACUGGUCUAUUGGAAGGUAGUGACUACCAGUUCCGUGUAACUGCUGUUAAUGCAGCAGGUAACAGUGAACCAAGUGAAGCAUCCUUAUAUGCAUGCUGCAGAGAACCAACAUAUACUCCAGCUGCACCCUCAAUCCCACGUGUCGUAGAUACUACAAAACAUAGCAUUAGCCUUGCAUGGACAAGACCUAUGUAUGAUGGUGGUGCUGAUGUGAUUGGAUAUAUUCUUGAAAUGAAAGAAGAAGGAACAGAUCAGUGGUACAGGCCUCAUACCACUUCAACCUUGAGGAAUGCAGAAUACACUGCGACCACUCUUGUGAGCAGUAAGAAGUACUGCUUCAGAGUGGCAGCAGUUAAUGUGAAUGGAACUGGUGAAUUCAGUGAGGCAUGUGCUGAAAUUGAGCCAAUUGAAAGAAUUGAACCACCAGAUUUGGAGAUUGCAGAUGAUCUGAAAAAGACUGUUACUUUGAGAGCUGGAAAUUCUCUGCGCCUCAUGAUCUGUGUGUCUGGAAGGCCUACUCCAAUUAUCAACUGGAGUAAACCUGGUGUGGAUCUCACAAGUCGAGGAUUUAUUGACACAACUGACAGUUACACAAUUCUCACAAUUGACAAAGUAAACCGCUAUGAUGCUGGUAAAUAUACAGUUGAGGCCGAGAACCAAUCUGGCAAGAAAGCAGCCACAAUUCUUGUCAAGAUAUAUGAUACCCCUGGACCUCCUGCAGCUAUCAGAGUUAAAGAAAUUACUAAAGAAUCAGCGGUUAUUACAUGGGAUGUUCCAAGUGUUGAUGGUGGAGCUCCUGUGAAUAACUAUAUCAUCGAGCGACGUGAAGCAUCUAUGAGAGCCUACAAGACAGUAACAGUUAAAUGCAGCAAGACCUUUUAUAGAAUUACUGGCCUGGCAGAAGGAAUGCUGUAUUACUUCAGAGUUUUGCCAGAAAAUAUCUAUGGUAUAGGUGAACCACGCGAAACUAGUGAUGCUGUUCUGGUAUCUGAUGUUCCUAUGGUUCCACAAACUCUGAAUGUUGUGGAUGUAACCAAGACUACAGUGAUCUUGGCUUGGGAGAAACCACUUCAUGAUGGUGGCAGCAGACUUACUGGCUAUCUCAUUGAAGCUUGCAAGCCUGGCACAGACAGAUGGAUGAAGGUUGCCAAUGUUAAACCAACAGUCCUUGAACACACCAUUGUUUCCCUGAAUGAAAAUGAGCAAUACCUGUUUAGAGUCAGGGCAACAAACACAAAGGGUGCUAGUGAGCCAAGAGAGAUCGUCACACCUGUUACUGUACAAGAACAAAGAGUAAUGCCUAAAAUUGAUCUGGCUGGCAUUCCUCAAAAGACUGUUAAUGUACCAGCGGGACGACCCAUUGAACUACACAUCCCAAUAAUUGGACGACCUCCUCCUGUUUGCACAUGGUACUUCGGUGGCUCUAAGAUCAAAGAAAUUGAUCGGGUCAAGAUUGAAACAACUGGAAAAUACACCAAACUGACCGUGCGUGAAACCACAAUUGAUGACACUGGAGACUAUAUGCUUGAAGUGAAGAAUGUCACAGGAUGUACCAUGGAAACCAUCAAAGUGGUCAUUCUUGAUAAACCAGGGGAGCCUACAGGACCUAUAAGGAUAGAUGAAGUGGAUGCAACAUCUGUCUCUAUUAGCUGGGAUCCACCUGAGAAAGAUGGAGGUGCAACAAUCAGUGGUUAUGUUGUUGAACAGCGCGAUGCCCACCGUCCAGGAUGGCUUCCUGUAUCUGAAUCUGUCACAAGACCUAUGUUCAAGUUCACCAGACUGACUGAAGGAACGGAAUAUGUAUUCCGUGUUGCUGCUACAAACCGCUUUGGAAUUGGUUCUUUCUUGCAGUCUGAAAUUGUAGAGUGCAAGAGUGCUAAGACCAUUCCAGGGCCUCCUGGCACACCAGACAUAUUUGAUAUUUCCCGUGAUGGAAUGACAAUUACCUGGCACCCACCAGAUGAAGAUGGAGGCUCUCAGGUGACAGGAUAUAUAAUUGAACGUAAAGAGGUUCGAUCUGAUAGAUGGGUCCGUGCUAAUAAGAAUCCCGUGACAAUGACACGAUACAGAUCCACUGGUUUGAUUGAAGGCCUGGAGUAUGAGCACAGAGUUACAGCCAUCAAUUCAAGAGGCAUUGGUAAACCCAGUCGUCCUUCUAAACCUGCAGUAGCUAUGGAUCCUAUUGACCCACCAGGAAAGCCACAGAACCCAAGGGUUACUGAUACAACAAGGACAUCAGUUUCUCUUGCCUGGAGUCCACCUGAUGAAGAAGGAGGCUCAAAGGUUACUGGAUAUCUUAUUGAAAUGCAGAAGGUUGAUCAAUAUGAAUGGACAAAAUGCAACACAACCCCGACAAAGAUCUGUGAAUAUACUCUGACCCAUAUGCCACAGGGAGCUGAAUACAGGUUCCACAUCUUAGCAUGUAAUGCUGGAGGACCUGGUGAGCCUGCUGAGGUCCCAGGAACAGUAAAGGUUACAGAAAUGCUGGCAUAUCCUGAUUAUGAGCUGGAUCCAAAAUACCAGGAAGGCCUUGUUGUUAGACAGGGUGGAGUCAUCAGGCUGUCUGUGCCUAUCAAAGGCAAACCUAUACCAAUCUGCAAAUGGACAAAGGAAGGUCGGGAUAUUUCUCACAGAGCCAUGAUUGCCACCUCUGAAACACACACUGAGCUUGUAAUUAAGGAAGCUGACAGAGAUGACUCUGGCACUUAUGAUCUUGUGCUGGAGAAUAAGUGUGGGAAAAAGGCAGUGUAUAUCAAGGUUAAAGUCAUUGGACGUCCAGAUCCACCAGAAAGUCCACUUGAGUUUGAUGACAUCCAGGCUCGCUCUGUAAGAGUGAGUUGGAGAGCACCUGCUGAUGAUGGUGGCUCGGAUAUUCUUGGUUACAUUGUUGAGAGAAGAGAAGUUCCCAAGGCCGCCUGGUAUACUGUGGAUGCUAGAGUUAAAGAGACAUCUCUGGUCGUCAAGGGCCUGAAAGAAAAUGUUGAGUACCACUUCAAGGUGACAGCAGAAAACCAGUUUGGCACUAGCAGGUCCUUAAAAUCAGAAGAAGCUGUCAUACCAAAAACACCUCUCUGCCCUCCAGAGCCAUCCAGCAAUCCACCAGAGAUACUGGAUGUUACAAAGAGCACUGUCAGUCUAUCAUGGUCCAGACCUAAGGAUGAUGGUGGCUCUCGUGUAACUGGUUAUUACAUUGAUCGUAAAGAGACAUCCACUGAUAAAUGGGUCCGUCAUAAUAAAACACACAUCACUACUACCAUGUAUACUCUAACUGGACUUGUGCCUGAUGCAGAAUAUCAGUUCCGUGUCAUAGCCCAAAAUGAUAUUGGUCUAAGUGAGCCAGGCCCUUCAUCUGAUCCGGUUAUAUGCAAAGAUCCAUUUGAUAAACCAAGCCAGCCAGGCGAGAUUGAUGUAAUUUCUGUCACCAAGGAUAGUAUAACCAUACAUUGGGAACGUCCUGAAUGUGAUGGAGGCAAAGAGAUUCUAGGAUACUGGGUUGAAUAUCGCCAGUCUGGUGACAGUGCAUGGAAGAAAUGCAAUAAAGAACGUGUGAAAGACAGGCAGUUUACCAUGGGUGGUCUCCUUGAGGCCACAGAGUAUGAAUUCAGAAUACUUGCUGAGAAUGAAACUGGAAUCAGCAGACCUCGCAGAACAGCUAUGACAAUUAAAACUAAAUUGACUGCUGGAGAAGCACCAUCUCUCAGGAAGGAAAUGGAGGAUGUUACCACUAAACUUGGAGAACCAGCUACUCUGAAAUGCCAGAUUAUUGGUAGACCUCUUCCUGAAAUUAAGUGGUACAGAUAUGGCAAGGAGCUAAUACCAAGUCGUAAAUACAAAAUGAGCUCUGAUGGCCGCAACCAUUCACUAACUGUGGUAACAGAUGAACAAGAAGAUGAAGGCUUAUAUACUUGCAGAGCAAUCAAUGAUGCUGGAGAAAUUGAGACCAGCGGAAAACUCUUCCUACAGGCUGCCCCUCAGUUCCAUCCUGGAUUCCCAUUGAAAGAGAAAUACUAUGCAGGAUGUGGAACAAGCCUUCGUCUACAUGUUGUGUACAUUGGACGUCCAGUACCUCAGAUCUUAUGGUUCUAUGCAAAGAAGCCUUUGCAGCCAUCUGAGAAUGUGAUUAUUGAAAACACUGAGCACUACACUCAUCUAGUGAUUAGGAAUGUGCAGCGGAAGACGAAUGCUGGAAAAUACAAAGUCCAAAUCAGCAACACCCUUGGAACAGUUAGCACUGUUCUCAAUGUUGAAAUACAAGAUAAACCAGCUAUACCUGAAGGACCAGUGGUUGUUGAUGCCCUAUUAAAGAACUCUGUGGUAAUUAGCUGGAAACCUCCAGCAGAUGAUGGUGGAGCAUUGAUUACAAAUUAUAUUGUUGAGAAACGUGAAGCAAAGGAAGGUGAACAAUGGCACCUGGUAUCUUCUUCAAUUUCUGGAACUUCCUGUAGAAUUGUAAACCUUACUGAAAGUGCUGGCUAUUACUUCCGAGUUUCAGCUCAGAACCAAUACGGCACAAGUGAACCACUGGAGAUUUCUUCUGUUGUCGUCAUUAAGAGUCCAUUUGAGAAACCUGGACCACCACUCCAACCUGUUGUAACUGGAGUAACAAAAGACUCAUGUGUUGUGUCUUGGAAGCCCCCUGCAAGUGAUGGAGGUGCAAAGAUCAGAAAUUAUUACCUUGAGAAACGGGAAAAGAAACAGAACAAAUGGAUUACAGUGACAUCUGAGGAAAUCCAUGAAACAGUCUAUUCUGUCAAAGGUCUCAUUGAAGGCUCUGAAUAUGAAUUCCGAGUAAAAUGUGAAAAUCUGGGAGGUGAGAGUGAAUGGAGUGAGAUAUCAGAGUCCAUUAUUCCAAAAUCAGAUGUACCUAUAAAAGCACCUGCAUUCAAGGAAGAGUUGAGAAACCUCAGUGUCAAAUACAAGAGCAAUGCUACUUUUGUAUGCAAGGUCACUGGACACCCCAAGCCUGUGGUGAAAUGGUUCAAGCGUGGAAAGGAAAUUUUGCCUGAUGGUGAAAAGAUCAAAAUACAAGAAUUCAAAGGUGGUUACUACCAACUUGUUAUCACUUCUGUUAAUGAAGAAGACUCCACAGUAUACCAGGUCAGAGCUACAAACCAGGGAGGAUCCAUUUCAACAACUGUCUCUCUGGAUGUUGAAGUUCCUGCCAAGAUUCACCUGCCCAAACAUCUGGAAGGCAUGGGAGCAGUCCAUGCCCUUCGUGGUGAAGUGGUCAGCAUUAAGAUUCCUUUCAGUGGCAAGCCUGAUCCAGUAAUUACAUGGCAGAAGGGGCAAGAUCUAAUUGAUAACAAUGGACACUACCAAGUCAUCGUUACGAGAUCCUUUACUUCACUUGUAUUCCCCAAUGGAGUUGACAGGAAGGAUGCUGGUUUCUAUAUAGUUUGUGCCAAAAACAGGUUUGGCAUUGAUCAGCAGACAGUUGAACUUGAUGUUGCAGAUGUACCUGAUCCACCAAGAGGUCUCAAAGCUAGCGAUAUAUCAAGGGAUUCUGUAAAUCUCACUUGGUGUGCCCCAGCCAAUGAUGGAGGCAGCAAAGUCACUAACUACAUUAUUGAGAAGUGUGCCACCACAGCAGAAAGAUGGAUCCGAGUUGCCCAGGCUCGUGAUACACAUUAUACUGUCAUCAACCUGUUUGGCAAAACAAGUUAUCAGUUCCGUGUAAUUGCUGAAAACAAAUUUGGUCAAAGCCAGCCAUCUGAACCAACUGAUCCUAUAGUUACAAAAGAAGACAAGACAAGGAUGUUGAAUUAUGAUGAAGAAGUUGAUGAAACCAGAGAAAUUGGAAAGGGCAAAGCACCACAUUCAUCCACAAAAGAACUACAUAACAAAUAUAUGAUUGCUGAAGAGCUAGGACGUGGUCAGUUUGGCAUAGUUCAUCGUUCUGUUGAAAUCAGCUCAAAGAAGACCUACAUGGCCAAGUUUGUCAAAGUGAAAGGUGCAGAUCAAGCACUGGUGAAGAAGGAAAUUGCCACCUUCAAUAUUGCUCGUCAUAAGAACUUCCUAUAUCUCCAUGAAUCAUUUGAAAGUCUUGAAGAACUAGUCAUGAUCUUUGAGUUCAUCUCAGGAGUUGAUAUAUUUGAGCGCCUCAGUGCAGCUAAUUUUGAACUAACUGAAAGAGAAAUUGUGAGAUACAUCAGACAGGUGUGUGAAGCUCUUGAGUUCUUGCACAGUCAAAGCUAUGGUCACUUUGACAUCAAACCCGAGAACAUUGUUUAUGUGACAAGAAGGAGCAGUUCUAUCAAAAUCAUUGAGAUGGGCCAGGCCAGACAAUUGAAACCUGGAGACAAUCUGAGAAUUCAGUUCACUGCACCUGAAUAUUGUGCUCCUGAAGUCCAUCUUCAUGAUAUGGUCAGCACAACUACUGAUAUGUGGUCAGUGGGUGUUCUGGUUUAUGUGCUUCUAACUGGACUCAAUCCCUUCACAGCUGAAACUAACCAACAAAUGAUAGAAAACAUUUCAAAUGCUGAAUACAGCUUUGACGAUGAAGCCUUCAAGGAUGUUAGCCUUGAAGCAAUGGAUUUCAUUGAUCGUCUGUUGACCAAAGAUCGCAAACAUCGUAUGACUGCGGCUGAAGCAUUGGAGCAUCCUUGGUUAAAACAGAAAGCAGAAAAACUAAGUACCAAAGCCAUCAAAACCUUGCGACACAGGAGAUACUAUCAGAGCUUAGUAAGAAAGGAAUGGAAUGUUGUGGUUUCCUCAGCCCGUGUUUCCUCUGGUGGAGCAAUCAGAAGUCAGAGAGGUGUCACUGUGGGCAAAGUAAAGGUUGCACCUAUUGAAAUUGGUCCAGUAGCUGGUCAAAUUAUGCAUGCUAUUGGAGAAGAACGUGGGCAUGCCAAAUUUGUCUGCAAGAUUGAAAAUUAUGAUAGCUCCACAGAAGUAACCUGGUACUAUGGAGUACGACAACUGGAGAGCAGUGACAAGUAUGAAAUUUGUUACCAAGAUGGAGUAGCUACCAUUUAUGUUAAGGAUAUAAACAGGUCUGAUGAUGGCACCUACAGAUGCAAAGUUGUUAAUGAAUAUGGAGAAGAUAGCUCCUAUGUUGAACUGUUUGUACAAGGUGUCAGAGAAUACAGGGAAUUCUUUAUAGCACGUACUGUAAAGAAAGUGAAGCGCAGGAUAGAUACAUCUAGACUGCUUGAGAGACCACCUGAAUUUACAUUGCCUUUGUACAACCGUACUGCUUACAUUGGUGAAGAUGUACGCUUUGGGGUAACCAUAACUGUCCACCCAGAACCACGUGUCACAUGGUUAAAGUCUGGCCAGAAAAUCAAACCUGGAGAUGAUGAGAAGAAAUAUACCUUCACAACUGACAAAGGUCUGUAUCAGCUUGUGAUUCACAAUGUUGAAGCAGAAGAUGAUGCUGAGUACACUGUUGUGGCUCGCAAUAGAUUCGGUGAAGAUAGCUGCAAGGCUCGACUUACUGUUACUCCUCAUCCAGCUGCUGCAGAUAACACAAUGAGACCAAUGUUUAAACGCUUGCUUGCAAAUGCAGAAUGUAUGGAAGGCCAGAGUGUUCGUUUUGAAGUGAGAGUGUCAGGAACACCUGCACCUACAUUGAAGUGGGAGAAGGAUGGUAUGCCUUUGGCAUUUGGACCCCAAGUUGAAUUUAUUCAUGAAGGUCUAGACUACUAUGUUUUACAUGUCAGAGAUACUCUACCUGAAGAUUCUGGUACUUAUAGAGUCACCGCUACAAACUCAGCUGGAUCUACAAGUUGCCAAGCUUAUCUAAAGGUAGAGCGAAUCACCUAUGUCAAGCGAGAAUACAAGAGUGAAGAGGAGAGACAAGUACGUGUUCAGAAACAAAUUGAUAAGACUUUGAGAAUGGCUCAGAUUCUUGCUGGUACUGAUGUUGUUCCAUUAACACCUGUUGCACAAGAUGCUCUAAGAGAAGCUGCAAUUAUGUACAAACCUGCAGUAAGCACCAAGCAUGUGAAGGGUGAGUUUGAAAUCACUAAAGAAGAAAAGAAAAAGAGAGAAGAAGAAAAGAGAUUGCGUAUGCCAUAUGAAAUUCCAGAACCCCGUGUUCGUGCUCCAACAGCCCUUGAAGAAGAUAAAGAGAUAAAGCACUUUGUACCUUUAUCUGAAAUGAGGUGGUAUAGGAAACUACGUGACCAGUACGAAAUACCUGAGCCGAUGGAGAAAAUUGUUCAGAAGCGACCAAAACGUAUUCGUCUUUCUAGAUGGGAGCAAUUCUAUGUCAUGCCACUUCCACGAAUUACUGACCAGUACAAGCCCAAGUGGCGCAUACCAAAAGUUUCCCAAGAUGAUCUGGAAACUGUAAGACCAGCUAGACAGCGCACACCAUCACCUGAAUAUGAAACUUAUUAUAGACCAAGAAGGAGGUCUCUUGGUGAUCUAUCAGAUGAAGAGCUUCUGCUCCCUGUUGACGACUAUUUAGCUAUGAAGAGAACUGAAGAGGAAAGGCUACGCCUUGAAGAAGAGCUUGAGCUAGGCUUUUCUGCUUCUCCACCUAGUCGUAGUCCUCUACGUUUUGAGCUGUCAGCACUUCGCCAUCCUUCACCACGGGCACAUGUAGCAUAUGAAGAGGAGGAGGAAGAAGAAGAUGUUUCAAAGUACAAAUCAUAUCAUAUUCCCUCUAAGUAUGAAGCUGGCCCAAGUUAUAUUGACCUCCGUCAACGAUAUGAAAAGGCUGUCUACAAACCCCCAAGACAGAAACAGCGAGUAUAUGAAGAGAAAGAAGAUGAGGACCUGCUUCGUCCUGUUGCUACAACACAGAGACUUGCAUCAUACAAAAGUGAACUUAAGCGCAUGGAAUUUGAAGAAAAAACACGUGUCUCAAGAAGAGAAAGAGAAACUGUAGCAGUUUCAGCAGAAACCGAGGAGGGAGUUGCAGUGACUGAACAUAUUCGUACUAAAUCACCUUCUGUUUCACGCUUGCUAAGAAGGAGAAGGUCAUUAUCUCCUACAUACAUUGAAUUAAUGCGUCCAGUGUCUGAACUGAUAAGGCCCCGACCGCGUCCAGCAGUAGAAGCUGACCUGGAAGUGCCAGAGAGGAGAUCACCCACUCCUGAAAGAACACGUCCGCGUUCACCCAGUCCUGUAACAAGUGAAAGAUCAACAUCUAGAUUUGAGAGGUCUGCAAGGUUUGACAUAUUCUCUAGGUAUGAGUCAAGAAAAUCAGCUUUGAAGACUGAGAGAAAAUAUGAAGUUGUUAGUCAGCAGCCUUUCAGUCUUGACCAUGCCCCACGCAUUACUCUAAGAAUGCGUUCUCAUCGUGUACCGUGUGGCCAAAACACCAGAUUUACACUUAACGUUCAGGCCAAACCAGAAUCAGAAAUAAAAUGGUACCAUAAUGGACAAUCUAUUGAAGAAAGCAACAAAUUCCGCUUUACCAACAUGAGUGGUGUCUUGACGCUCGAGGUCUUAAACUGCCAGAAAGAAGACAGUGGAACCUAUCGUGUUGUCUCCUCAAAUUAUAAGGGAGAAGCUUCAGACUAUGCAACCUUGGAUGUUUCAGGGGGAGAAUACACCACAUUUUCUUCCCGUCGCAAAGAUGAGGAGCCACCUACAGCUAUUGUUCCUGAAAUGACUAAGACUGAUGUUUACCAUGUGUCUUCAGUCAAGAAAACAUCUGCAGCAGAGUCAACUAUGGAAAUUAAAGAAACAAAAUCAAAACUGACUGAAACAAAGGAAGCUGUGGUUUAUGAAGAGUAUGUAUCAGAAGAAAAGACAGCUAAAGCUUUAGAAGUAAAAAAGGCAGAAGAAAAAAUAACUCAUGAGAAGGCAAAAACCACUCUUCCAGCUCGAAUCCUUACUAAGCCACAGUCAAUCACAGUCUCAGAAGGAGAGUCUGCAAGAUUUGCAUGUGAUAUUGAUGGCGAACCAGCACCAAGUGUGACAUGGAUGCAUGCAGGAAAAACAAUUGUCACCUCCCAUCGCCACCAUGUGACAACAACACAGUACAAAUCCACCUUUGAGAUUUCAGCAGUUGAAUCAUCUGAUGAAGGGAGCUACACCUUGGUGGUAGAAAACUCUGAAGGUAAACAAGAAGCACAAUUUACUCUAACCAUUCGACGAACAUCAGCUAAGGAGAAAGCUAUUACUUCACCACCUAGAGUAAAAUCUCCAGAACCCCGUGUAAAGUCUCCAGAGGCACGUAUUAAAUCUCCAGAGCCUCGUGUUAAGUCUCCUGAAGCACUCAAAUCUCCCAAAAGAGUGAAAUCCCCGGAACCAGUAACAUCCCCACAGAGGGUUAAGUCCCCUCAAACAGUUAGGACACCAUCUGCAGAAAGAGUAGAGCUACCAGCUACCACUCCUCCUAAGAUUCUCCAACAGCUUAAGGUUGAAGCCUCUGAAGAUAUAGUGAAGAUGUCAUGUGUCACUGAAAGUACUGUGUUAAAUGUCAAAGAAGUAGUGUGGUACAAGGAUGACAAGAAGCUAAAUGAGAGCAAUCACCUCAAGUUUCAUUAUUCAGCUGACGGCACUUACAAUCUCAGUAUUCACGGUAUCACUGAGGCAGAUCAGGGCCAAUAUGCCUGUGAAAUUGUUGGAGAAGGAGGUGUGUCUAGAACAUCAUUCUCUUUUGUUGGCCAUGCUUUUAAGAGCAUUUACUCAAAAGUGACAACAUUUGUGGAAAAGAGAUCAGCGGCUCAGAAAACAGAAGUGAAGUCAUCGGCAUCAAAGCCUUCAUUCACAACAGGUCUCAAAGAUAUCACAGUGUCCUCUGAUACCAUUGUGAAACUGACAGUAAAAGUUACUGGAGAACCUAAACCAAGUCUUUACUGGUCCAAAGAUGGAAGGGUCCUUUCACAUGGUGGAAGGUAUAAAAUCUUUGAAGAAUAUGGAUCUGCUUAUCUGGAAAUCUAUGAAACAGAGGUUUCUGACAGCGGGGUGUACAAAUGCACAGCUACCAAUUCUGCAGGAUCUACAUACACAAGUUGUAAAGUGACCAUUCAAGCUUCUGCAAAAUCUGAAGCACUUAAAGUGGCAAGUAAAAAAGAGGCAAUGUCUACCUCAUAUGGAAAAAGUGAAGUUACAGAAGAAAUUGUUAAAAAGGAAAUGGUAUACGAAGAAGUAAAAUCAUCUUACACAGAAAUAAAAGCAUCUCAUUCUCAGAUGACCAUAUCAGAAGGCCAGUCUCUGACACUGAAAGCAAACAUCCCUGGAGCAACCAAUGUGAAAUGGAUCCUAAAUGGAACAGAGAUUCCUAACUCAGAAGAUUACAGAUAUGGUGUGUCAGGAAAUGACCACUCAUUGACCAUCAAGAAAGUCAGUUACAAAGAAGAGGGAAUUCUUACAUGUGAAGCUAAAACAGAACAUGGCCUCAUGAAAUGCCAGUUUGAUAUCACUGUCAAACAGAAGCGUUCUAAUGCACCUUCUUUUAUUGUGCAACCUAAGUCCCAGAAUGUCAAUGAAGGCCAAAAUGUGAUAUUUACAUGUGAAGUGACAGGAGAACCCUCUCCUGAGGUUGAAUGGCUUAAAGAUAACCUCAUGGUAUCACUGAUGCCCAAUAUGAAGCUGAGCCGAUCUCGAAAUGUUUUUACAUUGGAAAUCCGUAAUACAUCUGUUGCAGACAGUGGAAAAUAUACAGUAAAAGCUAAAAAUAUGUAUGGACAAUGCUCUGCUACAGCAUCCUUAAAUGUACUGGCCCUGGUUGAAGAACCUGUCAAAAAGGUAGUUUUGGAGAAAAGCGCUGCUGCAAGCAUGAAAGAAAGUUUCUCUUCCAAGUCAGUCCACAAGGCAGCCUCUAUGCAGGAAGCCUCCUUCAGCAGUUCCAGCAUGACUGAAGUUAAAUUUGCAAGCAUGUCUGCCAGUAGCAUGUCUUCCAUGAAAGAAUCAGUUGUUGCAAUGAGUUCCAGCAGUGUCAUGGGAAUGUCAAGUCUGUCACACAUAGAAGGUUCUACUAGCAGAAUGAUUAAACAUGGUUUUAAAGGGGCACCACCCAAAAUUGAAGCUCUCCCAGAAGACAUCAGCAUUGAGAAAGGAAAGGUUCUCACAGUAGCCUGUGCUUUCUCUGGAGAGCCAGCACCACAGAUUGAAUGGUCCCGUGCUGGCAAGACCCUAUCUAGUGAGGAAGAGAGUGGCAGGUUCCAUAUUGAAACAACUGAAGACCUCACCACUCUUGUCAUUACUAGUGUGAAGGAAAAUGAUGCUGGGCAGUACACCCUGAAGCUAUCCAAUGAGCUUGGAUCUGACUCUGCAACUGUGAACAUCAGCAUUCGUUCUAUUUAAAAUACAAAAACAAACCUGAACUGAUGUCCAUUUCCCUUUUCCCUCCUUGUUAUUUAUUAAAUGAAUAGUUGCAUAUUCUGUAACUGAAGAUGACUUAACACUUCUUUUCUUGUAAAUAUAAUCUAUUUUUGUACCAAACUUGACACUAAUUUAUGCCAAACUAGACAAAGUCUAAAGGCAAUGCAUAAUGUGCCACAUUGGGUAACUAUUUGACUUAAGAUUUUUAACCGUUUUUUCUGUGACAUGUACAUAAUGUAUAUAGCCGAGAUUACCGGUUAUGGAAAAUUUAUAAAACUUGUUAUUUGUGACAUUAUAAACUGAAACAAAUGAAACUAACUGGUUGACAGGAGAAAGUUUCCUAGGAAACGAAUACCCUGGAAAGCCUGAACUGAAACUUUGUGCCUCAACGAAAUGUUGAUGUCUAAGAAUGCCUCAACAGGUAGAGAGGCUCCCUGUUGAAGACUGACUGAACCCGAAAAAUGUGCACUGCAUUUUUGUAUGUGCAAUCAUUUUACAAAUGAGUAACAUGACUAUAAGACCUUAAGUGCUGUUUACAUUUACCCUCCUGUAGAUAGCACCAAAGGGCCUUGUAUUCAUACUGACUAUGUCAUACUACCAUUUUAAUGACACUUUUACGUUAAUUAAUGUGCAAAGUGCAAGCGGCCUGCACUUUGUACACUAAGUUAAUACUAUGUGCACUGUUUCUGGCAUGGAACUGCUUGGAUUGACUUUGUAAAAGUAACAUCACCUGGCCAUACCCUCAACCAAGUAAUUCAAGUACUCCCUUGCAGAAGCAGUGCCAACUCUCGGAGGUUCACAAGGGUGCAGUGUUUUUGUGUUUGUGUGAUAGUAUUAGAAUUUCACAUUGUCUGUACUCAGGGCAACCAAGAAGUGUACCACAGCUAAAAAACCUGCUGUGUUGAAAGAAAGCAAUUGCAUUAAGGAUAUGCCCUGCACUUUGAUUUCAUUUAAUUUAAUUAUGUAGCAUUAACGUAAUUUGUAACCUCCUUGAGAUUUAUAGCAUUAUUGAUUUGAAAUAAAGCAUGAUUUCUGCACCUCAAAAA